GGCGGCCGCGGGAGCGCGGAGCAGCGGGCUGCGGCGGCGCCUGCGCACUGCGCCCUGCGCGCCCCUUCCCCCCUCCCGUGCCGGGCUCGGCCCGCCCCGCUGGCGACGCCACGAAGAGCGAGCGAGCAGGUGGCGCGCCCGGCAGCCGCUCCGUUUCUCCGGGCUGGGAGGAGGCGGAGGAGGACCAAGGCGAGCCUGCGCCUGAAAUGCGCGCCGGCGCCGGGAAGAGAGCAGGAGAGGCUCCCGGCGGGGACGGGGCGUCGUCGGGGGCGAGCGGCGAGCGGGCGCGGGCUUGAGUCGGGCUCGGCGCUCGGAAGCCCGGCCAGGAGCUGCCUCGGUGCCAGGAUGCGGCGGCGCGGCUGCUGUGCCUGGACGGGCGCCGCGCCGGCCCCGAGCAUCCUCCUGUGGUGCCUGGGCGGAUGGGCUCUGCUGGGCUGCCGGAGCGCCGAGGCGGUGGCGGCUUCGUCCAUCCUGCAGCUGCCUCAGUGCCAGGAGGUGAGAUGCGGGCGCUGCUUCUUCUCCUUCUCCUUCUCCUUCUCCUUCUCCUUCUCCUCUCUCCCUCUCUCCCUCCCCGUCGGGCAGACAGAGCCGAGCAGUUGGGGAGCCCAGCCCAAGGCGGCCAGGAGGCGCCGCGCCCCCCGCUCUCCAGCUCGCUCUCCUCCGGCGAGUAGGAAGUUGGUCUGGCGAGAAGCGCAGGGGGCCGCGUCCCUCGCUGGGAUAUCCAUCCCCUCGAAGUAUCAGCGCUUCUGGCCCAAGGAGGGGAGAUCCCACGUAAGCGCUGGGGCACUAAGAGGAUUUCAGACAGGGCUUUUUAGGGGGAAAGCGCUCCAUGUCUGUGAACUCGGGCUGCUUCCAGGCGCCGUGUUCCCGGCGAGUUCUUCCCGAUUUGUUUCCGCGGAGACUAGACCUGAGCUACUUUAGACGAGCGUUUGUCCGGAUUCAUUUUCAGGGGAGAUGGAUGAUGUCGUUGCACCGAAGCAGGUGUGGCCUCACACUUUUCUUGAGAGGUGGGACUGAGUUUGCUGUGCAAGAGCGACAGCAAUUGUGCAGCUUGAAUCGGGUGGCGUGUGAUCGAGUUAUACCCCAAAAUAGCGACAGCAAGAAAGCGCACUUCCUAAUGCUUGCAAUAAGCAAGUUAGCCGAUUAGUAUUACUGUAUUAGUAUUCUCAUUUUGCGGAUAAAAAGCGGAGGCUGUGGGGUCGCCCCUCUCCCCUGUGCCAUUUGCAGUAGGAGCAUCGUGACACGUAGAAAUUAAGCGAGCAAGGAGAUAAAUGGACCGGGGUGAGGGAGCAGCUCCUGCUGAAUUUCUGGGUGUUAGGAGCAGAGCCAGCAAAAACCCUGGCAUCCUUAGAGAUCGAAAAGUCCUCGUGCUUGUCUAGCAGCACAAAGCGAACACGCGUCUGCUCAGAAGUCAGGCCUAUCGAAUCUAAUGGGCUUUGCUCCUAGGAAUGGGUGUGCGCGAUUGCUGCUGGAUCACUUCAUAACUGAGGUGCGAUUUUAAUCGAAAUCUUCCUGGUUCUUGGCUCCUGUUCUAAGGAGCCAGCUGCACACGCAACUAAGCAGAUGCCGUGAGACCUCGAUGGGCUUUCUAAAAAUUAAAAUCAACUCUCUCUCUCUUUGUGCGUGUUUAGCUUUGGACAGAGGAGCUUGAGGGAGUGCUUAACCCUUUCCCUGAUGACUGUUGUAUUUUCUGAGUUUAACAGUCUUCUCCAGCAGCUUUUCACCUCUGUAGUGCCUGUUACCCUGGUAUAAAUUAAUCUGGAACUCAUGUGGGUGGGAGAUGCAUUCAGCGUGUGUGUUAUUUUGGAAGGAAGGAAGGAAGGAAGGAAGGAAGGAAAGAGACUUAAGUAUCCUCAUCUUCCUUAAAGGUUGCUUUUUCCAAAAUCACAACCUCCUGAACCUGCUUUUUAUUAAUCGCAAUAAAGCAAUACUUUUUAAAAAUAUGUGCUUGUACAUAAUACGAACUUUCCCUGUAACUAUGUCUGCUCAUUUAUGGAGACACAGGCAGAGCCAUCCUCAACAAAUGUUGCUUUCACGGUUGGCUGCCCGACACCAGACCUGGGCAGACUUCACCUCUAUAGGAUCUACUUUACCUAUAUGAUAGGGUCCCCAAAGCCCACUCACCAGACCCAGGUGCACCCCAUGAGCCACACACUAGGGGGACAUGUAUGUACAAAUCUCUAUUUGAGUUACUUGAGAUCAGGGCUUCUAAUAUGAGGGGAGGUGGGUGCUGCUUUUUGGUGCUGCUACUGCUAAACAAUUGGGAAUCAGAAACACUUGUUGACCUACUGCAAAUCAGAUCCAGAUUGUCUCCUGCCCACCCUCUGCACUAUGGGAUCUAGUGCAUUUGCCAGGAUCCCAUGCUUGGAAUGCAAAUAGCUCCCUCUGGGAGGAGAGUUGCUCCCUAGUGCCCUCUGCAGCAUUAUGGCAGAGGUUUCUGGGGCAUCCCCCUGGCACUGAAUUCAGUGACGCCCUCAAUCCCAUUGCCAUGCUAAGCAGUGUGGGUUUCUCGUGUAAGCCCUGGGCCUGAGGUUUUGCUUGUUUACUUUGUUAGAUCUGUGAAAAGGACCAAGAGGGCUUGAGCUUGGUUUUUCACUUUUCUCUUCACAUUUGAAACCUCUCUUCAUCAGCUCUUCCAGAGAACUCAAGAUGGCAUACAUUUGUUCUCACAGCAAUCCUGUAAGAUAAGUUUGGUGAAAAGCACCGGAAGCUGCCUUUCACCAAGAAAUCUUUGUCCAUAUAGCUUAAUGUUGUCUGCACUGACUGGUAGCAGGUUGCAGACAGGGGUUUCUCCCAGCCCUACUUGGAGAUGUUGAGGAUUGAACCUGGGACCUCUUUCACGCAAAACAGAUGCUCUACCACUUAGCUAGGUUAAAGGUAAGUUGGGCUGAAGCCUGCCUUGCCAUAGACCAGGGUCUCCCAAACUUGAGUCUCCAGCUGUUUUUUUGGACUACAACUCCCAUGAUCCCUAGCUAGCAGGACCAGUGGUCAAGGAUGAAGGGAACUGAAGUCCAAAAACAGUUGAAGACCCAAGUUUGGGAAACCCUGUUCUAGAUGAUGCACUGAGUGUCCUGACUGAGGCAGGAUUUGAAACCUUAUUUCCUAGCUCCUAGUUCCAAAUUCUACCCUCAUUGGCUCCACAAGGUAUUAUUACACUUAUGGGCUUGCCAUAUGUACAUAUCUUUUUCAUCUGAUGCAGCUGAUGAGGUAAGCUGUCCAUUCAAAACGGGCAGGAUGCACACUAAACCACUCAGCUCAGCCUUCUUCACUCUUGGGACUGCGGAUGUUUUUGGAUGACCUUUGGCUAAGUUGGUUGGGGCUGAUGGGAGCUCUAGGGCAACAACAUCCAGUGGGCAGACGAUGCUUUCAAAGGGCAGCUCCGCCCCCUCCUGAUUGUCUGGCUGUGAAGUCCUUCACGGUGUGCCAUUGGUUGAUUGACAGGUGGGCAGCCUCAGCCAUCUGUCAGAUUUGGCCUGUCAGGGAUUGAGGAGAUAAGGAUCUGGUUGGCCUGCCAGAAAAAAAAGUUCCCCAGCCCUGGCCUACAAGGAGCUGCAACCAUUUCCUCCUUUGCAACAUUUGAGUGCUGAUAGGAUCUUCUGUGCUGUGCCUGCAGAAGUCCAAGGGGAAACCGCUGGUGUCUUCCGUUAAAAGGUUCAAGAGGCAGGGGCUGGGAAGCAAUUCUCUGCCAAAGAGAGCUUCUGCCGAUUGCAGUAGACAAUAGUGGGCUAGAUGGAUAAAUAGCCUGACUCAAUAUAAGGCAGUUUCAGAAAUGCCCACUCUCACUGAAGAGUCUCUGACAGGCUGUGCUGCGUGCUCAAUUUAUAUUGGGAAAAUGUUCCAUGGCUGCCUCUGCAGGGUCUUUUCUGUGGUGGCACAAAGAGUUGAAAAUUAUUCCUGAAGGGAAUUGGCUUAUUUCUCUUUCUCCUCCUGGUUCAGAGAAAAGCUAAGGCAUUCUUAUUUCACCCAGAUUAUGACACUGCUGAAAAAUAAAUAAAAUGGAAACUGAAUCCCCCCCCCCCCGUUGUUAAUGUUGACGUUUUGAUUAAUUCUGUAUUGGUAUUUUGAUUUGGGAAUAUUUUGAAUAUAUUUUAGACAGUUGGCUUAUGCAGGAUGUUCGGCAGAAGCACAGGGCUAUGUACUCAGAAAUAAGUUCCGUGGAGGUCCAUGGGCCCUACUCUCCAGUAAAUGUGCAUCACAGCCUUACAGAGCAACAGAAGCCUCUACUCUACCCUUCUGGAUGGUGUUUGGAUUUGAUGUGGGUGUCCCUGCGCUUGGCUCUGCUCUCCUGCCACAAGGGCCCCUGCUAGGCCUGCUGGCAAGCCCUCUAAAGGGAGCUUUUGGGAGGCAGGGAGGGGGUGAAGCUGGGCUGGCCGAGAAUCUCUCAGAUCCUCAGCCAGUCCACUUACCAAUUAUGUGCCCAACUUUGACUUCUCUGCUGCUCUGGCCAGAGCAAUUGCCACUUCUGCCCUGCCCAGUGCAAACGGCAGAGUUUCAGAGAUGUUGGCGGCUCCCCUGCAAUGUUCACCUCUGCUGUUUCUGACCAGGAGUUGUUAUUAUUUAUUAAACUUAUACACCACCCUUUAUCAAGAGAUCCCAAGGCGGUUCACGUGAUAAAAUACAGUGGUAUCUCAGGUUAAGAACUUAAUUCGUUUCGGAGUUCCAUCCUUAACCUGAAACUGUUCUUAACCUGAAGCACCACUUUAGCUAAUGGGGCCUCCUGCUGCUGUCGCACCACUGGAGCAAAAUUUCUGUUCUCAUCCUGAAGCAAAGUUCUUAACCCGAGGUAAUAUUUCUGGGUUAGCGGAGUCUGUAACCUGAAGCGUAUGUAACCUGAAGCGUAUGAAACCAGAGCUACCACUGUACAAGAUAAAACACAAGUAAAUAAUUAAACCAAAAGGUUGUAGGAUAUUAAUCUCUGUAUAAAGCCAGUUCCUGGGUUGUUCCACACCCAUCUCAAGUGAUCAAGAAGCAGAGCCCAGGGUGGGACUCUGCAAAGAAAAGGAUAGGGAUAUGCAGAUAAAUACUAGCUUGGUUUUCAGUCAUGUCCAUUUGGCUCUACCAAAAGAAAUAAAGAAACUUCAAAACAGAUUGCAUCUCCAGCAUUGGAACCUGAAGUGAAUCCUUAGCUCCCUUCCUUGCCAUUCUUUUUGCUUUAUUGUGGGUAUUUUAGUAGUAAAUCAGCAAACCAACCAAGAGUAUAAAGCCCACUGUAGUUCCUGCUUUAACAAUACAGUACUUCACGAGUCGUCCUCUUCUGCCUCCUCCAAGCAAUUCUUUAUGUUUCUUAAUAACCAGUUAUCUGAAGAGAAGCCAUAGCAAGCAAUUUGUUUUUGCCCUGGAUCAAGUGAAAUUCAAGUUUUGAGGUCUGGCGGACAUGCAUGCUGAACUCAGCAACUUCCUGGAAUAAAAUAGUUUGGGGAAAUGUUGAGGUCUUUCUCUGCCCAUCUGUUGCUUUCAUGGCCGGUGUGUUCAGUUUUCAAGGCCUUUUGACCUUGUAGCAGUUUGAAAAGGAGGCAAACUUGUCAUACUAGCAAAAGAUUUUAGACUGUAGCAAGCUGGUGCUAAGACAUAAUAUACAUGUUAACACACGCACAUUCUUUCUCCCCAGAGUUUGAUAAUUUUUUGUUUGUUUUUAAAUGAUACUGCCUUCAAAUGAUAUCCCUCUUCCCAAAGGAUAGAAGGUGGAAUUGAGGGUGGGAGUGGGGGAAAGAGACUGAUGGGCAGGUCCAGUUGUCUGUUGUUACUCAUGCAAACACUUGUGAUAAAUGAAUGGCAGGAGCAGGAGAAUGAACAAAGGGGGAAAGUUGACCAUUUCAGCUGAUACUAAAUUUCCUGCAGCAGUUGCAGUGACUAUUAAGCCAAGUCAAAAUCCAAACUUGUACAUUUAAAAAAAUAACAUAUCUAUCUAUCAUCUCUCUCUCUCUCUCUCUCUCUCUCUCUCUCUCACUUUCUAUAUCUCUGUCAUCUAUCUAUCUAUCUAUCUAUCAUCUAUCAUCUAUCAUCUAUCAUCUAUCAUCUAUCUAUCUAUCUAUCUAUCUAUCUAUCUAUCAUCUAUCUAUCCUCUCUCUCUCAUAUAUCUCUAUCUACCAUCUAUCUCUAUCUACCAUCUAUCAUCUAUCUAUCUAUCUAUCUAUCUAUCUAUCAUCUAUCUCUAUCUAUCUAUCUAUCUAUCUAUCUAUCUAUCAUCAUCUAUCUAUCUAUCUAUCUAUCUAAUCUAUCAUCUAUCUAUCUAUCAUCUAUCUAUCUAUCUAUCUAUCAUCUAUCUAUCUAUCUAUCUAUCUAUCUAUCUUCUAUCUAUCUCUAUCUAUCUCUGUGAGUUGAGGAGGAGUUAGCAGCCAGCAGCAACUUAGCUCAUUGCCGCAUCUGGGAGCUUGCAACCAAGAGCUCUCAAACCGGGGCAUUUGUGAGGGCGUUUAGUGGGAGAGUUUGAGGCGGAGGCCAAGAGUAGUGUCUCUCGGUGUGAGACGGGUGAGCUCCCCUUGCUCUGUCCCAGCCCCUGCCAACCUAGCAGUUCGAAAGCACACCAGUGCAAGUAGAUAAAUAGGUACCGCUGUGACAGGAAGGUAAAUGGUGUUUCCUUGUGCUCUCAUUUCUGUCACAGUGUCCCAUUGUGCCAGAAGCGAUUUAGUCAUGCUGGUCACAUGGCCUGGAAAGCUGACUGUGGACAAACGCCAGUUCUCUUGGCCUGGAGCGAGAUGAGCGCUGCAUCCCCAUAGUUGCCUUUAACUGGAAUAAACUGUCCAGGGGUCCUUUACCUUUACAUUUUAACAGCAACACCAGAACUUGCAGCGUACUAAGUGAGGAAUAAUCCUCAUUAAUGAAUGUCUUUUUCUAGUCACUCUGCGAUAGAUGUUCUGUCUCCUGUUCCAGUACAUAUAUUGAUAUCUGAAGCAGCUCUUAAGGAGGCAAGUUAGGAGAAUUAGCAUCUAAAUCAGAUGUGAUAAAGCACAAUAUAUUCUACAUCUACAGCAGAAGUUGAACUUGUUCCGAAUAACUUCAUGGCAAAGUCAACUAGCAAUUCAUACUUUCAAAUGAGGCCCCCUAUCCAUGUUUUAUACUUAUGUAACUCUCUAGUCUUUGCUUAUACAAGGACCCACCAUUAUCCCUUUUUCUGGCAAGGAAGAGUAGGUGGAUUGAGAGCCUGUUUUGACAGCAAAACUCCUACCCUAUGACUAAGGGUACAUAUAUAUAAGCCAACACAAUGUGCCAUAGACUGCUAGCGUUGCCAAUAUGUUGAGCUGAAUAAAAACUGUUGCAUUUUUUUUUUAAAGUUAGGCUGAUAAGAAAGUAGAUUGAAGAUAUUGUAAGAGUCAUCAUCAGUCUUAACAACUAAUGCAUAACUAAGCACACUGACUGCCAACACCUGUUGGGAACCCCCCCCCCCCCCGGAAUCCUGAACAUUUGGGAUUGCCACCUGCCUGGAGGUAUUGGCCAGCUUUCUUUCUUUUUAUCUUUUUUCUUUAUUAUCAAACUGUGACUUAAGAAGUGUGUUCCUGCCCCCUGCCCCCAGGAGAGAGCAAAGGCAUGACCAAAGCAGAGCAGGUGAGUCAGGAGUGGAGCCUCAUGGAAUUGGAUGCAUCAGGUGCACCCCAAAGCAUUGUGGGAUGGAGGCUGGGGCUUCUGGGAGUGGGCUUUCCUGCAGCAAACUCUUACACAAUUAAUCUUCUGGAAUCGAUAGAAGUGCAGACACACUACAAUGUACAUAUACUUGAACAGAGUUAGGCAAGUGAGCAGAGUGUACUGCCCUGCCUGGCAGAGGACAGCAAUGACAAGAAUUAUUCUCAGUUAGGGAGAGGGAAACCCUCAGAUCACUUAACUUCAUCAGAAGACGUGGGAAAACCAUGUCCCAACUCCCUGAAUUGGAUAAUACAGUCACAGUGUUGCUUCCAAAAAUGGUCACAGGAGCAUAUAAGCUCAUUAGUUGUUAAAACUGAGUGGUAUGAAUGUAUUUAGAGGCAUGGGGAAUGUUACUUCUUUGGCUUCUGGCAGUAUUAGUGUGUGUGUGGGGCAGGGGGAGUCCCUGUGGAAAUGAAAGGCAAAGGAGAACCUGGGUGAGCAGGCAGAGGAGGUUUUCAAUGAGGUUCCACCCCAUGAUUCAUUUGAGAUGACUAAAGAAGACAGAGGGAGACUUGGCAAAACAAAUUGUGGGUUUGUGGCAUGGGAAGGAGUGUGCACAUGGGGCAACCAAACCUGGAUGCAGCCUCUAGCUGUGGUGAGUCCCAUCAUGCAUUCUGUUCGGAGAUGCCCUCAUGGUUCACCAGCUUUAUUAAGUCAGCAGCAAGUUCCUGUAGGAUACCAGCAAACUCACCGUUUUCAAGUUCCAGCGCCGUGGCUUCCUGGAGAAUCCAGAAAUUUAGGAGUGGCUUUCCUGGCGGGGCAGGGAUACCAAAAGUUCCUAUCCCUCCCCUUUCUGAUCACUUUGCUUUUCCAUGGAGACGGAUGCCAUUAAUUGCUAUUAGGUUUCAGUUCUGCUUAGACUUCAACAGCAAAGUCACAUCUCUUUCUGGAACAUUUUGUUGCAUAUCUCUAUCCUACUUUAUCAAAUAAUUCCUUCUUUUUAUGUUUCUAUAUCAAUAUUUGAAACAUUUAGGUAAACCCAUCCAAUCUUACUGUUUUUCAAUUAUAACUAAAAAUCAUUUUUUAAAAUUACUUUCUUGGGUUUUGAUUUUGCUCCAGUCUAUUUAAAAAUGACCUUAUUUGGGCCACUUUUCAGUGGUGGCUUUGCAAAUGUGACCCUCUCUCCCUACUGAUGUCUAUCUUGAAACUUUACUUCAUAUUUUUAAAUGACAGGUGAAUAUGUACCUCUUCCACCAAGUUUUUGAAGAGAGGGAUUGGUUUUGAUGAAUCUGAUGAGUUUUCCCCUGUUGGGCUGUUGUUUUAUGGUGUUCCUCUUUUAUGCUGUUUCAAUUUUAAUUUGGUUUAGUUUUUAAGUUUGUUUUCUUGAUGCAUAUAGCCCUGUGGCUGUAAAUAAAUAAAUGAAGCCCAUUCCACUUCUUCCCUGGUUGGGGGGAAAGUAACUCAGGUGGGGUUCUCUUCAUACACCAGCACAGCCCUGUUACGGCCAAUAGGAAAAAUAUCUAUUUUUGUGAGCCACAAAUAAUAACCCUUGUUUUUUGUUUUUUUUUUAAAAACAUGCAUUUUUAAAAACACCAAAACAGACUGCAGUUUGAAAACAAAUAAAAUCUGGAGUAGGGUUACCAACAACUGGGUGGGUGGGAGUCUGGCUAUUUGUGUGUGUUGGCCAGUUUCUGGGAAAGGGUAAGACAGCGUUUUAUUGGGGUGCCUCCCCUUGCCUGAAUUUAGAGUGUUUUGUGCACCAGUGAGUGCUGAACUCUACCCUCUUGAUCUCCCCCAAUGGGCUGUGCCAGUAAAUUCUUCAAAGGCCCUCCAGCUGCAGAUCCAGCGCAGGCUCUGUCCCCAGGUCUUGCUCAGAUGCCCAAAUUCAAUAACUGGAGUUCUUGUUAUUAAGUAUGCCAAGAAAAAAGCACACCAAGAACUCAGGCCAAUAUAAGAACUCAGGCCAAUAUCAGGAUUAUACAUCAUUUCUUUAAGACCACUGCAGCUGUCCUCUGAACUUUAGAACUCUAUGCCUUUAAGAAGAUCUAGGGAUCCCAUCUACCCCUCUAAGUGCAUAUAAAAGGUAACAGGCUCACUUUCAAAUUGGAAAUACACAUAAAAGCUCAAGAUACACGUUGAUCUACCCACAUGUAGGUGAGGAAUCAUAUGAUUAUAUGCUGCCUUAGAGUUUUAAAUUUGAUUCAACGCAUGUAACUAUUAUUAAUAUUGAUUAAUUUCAGUUCUUAUCCUUGAGAAACGUGGAAAAUAACAGGAUAUAUUUAUCCAAAAGUCUUCAAACUUACACAACCCUUUAAAAAUUAGAUAAGGAACCAAAUGUUAUAUAAUACUGUUUUAUAAAUUAUAAUUCAUGAUAAUUUAGAAUUUAAAUGUAAUUUCAUGUAACAUUUGAUACUUCCAGCUGAUGAAGGUGAAUACAUCGAAACAGGGCCCUGUCCUGAUUUAAUCCAUAAUUGACUUCUGACUUCUGCUCAGUGAUUGAAACUAAGACCUCCACGAUGAAUCUUACUAUGGACUAACAUGAACUUAUCUCUACUUAUAAACUCUUACUUCUAAUUCUGUAAUGAAUUAUUGUGUUAUACAUAUUUUUAUGAGUUUGAGUUUGUAAUCUCUAUUUGAGUUUGUAAUCCUUGUCAGACUACCUACUUUUGAAUGGAUUAGUUUUUGUUACUAUUGACUAUUGAUUUGUGAGUAGGGACCACUCCCACUAUUGAAACUUAUAUUGGCCUGAGUUCUUGGUGUGCUUUUUUCUUGGCAAAUUCAAUAAUUGGCAGGCCUGAUCGGCAGGACAUUUUAUAAGAGGCACCAAGGACUUUAAAGCAUUGAACUAGUGUUCAGCUCAAGAGCUCAUUUAAAUCUCACAGCAGCUGCUGUGCAUGUGGAGGAGGCAUUCCAGUUUUGCUCAUGUCAGACCUGUUGUUCUUCGAGGAUCCUGCCUGCUCUCUUUUAAUGAGGAGAGGAGAAAACGCCAGUGAAAAGGUCUCUUCAGAAAAAUCUUGAAGAGAAAAGUGAGCUAAUCACGAUAAGCAAGAGAGCAAUUCGGUAAACCUUGUUGAAAUGGAUUUCCUUCCUAGAAGUUUAACAGCUGCUGUGCCAAACUGUUCAAAAUAAUGUAAAAACCAUUUGAUAUGCAUUUAUUUUGAUAUUUUUUAAAAAAACUCAGUCUUUGUAGCCCGGAAGCUUGGGCCUGUUAACAAGGCUUAUGGACUGGAGCACGUGGGUUUUUACUCUUGAGCCUUUGCUGUCUACUAGAAGUCUCUUGUGGAAUUUAGGUGGUGGGAAAUAAUCGGAGGUGGAGCUUUGUUCUGUGGGGCUGCUUGUCAAGGCAGCCCACUCAUCUAUUUGACUUUUAUGAAAGCAACAACUCCGUAUUAAUGCCUAGGUAGUGGUUUAAUUUUGUCAUGGUAUCAACGUAAACAUGCAAACUAGCGAUUGUUACUAUAUUAGGCAAGCAGGAGCCUUGGUUCGAAGUUUACAGCUGCUUUGUAUGUGGCAGAAUCAUAGAGCUGGGGAGGUGGAAAGAAUCAUCUAGUCCACCCCCCUGCAAUGCAGGAGUCUCAGCUCAAGCAUCCCUGACAGAUGGCCAUCCAAUCUCUGCUUAAAGAUCUCCAAGGAAGGAGCGUCCACCAUCUCCCAAGUGAGACCUUUUCACUGUCCAACAGCUCUUCCCAAUACCUCUGAACUGCUCUCCAUCCCAGGGCUAUCACAGCCGGGUUUGGCGGUUCAGGUAACAUACUGUGGCCAAUAGCUAUGCCAAUACCACAAAUUUGUGUAAAUUCCUGUUAGUCCACCCCAUGUCUCCAAAAUAACCUCAAUCUGUGGCUCACACAUUUCGGCUGGCCUUUGUAGCCACCAACAUCAUUUGUGGUCGCUACUGGCUCUGCUGCGCACCAUUGGGAAGAGAGAUUCCCCCCGCCCCGGCCUCACACAAUAUGAGAGACCCUUUCAUUCCCCACGUUCUCACCACAAUGUAGAGAACUCAUGAUGAAUAAUCUCUCAUUUUCUGCUGAAGGCAUGUGAUCACCAGAAUGAAAAACAUUGGGUGAAAUCCAAUGGUAGAUAUACUCAGAGCUGACCCACUGACUUUAAGUGACUUAAAUUACUUAAAUUCAUUACUUUAAAUGAGUUCACGCUAGAGUAACAAUGGUUACCGUUCAUUGUCACAACUUGCCCUGUCCCUUUUCUAAAUUACCUGACACAUAUGAGACCCAGGAGAGGGUUGAGUACUUCCCUCCUAGUUUAUACUGGAGGCACAAAGUGGCAGAGAAUGGCAGCAUGGUGAGAAAUGCCUUCUCUCUCGGGGGGGGGGGGAAUUGUGGGAGCGGGGGGGGCACUGGCAUUCUGAGCCAGGGGCAAGUGGUUACCAAAACAAAAGCCAUGCUUUCCUCAGUGGACCUGGGAGUCCCAUUUGUGGGCACUUUGUCGUGGUGAGAGGAACACCUGAGCACUGUCAUUGGGAAAGAUUUCUAGGCCCAUGCUUUCCAUGUGUUUUUAUUCAUCAUAGAUAAGUAGCAUGUUAGGGAUAAGACGAGGCUAGACUCUGCUCCCUGAGUCACAAGUUUUCUGUGUGCACGCAUCUCUAUUUCUGUUUUUGGUAUGGAUGAGUAUUAGGUUGUGUGAGUGCCCACGUGCAUUCUGAAAUGGUACAGCUUAGACACAGGUUUCCCAUUUCAGUGACAAGCAGGCUGAAUAAAUUGGAUAAUUAUAGCAAAUUAAGGCCACAAGGACUUAAAUGUUAAGAUAAAACCUUUUGCUGCUGUUCCACUUAAUUUGUGAUAGCAAAGUAAUUCCUGCUGCCAUGAUGCUAAGCACAUUUACUUGGGAAAUUUACUUUGGGAAAUUUACUUGGGAUCCUUUUGUUGUAGAAAAGGAUAACAUAUAUUUUAAAACAAAAAUAAUAUAAUGUGCCACUGUACCCAUGCACAUGUCUGGCCUGCUGCCCCCCGUGUAUGUGUGUUUUUCUAAUGCUAACUGCUGGAUUCAGCCCUGAGGUUCUGCCCUGGCUGCCUCACCGUCCUUAGGGCUCCUUGCUCAUGUGCAGCAACUGAUCUGCAGGAAGAAAGUUUGAAACCACUGUCUUUUCCAUUAUUACUGUCACCCAUGGUUAACGUGAUGCCAUUGUUCUGGUGCUAGAUGUAGCUGUCCUUGUUUAGAAAUGGAAAGCGCUGUGGGAGAAGUCCUAUUUCCUGGCAGUUCAGUUCUAGGGAGGCUUCAGUAUAGAAGCCAGCAAAAGCUGUCGUGUUCCAUAUCACCUUUUGAAGGAAGGCUAUCCAAAACAACACAAUGAUAAGGUUUACAAACUGACUGCUGACCAACUGGUCAGGCGCAAAGAGCAAUUCUCUGCCUUGGAGAGUGCAGGGCCAUACAUUUCACUUACUCCAAGAUAAAUGUCUAACUGCAGAACCAACUUAAUAGAGGUCAGAAAUAUUUAGAUUCAGGGACUCUUCAUAGUUCCACCCUAGGUUUCACCUACAGAUAUUUUUUUUUUGAUUGUUUGAAAUUCACAUAAAUGCAUUGUGUUUUAUUUUUGAAAAGCAACCAGUCAACCAAACAAACUGUUUUUGGAGCUGAAAUUUGCUCAAAUUUUAAUCCCCAUUCUUUUCUCUUAAACUUAAUGUAAUGGCAAGAGCCAAAAAAUGUUCUGGUUAAAAGGCCUUCUUAUACUUUUUACAUGAAAAGAAAUUGUUUUCCUCUUCCAAGGAAGGCUGUUUAGAAAUCCCUUGAGAAUAUUUUGUGCAUCACACAGUGCAAUCCUUUGGAGAAUUACCAGCACUUUAAAUACAUUAUUGCAAGGAAUUGUAUUAUGGCUUGAAGCAAACUUUCAGUGUCUGCAGGACUUUAAAGAAAGUCUCAUGCUUUUAUGGUGAAAAAGUGAGAACAAUUUCACAUAAACCAUCCAUGGUGUAGAAUCCCUGUGGAGGCCCCUAGGCAGUCAAGAUCUUGGGGGUGCCCUUCACAAAUUAUCUUCUAAUACGUUUUUGUAAUUUCCUUUCAAGAUCAAAUCAAUAUUAUUUUGAUCCAUUGUCAUGGGGCCCAUAAAAGGUGUCUACUCUGACUGUUUAGUAAUCUGGCAUUCUGUAGAACAGGGUCGGCAACGUUUUUUGAGGCCAGUCAGGUCCACUCCCUGGCAGACCUCUUGGUGGGCCGGAGCGUACGCCCCUGUGCAUGCUCUCAAGCUAUUUCUGGCGCACUUCCAGGAUGGAGGAGCGCCCAUGUGCAUGCGCACACACUAUUUCCGGUGCUCUGCCCACCUGAAAGUUGGUCCCCUUGGCGAGAAAAAAAUGGCACCAUGGGGGAAAAAGCACGGAAUCCCCACGCCGAUCCACGGAACGGCUGCGGGCCAGUUCCAGGAAGCUCAUGGGCCAGAACUGGCCCAUGGGCCUUAGGUUGCCGACCUCUGGUGUAUAAUAUCUACUGCACAAACUGACUACUCUGAUCAAGGAGAGAGCCAAAAGGCCCUCAGCAGGGAAAUCUUUGGCUGUUUUGGCCCUUGAGCCACUUGGUUGCUCAGUUUCCAAUGUUCAGGCUGUGAGCGUGUUGCUGCUUAUGUCUCCAAAAUGGCACUACCUGCGCAUAAGAGCAGGCCUAGGGUGACCCCAAGACUUGCAGAAGUUCAUGCAAAUCCAAAACCACCUUUAGAAAGCCAGGAAUGCAAAACCAGGUGGGAAGGGAGUAUCCUGGAUUAGGGCAGUAAAUUCAACACGGCAACAUUUUAUUACAGGUCUUACUCGUUAGAGUGUCCUAUUUUCCUGUAUUAGGUGCUCAGGCGCAACAGUGACAAGUGUGGCUAAGAGGCCCUGAGUGCCUUGCUAACUGCCUCUAAGGGCUGGCUUAGCCUGGUCAUCGCACAGUCUGCAAGGAGAGGUAGUAGCUGUCGCUGCCUUGAGAAAAUAUGCAGACUGAGACAUUGCAAAUUUCCUUUUCUUGAAAAAAGCAAUAAACAAGACCCCAAGUUAACCCAGCAAUCACUUCUUUAUUCUGAGCAUGGGGGUAUUUAGCUGAUCAGGGAUCAUUUCCCAUGUUUUUUCUCUCAUAUUUAUAUAUAUAUGUGUGUGCGCGCGCGCGUGUGCAUGCACGCAUGCACAACUUCAGGGGAAGAUAUUGUACCGCACACUAGUUCACCAGCACAAGUAUGCUCACAAAGACAGUGAAUUUAAUAAAAAUAGUAACACUACAUGUGACUUGCAUGGGGAGGGGGAACGACAGACUGGAUGCUGAAGAGAGAGACAGUGUUGUGUUUCAUAGGUGUAAAAAGGGGGGGGUCAUUUCCCCUCCUGAUAUGCAAAACAGCAUCUGUGGCCUUAUUCAUUAUUAAUGAGAAAUAGAUUUUACUUAAUUACCAAUGUCAGGAGGAAACGAUCCUUUCUGCUAAUGGCUAUCUCCAUUGCAAUUAUCUCUAAAGGGUAAUGAGAGCUCACUUUUUGUUAAUGUAUCUCAUUAGCCAUGGAUCAUAUUACAGCCAGCUAACCUGCUGCCCUGUUAGAGAGUGAAACAUUCCUCCCCCCCAAAGAAAUGUGGAGAUUAAUCCCCCCCCCCCAGCCACACAACCACUGGGAUUUUCCUUCAGGUUUUAGUGGUUUGUAUCCUGCUCAGUUCACAAGUCUGUUAAGCCCGUGGGAAUAUGUUGGGUCUGGAUCUCAGUUCUUCUGUUUACUUGGUUGUGAUGCAGGCUGAUCAUUUGAUAUUAUGUGUUUUCAUUCAGAUGUUGGCCAAGGCUGACCAACAGGAGUUGAGGGGCUCAUUUUGUUUAGUCUCCAAACGACUGCAGGCAUAUGGGCGGCAAUCUGUUGGCUGCAUAUUGGACAAACUACUUUCUGCAUCGUUUUCUGUGAGCUGGAAGUGCCAUUUCAGAUUUCAGUAAAUGGAAGGCAAGAUUUUCAGCAAGUCUUAAAAGUUAACCCCACUCAUAGAUGCAUUCAAGAUUACAUUGCAAUUCUAAUCCCACAUGCUUUGUAAGGCAUGUGAAAGAUGCUUCCAAAAUAUCUCCUUACAAAAAUGGCUAACGUGUUCAACUAAUGCAUUAUGUAUGGGGGGUGGGGCUAAAAUACAUCCACAUACCGUAUUUUUCACUCCAUAAGACGCACCUAGUUUUUGGAGGAGGAAAACAAGAAAAAAAAUAUUCUGAAUCUCAGAAGCCAGAACAGCAAGAGGGAUCGCUGCGCAGUGAAAGCAGCAAUCCCUCUUGCUGUUCUGGCUUCUGGGAUAGCUGUGCAGCCUGCAUUCGCUCCAUAAGACGCACACACAUUUCCCCUUACUUUUUAGGUGGGAAAAAGUGAGUCUUAUAGAGCAAAAAAUACUGUAAUAUAUACAAACUCCAGAAUACUGUCAAACUUAGCUUGUGCAUGUAAUGGACUGUCUGGACACAGAGGGAUGGUGGGAGGAACCAGCUGGGGAACCCCUAAGGGAAGAAUGCUCAGAGCCUGAGGAAUGGUGAUGGGUCAAUGAUCGGUGGUCAGAGAGAGAAGACGGAGAAGACUGAGAAGAGGAGGUGCUGGAAGCUGAAGAGGUAACAGGGUUUACUGAGUGGGGGGAGUCUAUGACUGAUAGAAAUCCAGAAGCAGAAGCAGAAGCAGAAGCAGAAGCUGGCAAGCGGGAGGAGGGCGGUCAUGUCCUAGAUUGGGAUGUGUAAUUUAAACUCAUAAAAGUCUUCCCCAUUCAGCAAAUCUGAGUGUUGUUGAAGUCAACGGCGCUAUCAGAAGUCCACUUCAGUGGGUCUUCUCUGAGGAUGACUUAGUUGGACAUCACCCCUUCCUGCUAAUCAGUCCAUUCUGGAAGAAAGCCAGCUCGACAGGAAGAAGCUUCCAGAAUAGCUCUUUGCCUCUUUUGCUGGUGUUCUAUCUGCAGAGAGUUGGUUUCAAUAUGAAAGAACAUCCGGAAAUGUGGUUCUUCCACCUGAAGUGUGGCAGACAGCCCUGUCACCUCAAGAUACCACCACCCAGCAGUACUUUCCAGCCUUGCAAGGGGUUGGACUACUUGACCCUCAGGGUCCCUUCCAACUCUACAGUUCUGUGAUUCUAAAAUAUGCAAUAAAACAAUCCCAUUAAAACAAGAGAGUAAUUAAAAGAGGAGACUUGGGUUAAGAGACCAAGGAAAUGCUUGUGUAAACAGGAGGGUCAUCAAAAAAAUAUACCGUAGUUCUUUAUUUUCUGUCUUUCUCCUUAAAAUGAACUUCUUUUAAUUUGGAAUGACACUAUUAACUUAAUCAAAGCUGCCUCAGAAAUAGACUUCCACCCUGAAACUCUUUAGACACAAGCAUGGGUUGCCUUCCUAGCAGCAUGUGUGUUACAGCGUCUUAUACAGCUACUGCCUCAAUAUUUGCCUUAAUAUAAAUAAGUUUGUAUUAAAUAAGAGAUUUUGAUAAUUUUUCCUAGUCUCUCUCCCCCUCCCCCCAUUUUAAAAUGCAUUUCCAUGUUUUAUGAAGCAAGUGUGGAAUUAAAUGUACAUGGGAGACAGUUUACAGAACAUCGUGGUAAGCGAGAAAUGCCAAAAUGCAAUUCGCCAUCUGCUAGAAAAUCAAGGGAGACAGACAGUGAAGAAUCUGACGAGAAACAUGGUGUGCUAGUUUCUGCUACCCCAGGUGUAAAUUUGCGCACUCUUCAUUCAUGCAACUAAUGAUUCACGACUUAGCACUGGUGUAAUCAAGAGCAACGCUUGGCCCUUUACAGUACAUAUGUUUGAAAACAGACUGUGAAACAUUAUUUUUGCAAGGAAUAUGAAAGGCACCUAAUAGGUAGAACAAAGCUUUUAGGGUCAAAUAAAUAACUGUGCUGAAAUAUGAUCUGAUUUCAUCUUUAUCAAUUUCAGCGAAAGUUGUUUCAACAGGUGCUUCCAGACAGGUGUUUGAUGCUCCUCAAAGUGAGCAGGUUUUCUGCAGCACCCAUAAGGUGUCAGCAUCAAAAUCCCAGCCAAUUUUCCUAACCCCCUUUAAUACAGAUUUACCCUUUUUAGAAAGAAUCUAGUAAGUUAACACACACACAAAUACACACACACCUAUUGCCAACGACCCAUCUAUAAUAACUGAAUGACCCUUGGCAGUAUUAAGACCCCAACUGAAAAAUCCCCAAGAGGAUAUACUUUUCUUUAUUAAAGUGUGAAACAUACAAUUAUUUGUGUGGGUGUGAAAACAUGCAUUAUGUAAGGGGAAGGAGAUUCCUGGAUGUCUUUUGGGCAGGGAUUCAAACGCAUCACUAUGGAUAGACAAGGAAGUUGAUAAGAAUGCCAGGGGGCUGUAAUAGGUUGGUGGCGUAUGUGUGAUUCCUCUGGUGUAAGAAACGUCUUUCCCAUUUUACUGCUGGUGAGAUGCAUCCCACUGCCUAUGAUGCCUCCUUUUCUCUCUGGUUGCCGCAUGUUGAGAAGGUGGUAGAAAAGUGUACUGCCUCUGAAUGUGAGUGUUUGAUUUACCAAAUGCCUAGAGGUGCAGAGAUGCCUCUCUCUCUAUGUGGCCCUUGGGAUUCCCCCAGCCCCUCCUCAGCCCCGCCCACCUAGAUAGGAAGAAGGUCUUGGUUUGGAAAAGGUUCCCUGUCCCUGCUGUGUAGUUAUCCAGGAAGGGACAUGCAAACGGUCACAGGGCAGCUUCAGUCCCCCCCUCUCCAAGUUGGGCAGAGAGAGGCUCCAGUUGGAAACUGCAGAGGACUCUUGCCAGGCAGGGUUGAUGAUUCAGAGCGAGAUGGGUGGAACAAGGGCGGUGAUCUGCCUUUAACCAACCUUUGGUUGGAGCGACAUCAUGAUGAGCAAGAUGCUGUUCCAGGUGACCUGAAAGGGAAGCUCAUUUAAACUGAAAAUGAGCCCCCAGCCCCACCGGCAUUUUGUUCUUACGUGGUUGUGCAUGGCCAGCUAGACUGACUUAUGUAGACUUACUUACUGGGUUGUUUUUGUCUUGUUGCAUCAAGUCCUCCUCCUUUCUAAGCACAGAUUGCAAUGGUGUCACUCACAAUGCCUUCUGUCUCAAUAGGUGACAUAUUUUACAUACAGUCCUUAAUGGGAAUUGGGAGGUUUAAAGUGUAUAAGCAGUAAGAGCAAAAGAUGACAAGAAGAGUGCAAGAUGAAUCAUGCCAAAGGCCCAGCCAGGAGAACAUCCUGGUCUCACCAACCAGAUGCCAAUGGAAAUGCAGAAGCAGGACCAGAGCUGCAGGUGCCCUCCGCCCCCCCCCCCCGGAAUCCUAGGACUUAGUGAUGUUUCUCUUUUGUGGAGAGGAUGGAUUGUGUGUGUGUGUGUGUGCGCGCGCCCUCAGGAGAAACCUCCAAGUUCCAUCCUUGGAACCAAGCCCUGCUCUUUGGUUUUCAUCUUAAGAAAGUCCCUGUCACUCUGCAUUGGCUGUUGUCACCUAGGCUGUCACUGCUGGUAAGAUUAAAGUGAAAUAAUAAAAAGGGAGGUUGGGAAAGGGCUGAAAAUGGAUGGUUUAUAUAAUAUUUCUGCAUUUUUAAAACCAACGAGAGUAAAGAAAAGGAAGGAAUCUACCCUGGCAGCAGAGAAUUAAUAGCAAAUGAGCAGUCUUUUGACUGCUUUCUGAGCUUGUUAAUUCAUUUCACUUUCUCAAAUAUGACAGCCCUGCAAAGCUCAUUUCAGAUGCAGACUGAACUACUGAAUGCUCCAGCUGUACAGCAGCGUAGGUUUCCUUCUUUCAUCAUGCUGGUGAUGUGAGCCUUGUGGGUGCUGCAGGCAGUAUGGCCCCAUUGCACACCCCAGGCUAACGUUGUAAACUCUGGGUCAUGAAGGAGGAGCUCCUGCUCAGACUUCUCCUUAGGCUGCUUUUGCCAGUUCUGGAAAGAUUUAACAUCUUUGUGUGAUGAUUACCAGCUUGGAUGGCUUUGAAAGGAGAUUAUAUAAAUUCAGGGAGAAUAAAGCUGUUGGUUGCUACUAGUCAUGAUCACUGUAUCUUCCCUCUCUGUAUGUUGAGGGAGGGAUUAAACUGCAUACCAGAAAUUUAGCUUUGAACCAUUAAAAAUCAAAGAACCAUAGAAUCUUAGAGUUGGAAGGGACCCCAAGGGUCAUCUAGCCCAGCCCCCUGGAAUUCAGGAAUCUGCUAAAGCAUCCCUGACAGAUGGCCAUCCAACCUCUGCUUGAAAGCCUCUAAGGAAGGAGAGUCCACAACCUCCCAAGCGAGUCUGUUCCACUGUCAAACAGCUUUUACUGUCAAAAAGUUCUUCCUGAUGUUUAGUCAGAUGGGUGGGGUUUAAAUUAGUUGUUGUUGUUGUUGACCCUCCAAGUGCCCCUAUUUUCCAGGGACAGUCACAGAUUUACAGAAGUCAUCCCGGUUUCUGAUUUGAUCCUGGUAUGUUCAGCUUUUCCUUAGGAUGUCGCUAAUUUCAUUGGAGGGUCUGGAGUUCUGCAACCCCCGAGCCAAGGAGAUACAUAACUAUACAACCUUUAGAAGACGUCUGAAGGCUUCCCUGUAUAGGGAAGUUUUUUUUAAAAAUAGUUGCUCUCUGGAGAAGGCAGCCUCACACUGCUUUGAGGUUUUUUCUUACAGUCACGUGGUAUAAAAAUUUUAUGAAAUAAACUAAAAUAAAAACAAGGGCAACAACUGCAGGGCAGAUGCAUGGCAUACAUUUAAAGCACAUGCAACACGCAAGAGUUCUUCCGGAGAAUUCUGGGAACUGUACUUUCCCUCUGCAGAGUUUCACACCCCAGGCCCCUUAACCAACUGCAGUUCCCAGGAGUCCUUGGGGGGAAGCCGUAUGCUGUAAAUGUGCAUUGCAGGAGCUCUAAAUGUGUGAUAUGGGCCUGCCCUCUGAGUAAAGACUUUUUAAAGCAGAUCUUCAUGCCAGGGGCUUGGGGAGACGAUGCUGCCUAAGAUUUGAGAACUGUUAUAUCUUUAUCCCUUUUCAUUGGUGCUUCAGUGCUCCCUCUCUCUCUCUCUCUCUCUCUGUCGUUUAUAAGAAUCUGCUGAAGAGCUAACAGCUUCACAGUUAACUGUGCUUAACCAUAGCACAGAAUUGCAAACUUGCUCUGUUGUGAGAGCUUCUCAUUUUAAGAGCUUCUUCAACCUUGAAUUGCAGUAUUCACAAUCAGAGAGUGCUGUUUAUUGCACAUUUCUAAGCCUUGCUGCUGCUGCAAAAAGCAAACAAACCUCCAGAACAUGAUUAAGGGAAAGAUUGAAGGCUAUAAUUGAGGAUGCCACAGAUAUCUUUUACUUCUCUCUUCCUGAAGGUCACCAGUCUUCAGUUGUCACAAAUAGGCCAACAGAUUUUCAAACAGAUACUGCAUAUAUUCACAACAAAAGCAACGACCAUCUUCACAGCCCAAAAGGGAGAUAUGCUGUUUAUGUGGGCUUAUUGCACAGAACAGGAAAAGAAGAUCUGAAUGUGUUGCUUCAGUGGAGAGGAAGGAGAACCACAGUCUGGUCUUCCUCCUACAUCAGGUGUAUCUCGACACUGACAUGCAGAUGGUCUCUUACUAUUUCCCCAGACAGUGUAUUCAGUGCAGACCUAAAUAGUCCAAAAGUCUAACUUAGUAUAAAGCAUCUUCCUGUGUCCCUAGAACAUUUUUCCAAAGUAGGGCUAAUUCACACAUUAAGCACAUUACAGAUACAGCACAUUAAAAAAAUACAAUUGGGUGAUGACUGGCAGCAGGAAAACCAGCCAUGUUUCUUCUCCUCCAAAAUCUGAGCUUUUCAAUAGAGGUAGUUCACACUCUCAGUUGCCAUUCUUUGUUGUGUACAGUCAUCAACCAAUUCAAUCCAUCCAUCCAUCCAUACAUACUACAUACUAUAUACAGUAUAUGAGUGAAUCAAGGCUACUGAGGAUUUAGUGUGAAAUUUCUGUUCUUCUCAAGGAACUACUGUAUAACCCCAAAAGCUUCUCAAUGUUUUUCGAAGCUUUGCCAGCCUUCUCUGAGUGAGGGAGUCACCCAGGGCUCUUUCUGAAGGCUUGUGCGUUUUUUGUGCUCCUUGGGUAGAAAAGCCCAGUGUUGUGCUGAAGGCAAUUGAGUGGAGCAAAGCAAAGGGGACAGAGCUGCCUCCGAAGUUGGCAGUUUAAGGAUGUGCACACUCUGCCUUUAAAGCACAUGCUUUCCCUCAAAGAAUUCUGGGCAUUGUUGUUUACCCCUCACAGAAUUACAGUUAUUAGCAACCCCUUAACAAACUACCGGUACAAUUCCCAGAACUUUGUUUUUUGUAUUUUGAACAUACUUCAAAGGUAGAAUGUGUAUGCAGCCUUUAAGGUGGUUAGGAUGGUGGUACCUGAGGUUGAAUGGUACCUUUCGCAAUGGUAUGUUAGAAGAGGUUUGGCUAGUGAGCAUCUUUGGGGCAGGAUUGGAGGGCCGGCAUCCGUUGCAAAGGCAAAGAGACAGGCUAGGGAUGCUGGGGGUGUCCUGCCUGCUCUGCUGUCCAUCAGCCUCCUUGGUUGGGCUGGCCAAAGUGGUCUCCUUUGUGGAUUCAUAUACUUUGCUAGUGUACAGAAAGAAGAGUAUUGACAGGUGUCAAAUAUCUUCCAUCAUGGAAUUGCAUUGGUGGGAGAAGAUGACAUUUGUCCAAAUCUUCCUUUACCACCUUAUGUGGGCUUCAUAAUGCCCUUAUGGAGGAGACUAGGGAAACCUGGAUUAAAAUUAACUCAUCAACUAUUUCUCAGGCCAUGGGUGGCAGGGACCAGUUGCUCUUACUCACCCCCGCUUCAGUUUGCCCCGCUGCUUUCUCCCGGGAAAACCCACAGUGUAGUGGAAAACUGCUUGCACUUCAGGGCUGCCUGGCUGUGGGGGAGAAGCGCAAGUGUGGAGGAGCCCUUACUCUACCUAACAUAAGCAAGGUUGUUGUGAGGAUAAAAUAAAUAAUCCUCAAGUCUGUCACCUUGAACUUCUUGGAGAAGGAGAAAAAUACAAAUGGUUUACCUUGCACUUUCAGGUAAUCCUGUGGGAGAGGAUUUUUUAAAAAAUCAAUAAUUAUUUCACAAAUAAAUAAUGCCAAUAAAAAUAUGGCUUUUUUGUUUCGGUUUGUGGAAUGCAUUUGCGUCUCCAACAGGAAAAGUGAUGCAGGGUAGUGGAAGAUUUUGUAAACAGCACAGGAAUCCCUGCAUUGAGAUGCAGAGUUAGCUGCUUUUGACAAUCAACUCUUUGGUAUGUUCUCUCACUUUCUUCCUCUUGUUUUUCUUACCUGUCUGGACUGUAUUAACCUUGUGCUGCCUCCUUAGUACUGACUGGAAUAAGAGAGAUGACAACUGCUGCCCUCGACAUGGUGUCACGAUCUGCAUUCCAAUCCAUAUAGAUGAACACUUUGUGGAGCUCAGUAUGGAGAAGUGUUUCUUGCACAUACAGACGUGGAGAGCCUGGGUCUAAUAUAAGCGAGUGUGCCUUCUCAGCUGCUUUUCCCUGAACAGCAAGAGUUUACUUUCCUUCUGGGAAGUCCACAUGGCCAUGUUGCUGGAGGGCAACUAAAUGUUGUUGUCUCAGCUCUGCUCCCAGAUGGAGAAGAAAAGGAGGGUCUUCCACAGUCCUUUGCAGCAUGUAAGGAAGCAUUCUGACUAUUUUCUACCAGUGAAUACUCUUUCAAGUGGCACAGAGGAUGCACCAGUCAGUUGCUGGAUUUCAGAGGAAUAAUUUAAUGCUGUAAACUUCAGGCCUGGGGACUGAGUAUGUCUCUCCAGACCUCUCUGUUUGAUCCUUGGGACUCUUUCCAGGCCAUUCCCCACUCCGUGGCUGCUUCCCUUUCCCCCAUUGCCCUUGCUUCACAUCCUUCUUGCAUGGUGUUGACAUGCUGGAAUUUAUUGUUGAACUCUUACCAUGGCUCUCAAUUGCCUGGAUGGUGUAUAGAAAGAGAUGAAUGAGUGUUUGUAGAAACUAGCCUCCUGCACAAAGGUAAUAGUUAUAUCUGUGCUCCAGCCACUUUUGUCUCUGCCCCCCCCCCACCGCUGGCACACCCCCACCUUGAAGUUGCCCAGAAGGGAAUGUGGACCUUUGUUACAUGGUCACUGGUCAUGUUGGAAGAGUAGAGUGGCAGGAUCCUAUCAGAACUAAACUAGUAGUUAAAUGUCAGCGCAAAUACAUCUCUAUUCACCCCUAGCAUCUUUAUUUACAGUAUUUUAAACAUUUAAACUCUUCCCCAUUAAACUCUUCCCCCCAGGGGAGCAGGGGAUGCUCCAAUCAAUAUAGUAAUUAAAGCAGCUUACCAUAAAACCAAUAAUUAAAACCAUUGACAAAAUUACAUUGCAAAACCAAAGCCAAAACACAAACACUUAGGAGAAGGAACACAGAAGAAAUGUGAUUGUUACUUCUUCAGUUUCUGCCCCCCAAGUUCUCAGUUGGUCACUGAGAGAAUAGCAUGCUGGUGGUGCUGUGGGUUAAACCACAGAGCCUAGGACUUGCCGAUCAGAAGGUCAGCGGUUUGAAUCCCUGCGAUGGGGUGUGCUCCCGUUGCUCGGUCCCUGCUCCUGCCAACCUGGCAGUUCGAAAGCACGUCAAAGUGCAAGUAGAUAAAUAGGUACUGCUCAGGCGGGAAGGUAAACGGUGUUUCUGUGCGCUGCUCUGGUUUCAUCAGAAGUGGCUUAGUCAUGCUGGCCACAUGACCCAGAAGCUGUACGCCGGCUCCCUCAGCCAAUAAAGCGAGAUGAGCGCUGCAACCCCAGAGUCGGUCACGAAUGGACCUAACGGUCAGGGGUCCCUUUACCUAUACCUUUACCUAUCAAGUAGAGCUCUUUAGAUGAUGGAUAUUGUUGUGGCACAGCACCUGUGUUACUGGAGCAUCAUGGCUGGAUAUUGGCCCCUUAGGUCCUUGGGGCUGAAUCUUGCCUAUGCCAUGAACCCAGUAGGAGGUCAGAGGGCCACAUGUGAAACUAAGCACCCCACAUGGUGCCAUAGGUGCUGUAGGGUCCCUGGUUUUUUUUUGGAUCAUGGUUCGGUGAGAGGGAGUGUAACCAUUUCUUCCCCUGCCAUGGUCCCAAUGAGAAUCCCACUCCCACAGUGGCUAUUAGUCCUGGAAGCCAAGCUCUCGUAGGUGACUCGGGUUUAGGCACUUGCAGAGGGGAGAAAAAUUUACAUGGUUUUAUGUGCAUCUGCAACAGCUUUUAACAAUAAAAUAUACAGCCACAGCACUGCGAAUGAGGCAUUCUGUGCCAAAUUUAGUUCAAGGCUGCCUUGCAGGAUACUGCAAAUCUCUGGAACUCCUUUGAGGCAUAAAAUGGCUUGAUUUCUGUCACUUCUUUGUGCCUAACAAGAGCAGUGCCUGUUAGUGAUUGUGUAUGGAAACUUGAAGACCAAAAUUGGCCUUAGAUUAACUGUAUACAACCACUGGGACAACUUAAAAGCUCAGUGCCCAGCCUGAUAAACCAUAGCCUAGCAGUCAGGAAGAAGCCACAGCACCGUCAGCUUCCUUUACUUCCUCCCUUCCUUGCCAGGCUGAAGUUGAUUUAAGAUCCUGGCAGUCAGCUGAUAUUAAGCCGCAGUUCCUUGUUUGGAUGUUAAUGGCUAACUGUAGCUUGAAAAGCAUUUUUGUUUAACUUCAGUGCCAAACACAAAUGGAGUGAAUAAUACAUUUCUCUUGAACUGUAUUCUUCCUUCAUAGGCUCUACCUUAAGGGGCUGAACCCUUCCAAUUUUGAGGGGUUUGGCAGGUCCCAUCAGGCCUUCUCAUGGCUGCAACAGGCCUUGCCAGGGCUACCCGCAGCUGCAUUGGGGCCUCUUUGGCCUUCCUGUUGAACCUGGCUGGGCCUCACCCAUGGCUGCGGUAGACUCCGCUCGGCCUCCUCCCAUCACAUAACAUCACAUGUGCACAUCAUGCAUGUGACAUCACACGCAUGCCAUGGUUGGCUGGAACCCGGCCCCUGUGUCCUCCAUCACUGAGGGAAUUAGCAGCUGAGCAUUUUGCAUCUGCAUAAUGCAUGACUGACAGACAGACAAACACUGUUCACAAAUGGCAGGUUAGGGACCUGACACAGGGAAACACUCAAAUUAGGGUGCAUUUCCCAUUACUUGCAAAAUGCUUUUCAGUGGUAGCAAUUAAUUGUGCUUAUUUCGAUACACAUAUCCAACUCAAGUCAUUGUGUUCAGUGUAAAAAAUAUACAUCAUGUACCUAUGAACCUUCUGACUGUGCAAAUAAAAUGCAAAGAAAUUAGAUUAGAUUUUGACAACUGGCAUAACAGCAGACUGCUUCUUACAAUGCGUUUUCCUGUUUAACCAUUAGUGUGUACUUGGUGGAUAAUGAGGAACUGCUUGGCUGCAAAGAAGAAAGCCGUCAUUAACUACCUUUCUCCAACAGGGAUCAACUAAGAUCCAAUUAGGCAUGUUAUAGCUCCACGAGUAAACAGGAAGUAACUAAUUAUGGGAACAGAAGUUGCUUUAACAGACAAAGCCAGGAGGAAGCUGCUGAUUUAAAAGACAGUGUUGGGGUGAAGGGAGCCUGUGCUGGAACGGGCGGUCUGAGCUGAGCAUGGCAGGAUCUUAUUUGUGAGGAUAAAUCUUGCUAGAUUUGAUGAGGAAUAGAGCACUGUUUUCAGUGCUGUGCAGAGCCGCUUUUCAUAGUGUCCUGAAUUUCCAGGCAUGGUCCAGGAAUUACGGAAGUCAUCCUGGCUUCUGAUUUGGUCCUGGAACGUCCCUAUUUCCUCCGCCAGCACCAGUACCACCACCAUCGAGGUCAAGGAGGAAGCUGAACCAAGCAACGACCAUGGUGGCGGCGGCUGUGAGCGAGCAUUCCAUGGCCUUUCUGUGGCUGCCGCCACCGUCCUCCUCGCUUGGGCAGCUCAUAGCAGCUGCUGGAGAGCAGGAGAGGAGGCGGAGAGGCUGUGGCCGCACUGGCUCUGAGGGGCAGCCAGAGAGCAGGGCUGCCCUGGGAGGGAAGGAAGGGCAAGCAGAGCAGAGGUCUUGCUUUUUUAAAAAAAAAUGCUUUGUGCAUCCAUGUCUAAUCUUGCCCAUUUCUAAAAUUUAUUUAUUGGUGUGUUUUUUUCUUUUUGCAAAUCUACCAAAGAAUAGAAUAAAAUAAAAUCAGAACUGAGAGGUUUUCUCAGGAGGGUGGGGGGCAUGUGUUGGCACUUGCCCUUUUUCUGAUAGGAUAUGCUUUGCAGGGGGAGGGGGGAAUGGGGGGUUGAGGAGGCUCACUUGGGAGGAGUGAGAAAUGUCUCUAUUUUCAUCUGCGGACUGUUAGAGGGUGCACACUAUUUUAAUUCUGCAUCCUUUAGCUCAGUGCUGAAGUUUAAACCCUAGGAGGUUUUUGCUUACAAAAUUCUGACAUCCUGAUACUAGCACCAUGAAAUGAUGAAGCUUUAUGAAGAGCUUCAAAUAAUAUUUUCACACGCUUUUUAAAAGUAGGAAUUUGCAGUUGUAUUGGAAGGUUUAAAGGUGGUUUACUCUAGCCGUGGAUGAAUCCUAGAUGAAUCUAGUCUAUUUCACUUUUGCAUGUGUUCAACCUCAUAAUUCUGUUCUUUCCUUUUUCCAUGUUAAUUUGUGAUCUCUCUUCCUGAAAAAAGUGUGGAAAUCUGCAUUUGAACAUUUAUUUUAAUAUUAUUUUGCAACCUGUAUUCUCUCAAAGCAUUCAUUUUUACAAAUGCAUUUUAUAUGAUUUCUUUGCAAUGAAGGCUGUGUAACAAAUAUUUUGAAUAAAUAAAUAUUUCAAUACUGGAGGGUUGUUUUUGUUUUAGCUGAAAACUGUGUCAAAAUUAGGGAAGCACAAAACCACUGAAUAACUUAAGUUCUGCUCUACAAAUUAGUCCAUGAAGUGCAGAUCAGGCACAAAACUCGGGUGGAAGUUUGGUUCUGUGUAAAAAGAUGUCUGGCUAUUAAUUUUCACUCCAAUAGACAGAAUGACAUUUUGAUUACUUCUUCAAGAGUUCUAAAAGUUCCUUGCAAUAUGAUGCUAUUGUGGGAAGCCUAAGAUGAAAAGACGAUCUGUGACUUUGUGCAAUCCUUUAUCAUAGGGAAAAGCUAACUCUUAGCUCUUGUGAGUGUGACCCCAUUCACACAUGCAGUAGCAGCCCAUAUGGCAGGGCCAGCUGCUGUGGGGUCUGCCUCCUGACACUGGUGACCCGCUGCUUACCUGGGUGGGACUUUGGGGUAGGGCAGCAGAAUGGUCUAGACUGUGUGCGUGCACUGCUGGUGUGCCCACACUGACCUGUCCGCUAUCCCAGUCCUGCCCAGGUAAGAUGCAGGGAUGCCAGUGUUGGGAGGUUGCUCUUGGGAUGCUACUCCACACACGCAAAUGAUCGCUUAAGGUUGCAGUCAUGCUGUAGCCAACCUACAUGUGUGGACUCCUUGAAAGGCUAGCAGGUUAAUACAGUUGGUGGGCUGGGUGCCAGCUAUGGGCAAUCUGGUGCCCUCUGGAUAUUGUUGGACUCUGGCUCCCGUUAGCUUCCCAGUACAGCAUGGGCGGCGUUCAGGGCAGCAGGUUUCCCAUCUCCCCAUGUGGCAGCACCUCCUUUGCCUUGUUUUCUUCGUGGGUCUCCAUCCAUAGUAACUUUGCUUUACUCUGUUAUGGGCAUGGCCUGAAACAUGACUUGUCCAUACCAGUUAUGACCAGAUGGCAACAGUGCAGAUGAACCCAAAUGAAGGAGAGAAAAGUGGGACCAUCUAAUUCAUUAGAGCUGUGCUGUGCUGCUGCUAAUAUGGUCUCCUGGGGCACUCAAAAGGUCUCCAUGCCAACCCACCUCCCAGAACACCAGCAGGAGAGCAGCAGCACUGGGGAAGUCAGGGUUAACCUUUCCUCUGUGCCAGGGAGGGGAGAGCUGUGCCCUUCAGAUGACGCUUGAUCACAGCUCCCAUCAUAAAGGCAAAAGGUAAAGGUAAAGGACCCCUGGACAAUCGUCCAGUCAAACUUGUCUAUGGGGUGCGGCUUUCAUCUCACUUUUCAGGCCAAGGGAGCCAGCAUUUGUCCACAGACAGCUUUCCAGGUCAUGUGGGUAGCAUGACUUAACCGCUUCUGGCACAACAGGGGACUGUGACAGAAACCAAAGUGCAUGGAAAUGCCAUUUACUUUCCUCGCCAGAGCGGUACCUAUUUAUCUACUUGUGCUGGCAUGCUUUCGAACUGCUAGGCUGGCAGAAGCUGGGACAGAGCAAUGGGAGCUCACCCUGUCAUGCAGAUUCAAACUGCUGACCUUCUGAUUGGCAAGCCCAAGAGGCUCAGUGGUUUAGACCACAGUGCCACCCGUGUCCCUCACGGCUCCCAUCAUAUCUGCCCAUUGGCAUCCUGGCUGCAUCUGAAAGGAGCUGGAGUUUCUGGAGGGUCACAGGAUGCCUUUUUCUGCCCAGUGUCUUUUGCUGAUGUGAUUCCUCUCCCAUCCAAAGCUAUUUGCCUCAGAGCAGAAAAAAUGCAAGCACUGGAAUGAGGCUAAUAGUACCUUUGGAGGGGAAGCGAUUUAGAUCGCGGAAUUGGCAGGGGAGAGUGGUUAGCUGCUUUUAGGUAAAAAUGACAACAUCGGGUUAUAUGAUUAUGGGUUUCCUACUUUGUGUAUCUUUUGGCCCUGAAGCAAGAUUCCUGAUUUGUCUCCCCUGUGAGCAUACCAAAGAACCAGUAGCGUAAGGAGGGUUGAGGGCACCUGUGGUAUCCUGCCCUCAUUGCAAACUGGAAAUGGAUACAAAAUGCAUAUUAAAGAUAAUGGAAUAUAUUGAUGGUUGUCAUUUUGCAAGCUUCUCUUUACUGAAUGGGAUAAUUAGGCAUGUUCACAAAAAGGAAGCUGGAAAAGCCAAAUACUGGCUUGGUCAGUGUCUGAAUGAGAGCAUCAGACCAGGCUGAGUGGCAUCACUGUGAUUUCUCAUUCUGGCAUCCCUGCAGCUGGGAAGGGACCAUGGCUCAGUGGGUAGAGCACAUGCUUUGUCUGCCGUAGGUCCCAAUCUUUGGUAUCUCCAGUGAAAAGGAUGAGGUAACCAGUGAUGAGUGGGACCUCCCUGAGAUCCUAGAGAGCCACUGCCAGUCAGUGUAGACAGUAUUGGGCUAGAUGGACAAGUCAUCUGAUCUUGUAUAAGACAACUUGAUUGCUGGCUGUGUGUCCACAGCCUAAUCCCUUAAAGCAUCUUUGGCAGUUGAAUCCUGCUAGCGGGAGAGGAGAGAGCUGAGGGCAUGUGUGACGGACAGUGGAUUUUCAUGUAGCACCUUUUGAGCUGUCUUAUUAUAGAGCAGCAGGGGAAGUCCGUCUUAGCCAGAGAGGUAUAAAAUCAGGAGCCUGCCUUGAAUGUAGAAAUGAUUGGCUAUGGCACUCUGAGGAAUGUUCUGGGAUGCUCUCAGUCAAUGUGUCAUUUUGUGGCAGGUGAAUGUGGAAGCUGAGCUGGUGAGUGCUUUGCUUAAUGCAGGCAUGGGGAACCCAAGGCCUUCCAAAUGUUGCGGGACUACAACUCCCAGCAGCCCUGACCAUCCCCCAUGCUGCCUGGGUGGACAGGAGUUGCAGUUGAGGCACAUCUGGAGGGCCACAGCUCCCCCCCUCCAGUUUAACAUGUGGCUUUGUGGGGAAAGGAGGAAGCCUAUUCUGUGGCUGAGGAGGAGGAGGAGGACUGGCCGAGGUGUUGCAGUCGUCUUUGCCUGGCCCUUUCCACAUCUUCUUUUCAUUUACAUGUAUAGUGGGUUGUACCAUCCUGAGCUGCUGCUCAUAAAGUUGCACUGAUGCAACAGAAUUCCAGUCUUGAGCCUGAUCCCAGGCGCCAGUUAGAGUAGCACCAAACAUUAUACAUGAUGUGGGGAUGUAGCCCCAAAUGACAUCCCUGCCGUGGGCUCUUCCCCCCACUUCUCAGUCAUGUCCAGCCACACUUGCCCAUGCCAUGGUGUCAUUCAUCCUGUUGUGCAUUUGCACUCUCACACCAUCAGCAUCUAGGGAUCAGGUGUAGCAGCAAAGAAAAGCCAUGAGGGGAGGCUGUGGUGACAUGGGGGGAGCAUGCCUAAACAUUAUAGGGAGAGCUGGGAGAGUUUGAUGUGGACCAGCUGUUUUUGGCAUCAGCCCAGCAUCACCGUUAAGACCCGUUCCCCCCGUUUUUGUUUUGAAAGAUUUAAAUUGAUUUAGUCCUAUAAAUGUCAAUAUGGCUAAAAUGAGUUCAGGCUGAAAUGUUCUCUUGAACUGAUUUGUAGUUCACAGCCGGAGCUGAUAUUGUUUUAUUUAUAUCCUUAGAUUUGUUAUAUCAGGCUUCCUUGCCCAAAUGAAAAUGUAAUCUACAAAUCACUUGAAUGUGGCUAGGAUCAAAGCAUAAUAGCAUGUUAUGUAUGAGCUGCCUUAAAAACCUGUGUGGCAUGAAAAAUGAGGCAUAGGUAAUCAAUAGCUGGUUAUUGUGCUCUGUAUUAGAGUGAUUUAAUUGCUCACAUCUAGGUUUUCCUUCCGCUGGAAAUUUGUAUGAGACCUUUUUCGUUUUCUGCCAUUGGCUCUUGUCCCUGUAAGUGACCAGAGGAGCUUCAUUCAUAAAACAUAAUGUGUUUAGAGGGAACUUUAUAUACACUGUGAUUUGGGACACUCAUUUCCUUUAAGAAUUCAGUCUAGUCCUGUUUAACCCCCCCCACCCCCAAACUCAGGACAGUUACUCAAAAGUCAGUUUAUUUAUUAAUGAGAUUUACAUGUCACUCAUUACAUAUAUUUUCUGGGAGGCUAUAAGUGAUAAUUAUAUACAAGUACAGGGACGCGGGUGGCACUGUGGGUAAAACCUCAGCGCCUAGGACUUGCCGGUCGUCAGGUCGGCGGUUCGAAUCCCCGCGGCGGGGUGCGCUCCCGUUGCUCGGUCCCAGCGCCUGCCAACCUAGCAGUUCGAAAGCACCUCCGGGUGCAAGUAGAUAAAUAGGGACCGCUUACCAGCGGGAAGGUAAACGGCGUUUCCGUGUGCUGCGCUGGCUCGCCAGAUGCAGCUUGUCAAGCUGGCCACGUGACCCGGAAGUGUCUGCGGACAGCGCUGGCUCCCGGCCUCUAGAGUGAGAUGAGCGCACAACCCUAGAGUCUGGCAAGACUGGCCCGUACGGGCAGGGGUACCUUUACCUUUACCUAUAUACAAGUACAAUGAAAAUGUUAUAUACAAGUACAAUGAAUAUUUUGUUAGUUGGUACCCAUUAGGCAUUGUAACAAGACAGGCAGGCACAGGGCACAAAGCAGCAAGGUCAUUGCAGCACCAUGGAUAGCUCCUUGUGCCUACUGGCUCCUACAAAACCGGAGGGGGGGGGUGGAGGGACUCCACUAAGGCCCUUGAACAUUUGCCUCCAAUGCAACCCUCCUAAGUCUGAAGAAUGGAGAUUCUUACAGGAACAGACACCACUUCUCUUUUCUCCCACCUGAGUAACUCCCAUGUGUCAGGAGCAGCAGUGCUGAAGGCCCUUGGGCUCAGGGAAAAGUGCUCCUCAGGGUUCUGGCUCCAGUUCUGCAGGUUCUUGUCUGCCAAGUCCAGACUCAGGGCUUGCCCACACUUCCACUUGUCCCACUGACUCCCCCCAAGGAAAUCCACUCUUUGCUGCUGAAAUGGAACAAACGUCAAUAAGGGUUUCUGCAGAUUGUUGUUUGCUCUGAUUCAGCGGUAAAGAUCAGGUCUUCCUGGGGGAGUGGAGGGGCAGAAGAGCCCUGCUGCCCAGACAGGGGACAAACCCAGAAGUGGACACUUGGUCACCAGCCUCAGGCUCAGUGUUAGAAGCCCAGACCUGUUUCCGAGACAGAUGCGUGGUGGCCUUGGGUUCAGCAGCCGUAUCUCCGAGCUUAAGGUCAGGGCUGUGGCACUGGUGCAAUUCACUUCCAACCCUCUUUGCAAAGUGGGUGUGGCACCAGUUAGUGAAAAUGUCAGUGCCACCAUAAUGUGAACUUCAGAUAGCUCUGAAACAGGUGAAUGAAGCAAGGCUGACCUCCCUUUGUUGCUUGUCCAUAGCCUCUAGCAGGCAGAGGUAUGUUGCCUUUUACAUGGAUUUUCCAUUUAGCUGAACUUCCCCUCCAUCCCUCCAUGGUUUCCUUAUUUUCCCUUACCCUGCUGCAUAUUGUAACUUACGUAACAUCCCACUUUCAUCCUAACUUAAUAUCUUUUAAAAAUAAAUUUAUUUAUAAGCUUUUACAAUAUACAAAAUAAAAAUAAAAAUAAAUCACAAUCAUUCUCUUAUUUUGACUACCCUCCCACUCUUUCUGUGGUUCCUUCUUUAUAUUUUAAUUUACUGCAUAUACAAAUUAUACCAAUUUGUUAUACAGUAUUGGCCUGAAUAUAAGCGGCAUUUCCCCCACCCCCAAAUUCUGAUUGUGAAAAGUUAAAGUGUGGCUUAUAUUCGCAACCUUACACCUCCGGAAAAGCGGCGCAGCUCCCCCCCCCCCCCGAGAGCAGUCCAGGAGCGCGGGGCAAGGGCGCGCAGCCCACCCACCACUCCAAAGCCUCCCUUGAGCCGCUGGAGAGAAGGGGGAAGGGGGGGAAGCCUGCCGGCAAAGCAGCAUGACUCCCCCCCCCCAGAGAGCACCCUGGGAGGGCGGGGCAACGGUGCCCUUCCUGUCCACAGCUCCCAAGCCUCCCUCGAGCCGUCAAAUUUUAAAGGUGCAGUUUAUUUGCAGGUGCGGCUUAUAUUCGGGCCAAUACGGUAUAUGCUAUUAUUUUAUUAUUAUUACUUUGCAUUGUUUACAUUAAGCCUGCUAAAGUCUUAAUUUGUUUACAAUAACUUUAUGCUAUAAAUGAGUUCCAUUCUUUCUUAAAAACUUUAUCUUCUUGAUUUCUUGUUCUUCUGGUAUAUAACAUUCUAUCAGCAGUGGUCAUACAUAAAUACCUUUUUAUUUUGCUUAGGUAACUCUAAUCCCAUUAUUCCCAAAAGAAAAGCCUCUGUUUUCUUAAUAAAGGUUAACUUAAACAUUUUUAAAAAUUCAUUAUCUGUCAUUUCCUGGUAGACUUUUGCCUUAUUGCAAGUCCACCACAUAUGGAAAAAGGUACCUUCUUUUUCUUAACAUUUCCAACAAGUACUCGAUUCAGUUUUGUACAUUUUUGCUAGCCUAUUAGGUGUUAAGUACCAUCUAUACAUCAUUUUCACAUAAUUUCCCCUCAAAUUAUAUCAGGCUGUAAACUUUAUAUCAUUAUUCCAUGAUUGCUCCCAUGCCUCUAUUGCAAUAUUAUGACCAAUAUCCAUUGCCCAAUGUAUCAUUGAAGAUUUCACAUGUUCGUCUUUUGUUUCCCAUUCUAAUAACAUCUUAUACAUUUUUGACAAGACGUUAACAUUGCAUUCUAGCAGGUUUCUCUUUAAUUGGAAGAUUUUCUUUAUUUUAAACACUUCAUUCAGAUGUUGAUACUGUAUCCAAGUUGUUAACCUUCCUUGUAACUCUUCAAACUCUUUUAAUUUAAUUUCACCACCCUCCUCCUUUAGUAAAUCUCUAUAGGUCACCCAAUUUUCAGUCAUAUUUUUCUGUUUCACCUCUAUGGCUUCUAAUGGUGAGAACCAAAGUGGUGUUUUGUUUUCCAAAAGCAGUUUAUAUUUAUCUCAUAUUCUAUAUAGGUUUUUCCUAAUUAUAUGCUUCAAAAAGCUUCUGUGUACUUUUGUCUUCCCAUACCACGUGCCAUAUGUGUGCCAACCAAAACUGUUUUUGUGACCUUCUAGGUCUAAAAUAUAUGGAUUCCUUAAAGACAACCAUUCCUUUAACCAGACAAGACACCUCAUAAUAUAUUCUCAUGUUCAGCAGAGUAUCCUAACAGUAUCUAAAUUAUUUUUCACUGCUGUUUACAGUUCAAAUCCUACUGGCAUAUUAAUCUGGUUACUAUAUUCCUUCAAAUAUUCUACGUAAGGUUUCCACUCCUCCCUAGACACUGACUCCUCCUCAUCUUUAAUUUUCAUUGUUAAACUUCUGUCAAUUUGUUUGCCAGUCUUCCUUGGUUGGUAUUUCUUUGUCUUUCCACUUUUUGCUCUUGUUGCUGUCAUCACAUAUAGUAAUAAACUGACCAACUUAUUGGGUUAUUUGCAUUUUUAAAAACCCCCAUUGAUGUUCCUGGUCUCAACAGCUCUGUCAGAAUAAAGGAGGAGAGAGUGUUUUCUCUCUGCCUCCAGCCUAAUUAGUUAGAAAAGAUCACUAGAGCAUUUGACCGGGUUAAAUCCCCCCCCCAUAAUCCUCCUUUUGUUCUUUUCUUAAAGAAGCUUUAGUGUAGUGUUUUUUUUGUACGUUUAAUUCCUGUUCACAUGUAAAUAUAGAUCACACACGUGUCUCUAAAGAUUAUGGAAGCCCCUUUUAGCUGAGGAGAUCUUUUAAUAGCAUUGCAUGCUGUUAAGCAGUUAAUCAGGUUAAGGGGAAAAUGUCUUAUCUGCAAGAUGAGAAGUGAUGUGUCCUCUCUUCAGAGGGAAGGAGGAAAAUUACCUGCUUUCAACCAUUUGUUCUACAGUGAUUACAAGAUAGGCAAGAUGAGAGCCAUUAUGCUGUUCUUAGUGUUUGCACUUGAACAAUAGUACUUAUCUAUCUUGUAGAAAAGCUAUUUCCUGAGAGUCCAUCACACUCUAUAGUGCAAAGGGCUCAGGGGCCAAAUGUGGCCCUCCAUCUUCUCUCUCCAGUCCACGGAGAGCCCAUAUCCACACCCCCAUUUGCUCAGGCCACGCCUCUUGGCAGCCCUCUUUGCAUGUGUCCUUGACAUCUCUGGCUUGCCAGGUUGGAAGGUGGAGAAAUGCAUGUAGAGAAACCUUUGUGUGGCAUUGUGAGCUGAGCUCUAUACUAAAGUAAGUAUUGCAUGUGCACACAUUUCUAGUUUUUGCCUCUAGUUCCUCCCACCACCGGUGUGUAGUCCCUGGAAGGCUGCCCCUGAGUGAAUGUGGGCUUUGGAUGGAAAGAGGCUUCCCUAGCCCUCCUCUAGCGGGGCCAAGAAGCAACCCAGCCUUAAGGAUGUAAAAAGGUAAAGGUACCCCUGACCAUUAGGUCCAGUCACGGACGACUCGGGUUGCGGCGCUCAUCUCGCUUUACUGGCCGAGGGAGCCGGCGUACAGCUUCCGGGUCAUGUGGCCAGCAUGACUAAGCCGCUUCUGAUGAAACCAGAGCAGCGCACGGAAACACCGUUUACCUUCCCGCCGGAGCAGUACCUCUUUAUCUACUUGCACUUUGACGUGCUUUCGAACUGCUAGGUUGGCAGGAGCAGGGAGCGAGCAACAGGAACUCACCCCAUCGCGGGGAUUCAAACCGCCGACCUUCUGAUCGGCAAGUCCUAGGCUCUGUGGUUUAACCCACAGCGCCACCCGCAUCCUGUAAGGAUGUAAAAUGGUGUAAAUGGCCACUUGCCAAGAAAAUCUGACACAUUUGACAUAUUUCACUUCAAAAGAGAGAAGUCCCCCAAAAGGAUUGGGAAAAACAGGGCCAGCCCAAUACAUUUUGGCACCUGAGGCAGACCCCAAAAUUGUGGUUUCCCCCCCAGGGAAAAGGGGUGAAGAAGAUCUACAUUAGGAACAAGCAGAAAAGGAAGAUUGACAUCAACAUCUGCUGCCCCAGUGAAUCCUGCUGCCUGAGGCAGUCACUUCCCCAUGCCUCAUGGAUGGACCAGCCCUGUGUAAAAAGGAAGUUGCUGAAAGGCAAAGGCAGCAGAGUCAGACCUCUCCAGAAUGCUCGGAAGUUGUUUAAAAACACACUAUUAGGAGCUCAAUGGGAAUGUUGAUACCAGGAAUCAGAACCAAGAUGAUCCUUGCAUAGUUACUGAGCAGAGUCCAGGAAGUUGGAGGAGGCUUAUUCCCUGACAGUGGUGCAUGGAAUUACCGGUACAUUCUUGUGCAAUUCCUGGUGUAUCAGUGAUGAUAUCAGUGGAUCUGAGCCUGGCUGCAUAUUCCACUUGCCACACAACACAUACACAAGCUCUAAUUGUUGAGAGCUCCUGAAAGGUGCCUCUUCACAGGCAUGGAAAAGUGGAGGAAUUUGCCCUGACACCAUACGGCUAGGGAAGGAGGCACAGCUAGCAGGUGGAUCUCAGUAUCUGUUUAUCUCGCUUAGCUAAUCUCUGCUGUUCUUCAACUGCCAGAGCAGACUGUGCUGUGCUGAAUUUCCAGAAGGCUUGAUUUGUGAUGCAAAAACGUUUGUCUGCUGUGGGUGGUGCAAAAUUCUCGGCUUUCCACUCUUCCAAUAUUUCCCCAUGUCACUUCACCGGUCUUGUUUCCCCUGCUCCUGUGCAGCUUUAGCACCCCCCCACCCCAAAGGGGUGCCCUUUCUGCACGGUGCAUUGUGGGUUGUGAAGUGAGCAUGAUGAUGUCAUGGCGCUUUGGCGCACGUCAGACUUUACUGUGUGAUGAUGUGGCUGAGAUGAUGUGGCUCCCAUUGCUGUCACUCUGAUGGGGGGUGGUGGUGGUGCAAGAGGCAAUUUGUCCCUGUGGCCCUUGGCCUUCCAGCACUGAGCAGUAAGAAGGUCAUCCUGAUCCAAUGUUAGUCUCGUCCGUUAUGCAUGACUAGUGGGGCAAAACGCGGGCGUCUUCCAUCCUCAUUUGUCAUGCCUUUCAGUGGAAUAUGCAUCAGUACCACAGCUAUGCUCGCAUUUUGUCCCCGCUGGUCAGCGUUGUAUAAUGUAUAGCCAGGGUCCCCCCCCUGCACACAAAAAGUCAGUACAAUAGCAUAAAAGCAAAGGGGGUGAGUGUAGAGACCAUGCUUUGGUUUCCUCGGGUCAUCGAAAUGGAUAAUGGAAGAAAGUACGAAGUGUCUUUGCUGUUGUUGAAGAAACACAAAUUGCAACGAUUGGAAGGAGAACAUUUAUAAAACUGUCCUGCUGAGCUAAGUGGUUGUCAGACGGGGAUGAAGCAGAUUAUCACCAUUUAUUGCACAGAAGGAGUGUGCUCAGUGCAGUCAAGCAGGGCACCAUAGCAGCAAAAGGGAUGAUAAUCAAUGCCCCCCCUUCAUCUUUAGGUGGUCUUAUAAUGUUAAGAUUAGUACAGUUGCUGCAGUUGUGUCUGGCCUUCCUUAGGCCUGUGCUUUCCAGAUGAAGGAAGAUCCUGUUAUGUUGUGUGCUUGAGAAAUUCUUACAACAUUGUUGGAUGACACAGAUACCUUUUCACUGUCAGAACAGUACAAGGCAAUGCAUCGUGGGAGCUAUCUGGAAAUGAACAUCUAUCUAUUUUUGGCCUUGCUCUCCGUGUUACUAUUAACCUUUUCAGCUGAAUCUUACAAAUUGAUUUUGGUAUGCUUCCUGGAAUACUUGGAAAAAUGUCAGCCUUCCAUUAAGAAAAUUAUGCAGGUUAACUCUUAGUUUGGUUUUCACUAGAAAUAGACCCCUUCAGCUCCUAGCAUUACACCUCAGACUCACCAUAGUCUUUGCAAAAAUGCAAAAGCUGAGAGGAAAGACUGGCAGGUUGCAAGCUAGAUUUGCCUUCUGCCUUGCUGCUGAAGGGGGAAAGGAGGCAAGCACAGCUUUCCCUGCUGGUCCCUUUACUGUUAUCUAUAGACAUCUUCCCUUCUAUUCUCCAACUCCAACUCUCACAUCAUGAAUCAAUGUCAUUUUCUUUCUCGGUUGGAGAAGGAACCCCCCCCCCCACUAAAUAGGCAUGUAAACCCUUCUGGAACCAUCCAUGUUUAUCAUAAGAAACAAUGUGUCGAUAUUUCUCUCUGUGCAAUGGAAAGUCUGCUCAAUAGCAUAUUGGAUUCAUUUUACAUGGCAUUUCAUAUUGUUUCAUCAACUCAGAUGAUCACAUCCCUCUGGGGUGUCUAAGAAGGGACUCUUCCCAGCAAAGCCAGAAACAAGGGGGAGAGGGCAACUUGCUAUUUUUGUUUGUGAGCUUUCAGAUUCCCCUUUUGUUACAUCUAACCAGUGAUGUCUUAGCUACCAACUGUACUGUGUGUUUCUAAGGGGUGUUUAUUUAGUGAAUUUAAUGCAAAAGGACAUUAUCACUAUAGUGGAGGUUUUUUUUUUUAAUUCCUCAUGAAGCAUGUAUGAAGUCAGGCACAUUGUGCUGCUGCAGAAAGAACUGCACUGGCUGCCCACCAGGUGCAGGGUGAGCUUCAAGGGACUGGUGUACAAAGCCCUGUACAGCUUGAGACCAGGAUCCCUACAAGUUGCCUCUUUCCUUACAUCCUCAGCCAAUCACUGUUCUGCAGGGGAGGCAUCUGGCAGAUACCAUCCUAUCAGGAGCAGGGCUGGAAGAAUCCGUCAGUUUCAGUUCUUUCCGUUUUUUAUUUCUCUAAUCUUGAAUUCAGUUCUCCAAAUUUAUGCAGCAAUUUUAUUUUUAUCUUAUUUUAAAAAAUAAAAUCCUAGUGAGAAUUAUUCAGCAUUUUAGUGCAAAUUUCUCCUAAUAAACACAUUUUUUGUGGGCAGUUUUGACUAAUGGACACAUUUUUACAGGAAAUUUCUCAACAUAUAAUGUAUUUUUGCAUAUUAUUUUCAUUUGUUAUGCCCACGUUCUCCUAAUAUUUGCACUUUUGUAAAGAUCAUUUGGUUGGAGAACUGCGUUGCAAAAGUUUGAAUAAGUGCAAAUGUCUGUAGGGUUGCCAUAAUGUUUUGGAAGGUGGAAAUUUGCUAGCAUUUAAAGCAGGAUCUAACUGAAUCAAAUUCGUCCCCACCCCUAAUCCAGAAGUCCAUUCCACACCCCAGUGGAGUAGGCUGUAUGGUGAGACCCUUCUAGUUCCUGGAUCCAGCAAGGAUUCAGAUUCCUGGAGCAGUCAGGCUAGCUUCCUGCUGAGUAACGGGUCAUCAAGGUAACAAAGGAAGUGGCUUGGUGCCAGAGGACAAAUGGGUGGGGCCCCCUCCCUUCACUUUCUGGUAGUGAGGAAGACAAAGAGUUGAGUUGUGUGAGCUGGAAGCUGGAAGCAAGGCAGCAGGCUGGGAAAACAGGAUGGCAGAGCCAUGUCUGAUUUUUGCUGGAAUCCCAGGCUGUGGCUGUGGGAGAAGCAAGACCCUCUUGGGCUGUGAAUGCUGUGAGCCCCUCCAUUCUAGGCUCAGCUUGUAUAUAUGUGCAAAUAAUCUAUAUAUCCUAAAGACACCACGGUCUCUGCUGUGCCUCAUUCUGAAGGAAAUAUGAAUCCUGGGGAAGCUCCUGGAACCCCGGGAAUCUCUCACCUCUCAGAGACUGGGGAGGUGAGGAACCGUGUGUGUUUAUUCUAUUGUAGAUAGCUUUGGGAUGCCUCAUUGGAAGUGAUUUAUAAAUGAAAUAAAAAUAAUAAUAGGCCAGUGUGUGUUAGUGAGUCAACAACAACAUGGCAAUGCCUAUCGAUCAAUGAUGAUCAGUGCUGAUGUUUUCCUUUCACGUGUAACAUUCGGGGCAAAUGUUCCCCAUUGCUCCCCUAAGAAAUGGUGUGCCUGAUAGAUAUGGAUUUUGUUCAUCAGCAUCUUUAUGGCGACUUCUCUUUAAAGAGAGCUCUGCAGAAUCAUAGACUCAUAGAAUUGCAGAGUUGGAAGAGUCACAGCUCACAUUUAGGGGCCACUUUGAGUAUUUGUGCUCAGUCCUUUGAAUGGCAUUCCUGCCCAUGAGCAUUUUGUCUCACAAGCCCUGCCCCUUCCUCUGGCUGCAUGUUGGCAGCCUCAUUUCCAGAAGGCAAAGCCCACACUCUCAGAGUUGACGCAUUUGUUGCCAGUUAGAGGAAAUUUGGGCCCAAGUCUCGUUUUCUAUGCAUUUUCAUUUAAGUCCUGAUACUUUGUGACCCUUGUGCAUUUUGUCACAUCCAUGUCCGCCCAGACACUGGCAGUUCAAUAUUUUGUAUAUUAAUGUGUUUCCUCCCCUUUGAUGUUUUACUGAUGCAUUGGGAUUAAAUAGAAAUGUAAAUAUAUCAUAACUGAAGCAUUAUUAUUAUUAUUAUUCUUAUUAUUAUUGCUUGCAGACAGAGUACCACUUCGAAUACACGGAGUGCGAUAGCAGUGGGUCCAGAUGGAGAGUUGCAGUCCCAAACGUGGAAUGUUCUGGUUUACCUGAUCCUGUCAAAGGGAAGGAAUGCAGUAUGUAUUGAUGCUUUCUUGUUACAAAUCGCAUGUAAAGCUUGCCAUUUCUAGGUUUGUUUUUUGUUGCUUACAUAAUCAAGCACGACUUAGGAUGUGAUCAAAUGCCCAUUUAUUUGGGAGCAAACCUCACUGAGCUUAGUGGGCCUUCCUUCUAAGGAAACAUACGUAGGGAUAUUUUGUAGAUACAUUUGAAAAAUCAAGUUGAUAUCUAGAGGGGUUUGCUGCUUCUUACUCUUUGAAUAUACUUACUCUGUGGGUUAUUCAUAGUUUUUUGUUAUUCUUAAAACCAGCCCCUUUCUCUAAAAUUUUAUUCUCUGACAGUGACAGCCUCCUUUCACAUGUUUAUCAUUAAAUGAACCCUAGUCCGCAGGUGUUUUGUUGUGAAAGAUUAAAAACUUAAUUUUUAAAAUUAGUUUGUUAAUGCAAGUAUAAAGCUAAUAUUUGCCGGAACGAUGCUGUUUUAUUUUGCCAGCCUUGAAGCAUUGGUGGGUUGCACAUUUUAAAAUAAAUGAGCAUGGCUAAGAUUGAGAGAGGUUGGCGCGAGGUGGCCGGGAGCUGGGCAUGGGGCAGAUGCACUGGCAAAGCCCAUCUGGUGUUGCUGACAGCGUUUGCACCAUGUCGGUCCCCCCACCCUCCCCCUCCCCUCAAGCAGCAGUGACUCUGCAGUCAGGAGGUCAGGUGAAGGCUGCCCCCACCCCCGCUGCCAUCAGCUGCUGCUCCUCAGACAGAUGUAUCUGGACUCCCCCCCAUGGGGGGAAGGUGCAUUUUGAGUGGGAAACGUCUGCCUCCUCCAGAUGCUCCUCUGUUCAAAACCACCUCAUGGGGUGAAUAUUUAUUUCAGAAGACCUGGCAGUGCUCACAUUCAGGUAUUUGCUGCGUAGGACUAGAGCUAAAGCCGGAGCUGAUCUUGCUCUGAAUGGUUAACAGUCUGGCUGCUGCAGCUCCCAAGCUCAGCUGGCUCUGUGACUAAGCAAAUGCAUCCCCUUUCUGUCAGGUCUCGAAUGCGUCAGCAACCAGCUUAACAACAAAAGGUUUUCUGCUCUUGUUUGCGUCUGACCUUGGUGGGUUUUUUAAAGUACAUUUCUGGGACACGCUGAGUGCUGCUGAGCCUGAUAGCUGUUUUAUCUUGAGAGGAUAAUGACCACAAUAGCCCAGGAUGUACAAGAGAUGGGGAGCCGGUAGGCGGAAUAGGGGCAAGAGCCCUGGGUUCCUGGGGGAGGAGCUAAGCUCUCCUUUGAAGGAGGAGGGUGGACCAGCCAAAGAAAGGACUGGGCUUUCUCGUGCCACAGGUGUAUUGCAACGCAGGGAUGAGAAAAGGUAUUGAAAUAUUGGAGAGCCAGAGAGUAGGAGAUGUCAGUGUUGGGUUCUUGCUGCUCCUUUGACUUCCUUCAUCCUUUCUGGCACCAGGAUCACACGGUAGUUCAGUCUCUCUCCAGUCUGUGCCAGUUUCACUGUUGUUUGUUCAUAAAUCCCUUAAGUUCAUGAGUUCACAACAUAAAAAUACUAAAAAAAUGAAGAACACAAAAUACGGUACAUAAAAAAGCAAUACACAUUUAAAAUACAUAUUGCUUUAGAAGCCAAAGGCCUGGUUAUAGAGAAACAUUUUUGCCUGGCACCUAAAAAUAUGCAAUGAAGGCACCUGGCAAGCCUCCCUGGGAAGAGGAUCCCACAGACAGGGAGCCACCACAGAAAAGGCCUCGUGUUGCCACCCUCUGGGCCUCAUAUAGAGGAGGCACACAGAGAAGGACCUCAGAGUCUGGGACAUUUUAUAUGGAGAGUGGUGGUCCUGGAGGUAUUGCGGUCCUGAGCCAUUUACGGCUUUAUAGGUCAAAACCAGCACUUUAAUUUGGGCCUGGAAACUGAUUGGCAGCCAGUGCAGUUGGGCCAAGAUUGGUGUAUUAUGCUCAAACCGACUUACCGUGAUGAACAACCUGGCUGCCAAGUUCUGCACCAGCUAAAGUUUCCAAACCGUCUUCAGAGGCAGCCCCAGCUAUAAUGAGUUGCAGUAGUCUAACCUAGAGGUUACCAGAGCAUAGAAAACAGAAAUUAGGCUGUCUCUACUAAGACAGGAGCACACCAGCCAAAGCUGAUGGAAAGCAUCACCUGAGCAGUAAUCUAACCUUUAAACCGUUACCAUGAGAUGCACAGUAGGACUUUUAAUCCCAUGACUGGUAAGUUUACUUAGGAACCUUUUUUGAGGACGUAGACUUUGUUGUAGAGUUGGUAGGGACCACCAGAGUCUUUAUUGCUUCAUGAUAUUCCUUGGUGUCUUCAUUCAGUGGUACUAUAUUGACUUUAACCAGAUAAAUUCUAUGAUGCUAUGCAAAAAAACCCCCACCCCACCCCCCAAAAAAACCCCAUGGAAUUUGGUAUGGGGAAAAUAAGUAUCCUGAGAAUAUUUAUUUAUUUUAAAAGUUUCUAACCCUUAUAACUGGGGCAAUAGGCUUGAAUGAGGAAUGUCUUGUGAAUUGAUCCCAAAUGCUUCAAGGUCAGGGGGAGGCUGGGGUGUUCGCUACCCCAUGAGCGGAAGCAGCAUAAAUAUUGACACUUGCCCAGGACAUUUCUACAGGUUGCAGAAUUUGGGUUCCUCAAGUGCAAAAUGGUUGAUUGAUAGCAAGCAAGCAAGCAAAGAAGCAAGAAAACAAACAAACAAACAAACACACGGGCAACGGAAGAGCCACAGCUUUUAACGCAGGAAUUUUCAAAAUGUGUUCUUCUGGGGAACUUUGGAGCUCUUUGGAAGGUUUUGGGAUUUUCUCAAGGAGAACAUUAACAAGGACAGGCAAACUGCCACCAAAGGCAGCUUGGUUGUAACUUGGCAACACAGGGUUUCAGAAAUUGAUGUUAAAACUGUGGUGGCGGGGGACUGUUACUAUAAUUAUUUCAUGAUUAUGCUGUUUGUUAUGUUUUUAUUAUUGUGCUCCAUAAAAUGUGCCCUUAAUGUGUACACUGCCCUGGUAUCUUUUGAUAAAGGACGGUAGAUGCAUUGAACGAAUAAGCUAAUAACAAUUGUAUUGGGCCCAUAUGUGGAGGCUCAACAGGCCUGGCCAGCCCUCUCCCCCAGCUGAGCUACAGUGUGCAGAGGGACCUCGGUGGGCAGGCCAGCAUGGAAAGAGGUCUCUGGUGAUAGACAAAUUACCAGCUGAAACACAAAUCAAGUUGCACAGAUUGUCCCGGAUGUCAAAAGAGAUUCAUUUUGCCAUUAGCCAUGCUCAGCCUCAGGUUGAACCAGGCAAGCAGCUGGCUUCCUCCCAUCUACUUCUGCUCAUGGACAUAUGCAUUGUGACGUGAAAAGAGCAUUCUCCUGUGAAACGUGGAAAUAGUUGGCCAUUUGAUAAAGAGACUGUAUUGAAGCAGCAAUGAAGGCUCCUGUAGCAGUGACGAGCCCUGAGGACUUAAUGCUGGUCUAGGCUCUCCUCUAUGACAUGUUCAUUAGGAUGUUCAUGUGAACAUAGUGUUCAUCUGACGGAGGGGAUGGCCUGCACCACCGCACAGGUCACAGGGAUCAAUCACCUGCAGAUCAAGGAUGACUAGCUGCAUAGAAUGGGGCGGGCAUCCUUUACUGCAUGUGCGGCAAACCUGAAAGUCAGGUUUGGUUGGAAUGUGCCUGUAAAAUGCAUUCUUGUAGUUCCUUGCUAGCAGGUUCUUCAGAGAUUAGAUGGGCAUCGGGAAGAAUGUCUGGCCAACACAGUUGCACAAGACAGCCUCCGGGGAUGCGGGAUGCUUUUAGAUUCGAAAGACAACCAAACAUGUUGACCGCAGAGCUUGUCUUCUCCUUCUCCUGGGCGUCUCUGGCAUUUUGACAUGGUGUAAUUUGCGACUAGGAGAUUCUGGUCAUUCAUGAAAUACAAAUUGGUAUUUAGCUGCAAAAUUAAAAGCACCUUUUGGUUAAAAGGUGUGAGUGCACAUUUGCUCUAAGUGAAUGGUGAAACUAAGUAUCUUUGCUGCAAGUUGUCAGAAGUUGCGUUAAUAAAUUUUAUAGUCUGCACUAUUCAAAGGGCUGAAGGGAACAAUUCGAAGCAACAAUUUUAUAUAAAGAAAUUAAUCUGUAUGGGGUGUGUGGACUGUCGUGAACAUUCAAUUCUGUUAUUUUUAUUAUUAAAGGGUGUAGUUUCUUCAUCAGUGUUUAAGCUGUCCUCAUUGUUAGAUCAAUGAAAAUAAUUUGCUAGGUGUGUCAAUGGUACUAUGUAGAUGACCCAAGUAUUGUGUGCUGUCCAUGUUGAAUAAGGUAUUGGUUUACAGAAAUAAAAUUCUUACGAUUGAGACUUGUUUUCAGAUCAGGGGGCCCACUAGGGGGCGCAUUGGAAGAUGGCCGACAAUACCAUCUCUCCGACCUACACGGGGUAAUUAAGAGGCUGUUAUGGGAGUAGGCAGCCUCCCUUGUUGCCCCAAGGAAAUGGGGAACACUGCCCUUGCCUGCUGUGCCCAUAAAUCACCCCUAAUUUGAAAGAAGGGGGUGAGGGCCCUAGGCAGAAUGCCCCGUGUGGACCUCGGCUCUCCUGGACGCUGUCUCUGAUCGCGCACUAGUUGCAGCAAUUUGGAAUAAUUAAUUACAGAAGAAGCAAAUGCACAUAUUUCAAGUGAAGAAGGGGAGUGAAGUCUGCUAAUUUAAGUGACCUCUGCGAAAGAAGACGACGGGCUGGAGAAACAGGAAUAUUUUACGAUGAAGAUACACCAAGGGCGGAGUAUGUUGACAAUGGGGCUGAAUGGGGGGGGGGAACCUUUUUUACUUUCCUUCUAUGUGAUUUACAAGAACCCCUCCUCAUUAGAACCGUCGGUUGAACUGACCCAAGCAGGAUGAUUAAGGCCUGUGUGGAGAUAAACUUUAACCAAAAGUAUGCUUUAUGGAGACCGAGAAGCAAUAAGAGCUUUUGGGAAUGGCGCAGCAAUUAAUUCGGAGUCGCCAUCUUGCCAAAGGAUUUAUAGCCGGGAGGAAGAAUGGAUUUGUUUUCAGACUGCAUUCCUAGUGAAUCUCCUCAGAGGUUUUGAGAAAGGAGGCAGAUUGGUGAAGAUUAAUGACGCUAAGACUGUUUUGAUGUAUGGAAGUGAUGUUAUAUGGAAAACGUCUGGAUAUGGCUACUGGAUAAUAAAAAAAAUAUCCACGUAGGAUUACAAACUGUUCUAACCAGCUUGCGGAGACUAUCAGAGGUCACAAAGAGAAAGGAAAAUAUAUGAAAAUAACAACAAGAGAUGUGGAAAAAUAAUAAGAAAGGACUGGAUAGUACUGUGAACAUCAUAAGGUUAGAUUUGUGGACAUUAAAACAGCAGUAAGAAGCAAGAAGUUGAUUGGAUCCCUUCGAACUUGAAAUAUGGGUACCCCCAACAAAAAUUUAAAAUUCGGCUGUGUAAUUUGGAAUUUAUGUAAUUUGGUUUGAUUUGAUGUGAUUGGUCGGUUAAUAAAAAAUUAUUCUUAAAAAAAAGAGACUUGUUUUCAGAUCGGUGCUGUGGUCAGCACAACUUGCCUGUAACGGAUACCAGAUCUGAGAAACAGGUGCCAAUCAAAUUUGUGAUUUUCUACAUUUGAGGGUUGCUGAAUGCUUGUUGAGAAGAGAGCUUGUAAUGGACCAAUUGCUUGUGCCCUUAAUCAGCUGUGCAUGUUUUCCUUCUCAGCUUUCUCAUGUGCUUCUGGGGAAUACCUAGAAAUGAAGAAUCAGGUGUGCAGUAAAUGUGCCGAAGGAACCUACUCCUUGGGAAGUGGGAUCAAAUUUGAUGAAUGGGACGAGCUGCCUGCAGGAUUCACAAAUGUAGCCACUUACAUGGACACAGCCAUGGGCUCAGCAGAGAGCAAAGCAGACAGCUGUGGCAAGUAAGGACCUGGGGGGGUGGGCUGUGUGCGCAUGGCACACAGAGGCUUGGAGAAACCAUUAUAAAUGAGGUGCAGUGGUGCCUCUGAUUUUAAAUUUUCCCUUCUCUGGCAUAUUUAUAUUCAUAGGAAUGUUGGAAGCCGCCUUGUACAGAGUCAGGCCAUUAGUCCACCCAGUUCAGUAUUGUCUGCACUGAUUGGCGGCAGCUCCACAUGGUUUCGGGCUGGGAGAUGCUGGGGACUGAGCCUGGCACCCUUUGCAUGAGAAAUAGGCACUCUACCACUCCAUGGCCAUUGCUCACUCUUCCUAAGUUCAGAGUGGCUUGCAUGGUCUUCUAGCAGUUUCCUGUUCAAGCACUGACCAGGUCCAGACACUCUGAGCUGGAAUGAUGCAGCAGAACCAGUGGCUCUCAUGCAAUUUAUGGGGUCUCAACUCAUUGACUGAAAUGGUAAGAGUGCACAAAGGGCCCGGUGCUCAGAAAUGUAUGUAGUGGUCUUCCUUCAAGGAGUUGACACCACCACUUGGACCUCAGAAGUCGCUGUGAGAAGCAAUUUAAUAUUAUUUUUGUAGGUCCAAGACUGCCAAGCUGAUCAACAGGGAAGGGGAAAUUUUCAAAAGAAAUCCACUGCAUCUUGGAGAAAAGGUCUCCUGAUAGAAUGUUAGUUGCAAAAUGUCUUUUAUUUCUAGAAAGCUUGAAAAGCAAUUGAAUAACAUUCUAUUGUCCUCCUAAUGUAUCAGUGAAUGCUUCCCUGUCAUCGCUGUAAAGGAAUUAUAGCUAACACAAAUCAGCUGCAAAAUUUAAUAUUUUCUAGACAAAGAGAAGUGAUGGAUGAGAAGCUCUUUUAUAUUCUUGUCUUUAUUUUCCCAGGAUUUUUACUGCAGCAGAUCAUUAAGUAGUAUUUGGGUUAAAUAUGCCUGAUAGAUGGAUAUUUAUGGUGCCUAUAUUGUAAAACAAUUCUUGUUUCUGCUCAUGUUUGCUCAGAUCGUCAUGGACUCCUCGUGGGAAUUACAUUGAGUCAAACAGGGACGACUGCACCGUCUCCUUGAUCUACACGGUGCACCUGAAGAAGUCGGGUUCCGUCAUCUUUGAAUACCAGUAUAUUGACAACAACAUCUUCUUUGAGUUUUUUGUAAGGGGGAUUUGUGCACUAAAUCUACACUAAGGCUAAACUGCAGAGGCAGUCUUCUGAAAAGAACUCUCGCAGCUUAUUUUUGAGGCAGUUUAUUGGCAUCCUGAGUGUCUUUGCCUCUAUGAGGCUUAUUGAAAUGUGAAUCUGCCUUAUACUGAGACAGACCACUGAUUUUAUUUAGCACACUGCUGAUUCACAGCUGCCCCCGAAAUAUGCUUUGCAUAGACUCAUAGAAUCGUAGAGUUGGAAGGGACUCCAAGGGUCAUCUAGUUCAAGGCAGUAAUCUCAACUAAAGCAUCCAUGACAGAUAUUAUUAUUAUUAUUAUUAUUAUUAUUAUUAUUACCCCACCCAUAUGACAGGGUUGCCCCAGCCACUCUGGGUUCUGGCCUCCAAUGAAGGAGAGCUCGCCACCUCCUUAGGGAGACUGUUCCACUGUUGAAUAGCUCUUGCUGUCCAAAAGUUCUUCCUGAUGUUUAGUUGGAAUCUCCUUUCUUGUAACCUGAAUCCGUUGGUUCGGAUGGUCCUCCCCUCCAGAGCAGGAGAAAGCAAGCUUGUUCCCUCAUCCAUGUGACGUCCCUUGAGAUAUUUGAAGAUGGCUAUCAUAUCUCCUCUCAGUCUCCUAAACGUCCCCAACUCCCUCUUCCUCAUAAGGUUUGGUUUCCAAACCCAUGAUCAUCUUGGUUGCCCUCGUCUGCACAUGGAAUAGAGUGGGACUAUUACUUCCCUUGACCUGGACACUAUGCUUCUGCCAACUUGAGUCUUUCCCAGAUUCACAGAGGAAGUGUUUAUAUGGUGUCUAGAGGCUGAGAAGUCUAGUUUAGCAAAAUGAUUUAAGUGCUUUUUGGUCAUCUUGUCUCAAGCACAUCAAAACCUAUGGCCUGUCUCAAAUGCUUGCUGAACAUCCUUCCUUCCCAAAGCUGCUGGCAAACUCAUGAUCCAGCUUGGAAUGCAUGGAGAUUCUGGAUGUAGGAAGUGUAUCCUCUAUAUGGGUUUGUUGCACCUGGUGGCAGAUUGCCCAAAGGCCGCUGACUGUGUUGAUCCCAGUGGCCGUGUGUCUAACCUCCGUGUGCGGAUUCAUACUGUUCAUGACUGGCUGGAUCUAUAGUUUUUCCAGAGGGCCCUUAUCGACACCUGUUUAUGCAGGUGGAGGUGUUUCAUGCCAAGAACCAGAAACUCCACAGCCUUUUAUCCUACAGAGCAGCCAAUGGCUAGUUUACAAACCUUCCAGUAUGAGUGAGUUCAGGGACUCCCCAUGCCAACAAAUCUACAUGUUGGCAUGGUAAAGAUAUGUACAGGCCAAACUCAGCCGAUAACGCUCUAAAAUGUAGAGACUGUAAUACUUUGGAUUAAUUGGGUUGUAGCUAAGGCACUCUGUCAUUUUAUUUACACGACUGGAAAGAGAACCUGGAGCGGCCCAGGAACCACCCACUCCAGAACUUUGCCCAAGAAGUGAACAAGGGCUCCACAAUGUUUUAGAUUUUCUGGGUCCAGCUGGCCUUUCUUAAGGUGUGGUUUUGCCAUUGCCUCAGUUAGGCUGGCAGGGACCAGCCCCUUUCUAACACAAGCGGCCCACCUUGUAACUCCCUCAGCAAAAUGAAGCCCACCUGUGAGCUCCCUGACAGCCUCUCUGUCUUUACAGUCCCUGGCAGGAAGAGAAACUCUGCCUUCUGGUGAGUCUGGCAGGCAGAUGCGUUGGGUGGGCUUGCCUUCGGCUUUGGUUCAAAAGGCGGGCUGGCACCUGACUUGAAACAAAAAUGUGAUGUAGCUGGGGACUUUUUUUCCUUCUUUUUUGUCUUUUUUGCAGUUUCCAGAGCAUCUUGUGUGAAAGACAGAAUUUUGGCUGGGUUCCCAGAAUUGUUUGAGUGAACCUUGGGUUUUUCCUAAGUUAAAGUCCCCCAAUGCAUCUUUACACAAAUUGCACUGCAUAUGAACCGUGAAAUGCAGGACAGACCAUGUUGCUCACCUGCACUUCUCCCCAGAUUGUUGAAUGUGCGACUGGCGGGUGCCUGGCUGUGCUGUCUCUCUAAUUCCCCCACUGCAGGCUUUGCUGAGCCGAGGGAGGCGAGGUGGGUGGUGCCAACACAAUGUGACAGCUUGGCAGCUGCGGGCAUUCUCUCCCGCCCACUUACCUUCCUGCACAACUCCUUCACUUGGCAUUAGGAUCUGCUGGCAGAAGUCACAGGAGCAAAAAAUGUCUGCUCUCACCAAUGUCUAAAAAGUCCAACCCCUUUAUGCCCCCACAGCUCUGUCCCUAGCACUGCCCAGGCCCCAUGAUGUUUGAAAUCAAAAGCUGGCAACCCUGACUUGCACAUUAUGCAAGCUCACAGCCAGUUCCAGCCACUGGGCCAAGUGACCUCUUUCUAUAUGAACUCAGAAGCCUGACCUGGGUCUAGCCAUUAUUUUAAUUCCCCAAAGCGAUGCUGGAUCAGGGGUUCUGUGGAAAAUGAAAGGGGUGGCUAACUCCGGCUGUCUGGCACUGCCAUGAGUGCUGGUACAGAAAAAAAAUAAGGGAGACCAGGGCAGGCAUCCGCAUUGGGCCCUGGCGGGCUCUCUGGUUGUCAGGUGUUGAUACUCUUUGCCGGCCUGCUGUCUAAUGGGCAUCACAAACUCCAGGGGAGUGAGGGGAGCGCCUAAUUCAUGUUGCCGCCUUGUGCAUUCAAACAAUGCUGUGCAGGUGGCUGGAUGAAGGUAGAGGAAGACUAAAGAAGUGGAGGAUGGAAAAUGUUCCUCUUGCUCAUCUCCCCCCCCCCCCCGCUUUGUGUGAGGGAUGAAUCACUCCUGUUUCUCCUGCUGCCACAAAGGGCGUUUGGCCCUAAUUAACAUUUGCAGACUGUUUGGAGACAAUGAGAUGCGGCACUGUGGGCAGGAAGCUCCAUGUGCCAGCUCCUUCUAUGCGGCAGGCAUGGAAACAUGGGCAGAACAAGCAUGCCGCCCAAGGCACCUUCCUUCUGUUGGUUCAAUACCAUCCAUUGCCCUUCGCUAAUAAGACAGUAUGUGCUCAUGGCAGAUGUCUUUUGAGGUACUGUCUAUAUUUUUAACCAUACCGGCUUGUUAAGGUUCUGAAAAAGGAAGCCACAAGUGAUUCUGCUGCAGUUACAUUAAUUUGCUUCCAGAUACACACUUGUAGCAGCCGCUUGGCUGGGCAGCAAUUGAUUUCUUUCUUUCUCACAGGAAAGCAAAAGCAUCGACUGCCUGAGUAUGGGGCCCAAGAAUCACUUCCAGCCAAUGACUGAUGUUGAUCAAAGCAUCCUUGAUAGCUUUUCUGCACUCUGGGGGUGCCAUCUUUAAGUCUCAUUAAGCAAGAGCAGCUCUAGUGUAGCAGUUAGACCAGGAGCCACUGAGGGGAAAGACAGACAGACAGACAGACAGACAUGCAUACAUCUAGCUCCAUACUUAGGCAGAUGCGCAGGCUGGGUGUCUGAACUUGCCCAAACCUCCCCUGACUCUGCUCCUUCCUCAAACCUGAGACUCGCUUUGGGGUGUCAGAGAAUUCCAAUGAAAAUGGGAGCAAGAGCAAAAAUUGCUGAUGCUUGCUUAUUUCUCCCAUGUCCAGAAAGGAAAUCAAUCCAGUGAAUAGAAUCUGUAUUUGCUGUUAUUCUUGCUUUCAGUCCACAAAUGAGUAGUAAUUGUUUACAUUUCCCCAUAUUUGCAUUCCGUUUCCUUUGCAUUGAAAAUAAUGGGAUGGAAUAAUGUAACAAGAAUAUAUGUACAUUUUUAUUUUAUUUUAUAUUUUUAGUACCCCCCCACCACUUACAAUAUAAAAACACAAAAAUAUACAACAUAGUAACAAACAAACAAACAACAAACAAACAAACAAACAAACAAACAAACAAACCCCAAACCCAGUUUAAAAGGCCGUAGAUUGUUUAAUUGGCCAAAGGCUUGGGAGAAGAGGAACACUUUUGCCUGGCACCUAAAGGUGUAUAGCAAAGGUGCCAGACAAGCCUCCCUGGGGAGAGCACCCCACAAAUGGGAAGACCCGUUCUCAGGUUGCCACCCUCUGGACCUCAUGCAGAGGAGGCACAUGAAGAAGGACCUCCGAUGAUGAUCUGGAUUGGUUCAUACGGGAAGAGGCAGUCCUUGAGGUGUUGCAGUCUCUGCUGUCGGGCCAGAAUUGAUGCUCUAUAUACUCUGGUGAGCAACCACUGAAUCCUGCACCAGCCGAAGUUUUGAACCAUCUUCAAAUACAUCUCCACAUAUAGCGCAGUGCAGUAAUCUAGUUACAUUUUUUAAAAUUUGUGUUUCUGAUACAUUUCAACUAAUCUAGUUACAUUGAGACAAUUUUUCAUGGAAGACGAACUGCAGCAAAACUGAAUCCGAAUCAUAGAAUUGUAGAGUUGGAAGGGACGCCCAGGGUCACCUAGUCCAAUGCAGGAAUCUCAGCUAAAGAAUCCCUGGCCGAUGGCCACCCAAGCUCUGCUUAGAAACCUCCAGGGAAGGAGAGUCCACCGUCUCUCGUGGGAAUCUGCUCCACUCCUGAACGGCUCUUACUGUCUGAAAGUUCUUCCUGAUGUUCAGUCGGACUCUCCUUUCUUGUAACCUGAAUCCAUUGGUUUGAAAUGGAACUGCCUGUGGAAUGAAAAAUGAGGCCUUCUUGCACCUCGUUUCAAAAGGCAGAAUAUUAUUUUUAGACACCAUUAUGUCUAUAAUCACCUUUAAAAGCUCUUUUAUUUCCUUGUAGUUAGUUACUCCAUAAAGCAAGGUCCAAUUUUUCUGUAAGACAUGGUUGUUGUUUUUUAAAAACUAAUUAUGUCAGUAUGGCUCACAUAGAGGAACUUUCCUGUGGAUUUUGCCCCUGUCAGCUUAGAAGAUGCUCUGUCUCACUUUGUCACAGGUUUAUUCUUCUGAACAUUAGGGUUUCUGAUUAAGCACCUCUCCCCCCCUCUUUCUUUUUACUCCAGUGUAGUUACCACAAAGAUGCUUGAAAUGUGAAGCUUAGGCUCCCCCCCAACCCCACAGAGGCCUCCAACAUCACUGCUCUAGAUGAAAUAGCAUGUUAUUAUCACUUUUCUUAAAUUCCUGCUGUUACAGAAUAGCCAGUCAUUUUGUCUGCACUGCUAUUGAACAAUUUUGCUAUUCUCCUGAACAGUUAUUUGCUAGCAAGUAAAGUAAAAGUGCCCUGCAGGGGAGCCUCCCCCUCAGGCACGGCCACAGAAGAUACUCAGGAAUCAGCAAAGCCAUCUCUGCCUGCCAGGCUGCGGGAGAGAGGGAUGCAUCAAUUCAGACCAAAUCAGCAUCUUUUCAGUUUCCAAGUAUCCAUUGCAACUGUGUUUGAAAACAUAUUUGGAAAGUUUGGAUUCAUUUGCUGGAUCAGGCCAAUGAUCCGCCCAAGCCAGCAUUUCGUCUUUGGACCAUUCAGCCCACGGUUGCUCCCUGCCCGUGCUGGUGGCAGGUGCCUGAGGUCUGUCCCAGCACUGAUCUAAGGCCUUCUGCCUUCUGAUUUAGAGACUCUAAAACAUAGAGGCUUCCUCCUUUUUUGCCACAGGUAAUAGGGGGGAAUCCCCACUUUUGCAGGGGUUCUGCCCCUGCCCUGCCUCAUUCUUCCCCAUUCCACCCCAGUCCCCUUUCAGUGCAUUAAGCACAUGAUUUGCACGUUAAGGAGAUGCCUGCAGUCCUCUCUGGACCUCCAGGCAAAUUUAAAGGAGGCAAUCAGUUCAGUUGCGUGGGACAUGGAGCCUGGGCAGGGGGGCGCUGGAGAUGCUGCGAGAGGCGUCAGGGUGCUGAAUUUUGGUGUCACACAGGGUGCUACUGAAAUUUGAGACCCCAAGAUCUACUGCUCAUGAAUCUAUUCCUCCCCCCCCCAGCAAACCCAACACUAACUCAAUCAGAUCAUGACCACCACCGCAUUUUGUGGCAGCGAAUUUCACAAAUUCAGUUAGAUAUUGCAUUGUACAAUGCUUUCCUAGCCUUGAAGCUGCUGUUGAUCAACUGUUUAGCACAACAUGCAUGUGCAACGCGAAUCAAGGCCUACAGCCGUGAUCGGCAACCUGUGAGCCUCCAGACCUUGUUGGGCUGCAGCUCCCAUCAACUCUGAGCCGUGGCCAUACUGGUGUCCAGUGAAUGGGGGGGGGCACAGGUUGCCUUGCCAGGACUAGAGGAAUCCAGCUGGCUUUUGGGUGCUGCUGGAGAGCAGGACAUAAGUGAAGUCUUGGUCAAGUAGUCAACUCCUUACAUGUAAAUAAGUGUGGGAGAGGAAGCAGGAUCAUGCUGGCCAGCCCUGACCCCUUAAGGUUCAUCACCUUUUUCAUUCUUUACCACCCCCCAAAUUUGAGGCUCAAGGUCUGAAGCAGAGAGCCUUCUCUGCUAUGGAGACUCCUGCCAUGAUUUAGGUGCCUACUUGUGUGAAUGAGGAAUUGUCCUAUUCCAAGGGGAUAGCAUAUCAUGUGAGCCAUGAGCUCACUUAGGAAAGGCUGUGUUGUCUCCACUCACACUCCUCCCACCCCACUCUGGAAUAUUAAUGGCUUAACAGUUUGGGUUUGCUGGGUGGCAAAGGUAAAAAGGGUGGCAGGUCGUGCUGUGGUCUAAACCACUGAGCCUCUUGGGCUUGCUGAUCAGAAGGUCAGCAGUUCGAAUCCACACGAUGGGUGAGCUUCCAUUGCUCUGUUUGAGCUCCUGGCAACCUAGCAGUUUAAAAGCAUACCAGUGCAAGUAGAUAAAUAGGUACUGCUGCAGCGGGAAGGUAAACGGCAUUUCCGUGCUGUCUGACUUCUGUCAUGGUUGUCCGUUGUGCCAGAAACGGUUUAGUUAUGCUGGCCACUUGAUGCAGAAAACUGUCUGUGGACAAAUGCCAGCUCCCUCAGCCUGAAAGUAUAGAUGAGCACCGCAACCCCGUAGUCGCCUUUGACUGGACUUCACUGUCCAGGGGUCCUUUACCUGUUUAUUUUACCUUACUGGCUGGCAUAAGGAUUACUGAGAUGCAUGUGAGGGGUUUUUGAAAACAUUCAAAGUGUUACAUAAAUAUUGCUUCUGUUAUUGGCUGACAGCAAAUUAACUCAAUAUCUGAAAGCUCCCAUUUUUAAAUCAAUAGAUUCAGAAUGAUCAGUGCCAAGAGAUGGACUCCACAAGCGAUAAAUGGAUGAAGCUGACAGAUAAUGGCGAAUGGGGCUCCCAUUCUGUGAGUAUAAUGUUUCAUGGCUUGAUGAACAGAAUCAUAGAAUCAUAGAAUUGUAGACUUGGAAAGGGACCCCAAGGGUCAUCGAGUCCAACCCCCUGCAAUGCAGGGAUCUCAGCUGAAGCAUCCAUGACAGAUGGCCACCCAACCUCUGCUUAAAAACUGUUAAGUAGACUUAUUGCUUUAUUCUUGGCGUCCAGCACACUUCCCCCUGCGAGCCUCUGCAGGUCGUAAAGCAAUUAGCAGAAUUGCACAGCGUCCGUGUUGAAAGGGCAGUAAAACAAGUCCCACACGUUUCUUCUUUCCUAGUAGCACUUUAUUUGCUCAAAAGUAGCAUGUUUACAAUUCAUAUACACCAUCUGAUUCAAGCUGCAUUUUGCGUCCUUCUCUCUCAGCUUGCUGCGUAGCAAAGCUGCUUUCACUGCUUAAAAACCUCCAAGGAAGGAGAGCCCACCACCUCCUAAGGGAAACCGUUCCACUCCUUUCUUGUAACUAGAAGCUACAGUGGUACCUUGGUUUACUAACUUAAUCUGUGCCGGAAGUCCGUUCUUAAACCAAGGACUUUCCCAAUCCUUGAUCAUCCUGGUCACCCUCCUCUGCACAUGAGUAUCAACCUCUUUCUUAAAUUGUGGUGCCCAGAAUUGGACACAGUAUUCCAGGUGUGGUCUGACCAAGGCAGAAUAGAAUGGGCCUGUGACAUUCCUUGAUCUGGACAUUAGACUUCUGUGGAUGCAGCCUAGAAUAGAUAUAGUGGAAACCUGAUCAUCUCGUGAUUGGAUGUCUUUCUCACUCUGAACCCCAUCAAGGAACUGACUGAUUCCCUAUCAGCAACCCAUACUCUCAAAAGCUUAUUUCCUACAUGCCCCUAUGUGCCUCCACAUGCCCCUACAUGCUGUGGCGCUGUGGGGCAUGGCUGCUUUCCCUGCAGAAGCAGGAUUUAACUUCCCCUCCCUCCCAUCAGCUGAUGUGUGGGCAGUUCAAUCCUGCUUGGUUUUGGUGCAAAAGAGUUCCAUGAUGAAAACUCUCUUCCACAUCCACAACCUGCAGGAAGCACUCACUCAUAAGCCAAUGACAAGGGAGAUCAGUUCUGCCUCAUAAGUAUCUUCAUCCUACCCUCACAAGCCAACUUUGACAGGUGGGUGGGAUAACCUGAUGUCUAUCCCCUGGAGGCUGGCAGGGAGAUAGAGACAAAACCGUUUCUCCACUUGCUUCAUGUGGCUGCAUCACUCAAAAUUCCAAAGGGUUCACUGUAAAGAUAAAAAGUUCAAAUUUCUGAGACUGAAUGAAGGAUCAUUCUCAGAACCACACAGAAAAAGAAUCACUUUGUGUGCACUGUGUGUAGGCCUGAGGCAGAGUUUCUCCUUUUAUUUGCAUGCAGAUACCUUAUCUCACAUUUUUAUUCCAUGUCAAACCCAUGAGCUGAGUAAACAGGGCAAGGCUUCAUUUCUCUUUUCUGGGUGAGGGGAGAAAACGAAACCUCUCUAUGUGUUUUAAGCAGACCUGUCAGUAUGUUUGACUGAAUUGUUUGCUCUCUAGGUCCUUUAAACUAGUUCAACAAAACUGGGGUGUGGUUUCUCAAAGAUUCUUGUGCCUCCUUGUCUCUUUUAGCUCCAAGGCAAAAAGUACUGUCUUCAAGUAGUCUGUUUUACUUCUUGGAAUUUGCAGCAACAGUGGGGGGUGGUUGUUUUUUCAUUUACUCCUUGGUAGUUGCAAAGUCCGAAGCAGCAACCGGUGUGCGUGAGGAUUCUUCCAGGGGUAGCUUGGCUUUGUGCAGUGAUGUCAAGCUUCAGCAAGCCUUUCUGCAUCGACUUUUUCCAUUCAAGGAAUGCUCACCUAUCAUGUAAAAUGCUGGUUGGCGGGGGCAGCCCGUCUCGUCUUGCCGCCUCGGGUGACGUGCCUUAGUGCUGCUCCCGCUGCUGCCACCCUUCUGCUAAAGCCUCACUUUCUGGGGUUGUACAGCAUCUUCUGCUGGGAUCCUGUGGCGUUCUUGUGAGAUCUCACCGGAAGCUGCUGUUGCCACUUCUCACUUCUCUGGCAGUGGUGGCAGGAGCAGGUUUUCCACCUCUCAAGGUGGCUGCCUCGGCCCAGGGCAGCUGCACUUGGGAGGGGGAAACUGGGAGCAGUGCGCAAGCAUCAUGGAAACUUGUCUGCAAAUUCCUGUUCUCAUUGGAGAGACACCACAUAGCUUUCCAGGGAAUCCCAAAGUUCCCUGGAGCACAGUUUGAAGUCAUUGCUCUUGCCUAACAUCCUGGAGUAACUAUGACACCAAAUGAGGCCAAUGAGGAAGAGACCCCAUUUGGUAAAGCAGAGUGGACUGUGGGCUGAUGAACAUGAGCAGCAAAAUGACACUGAGAGUCCUUCCUGGACUGUUCUACUCCCCUCUGCAGAUGGGGAGUUGCAUUUGGAAUACCUCCCUGUCUUAAUAACACCCCUUCCUGAAUGUAAAAGGCUAGUACUUUGGGGGAACACGUUAGAUCCUUUAUCCCUGGUAGGAGACAUUUCUAAAUCGAGGGGAUUGGGGAUAGAGGGAUAGCCUUGGAGGAGAAACACCUGGGGUGAAGACGGUGGUCACCAGGAAGUCUCCCAGCUUCACCCACAUCAAAGAGCAGUGAGGAAAAGAUGAGAUAAAGCCACAUCACAAUCACAACAUCUAUUUAUCAUCUAUCAUCUAUCAUCUAUCAUCUAUCUAUCUAUCUAUCUAUCUAUCUAUCUAUCUCUAUCACCUAUAUCUAUCUAUCUAUCAUCUAUCUAUCUAUCUAUCUAUCUAUCUAUCUAUCUAUCUAUCAUCUAUCUAUCUAUCAUCUAUCAUCUAUCAUCUAUCAUCUAUCAUCUAUCUAUCUAUCUAUCUAUCUAUCAUCUAUCUAUCUAUCUAUCAUCUAUCAUCAUCUACCUACCUACCUAUCAUCUAUCUAUCUAUCAUCUAUCAUCUAUCUAUCUAUCAUCUAUCAUCUAUCUAUCUAUCUCUACCUAUCAUCUACCCCCCACAGGCCUGAAUAAAAAUAAGAUGUGCAAUGGUUUUAUUUGCCAUUUGAAGUGAAAUAAUCCAGGAAGGCCUUGCUUGGUGACUUUCUGAUAGUUUAGUUCCUCUCUUAAUAUCUGUUCUAGGAAGUGCUGGGUCAGACCAUUGUGUUCUCAGGGGCAGCUCCUGACUGUGAGUCUACCCAUACCCUGGUACGCACAAGUCUAUAUCAUGUUCAUAUCAGGGUGAGGUUUGAAUGACCUUUUUGUGUGUGUUUUUGUGUGUGUCUCUUCUCAGGUAACGUUGAAAUCUGGCACUAAUGUAUUAUACUGGAGAACAACAGGAAUCCUUAUGAGUUCUCAGGUGGUGAAGCCUGUCCUCCUGAAAAACAUCACCAUUGAAGGUACAAAGCAGGAGUUGGCAACCUUUUCUCUCUAUUGAGGGCCACAUGCCCCAGGAACAAACUGUCAGGGGCAGCCUGCUGAUGGUGGGCAGAGCCAGAGACACAGUGUUCUGGAUCUACUAAUCCAGAAAAAAGGCUUUGUCACACAAAUAUUCACCAUGGCUGCCACAUAUUACAAUUCCCAAUUCUAUGCAAGUCUACUCAGAAGGAAACUCCACUGGGUUUGGUGGGAUUACUCUCAAACGUACAAAGGGGAUGGGUUUAGUAAAACAUGUCAAGAACCAGUGCCCUAAGACUUGGGACGCCCCAUCUUGUUCGUUCAGCAGAGUAGCAGAACUUUGGCAACACUUGAAUUCCAAAAAGACACAGAGAGCAGGAAAUGUUUUUAGUAGAGAUUUACUAAGGCAUAAAGUUGGUUGCUAGCUCCCUAGCAAGGCAAAACUUAGCUCAUUUAGAGCAAAUCCAGUUUCCAGCAGUAAAAACCAAACCAAACCAAACAAAUAUAAAUGCAAAAACAGAAUAGCAGUAGGAGAAAGAGAGAGAAAGAGAAUAACAGAGUCCCCUGGACAGACAGUGUGUCUCCGGAGCAAAAGGCCUUGAAGUUUAGAGAUAGCCCAGCAGGAAAAGAACAUCUGUGCUUUCUCUGCCUUUGAGAAGUCCUGAGAACCUUUUAAACACUGGAAUGUCCCAGAAUGUUUCUGGGGGCCUAUGUACUUCACAAACUUAUUCCCUGACAAAACAUCCAUACAAUAUGCUGCUCUCAAAAGCAAGUGAACAGUACAGUAAUCCCUUUCUGACAUAAAUGUCACCCACCCCUAGCCGAAGCUUAUGGAUUUCUUCUUAGACAACCGGGGAGGGGGGAUUUGAGCAGCGUACACACUAAUCUAUUUGCAGCACAAAAACUGUAUUUUUCCCCAGUCUGGAAUGAUUCAUGUUCAUGCUCAAUGUGCUGCUUUAAAUCUAGAUGGAUUCUAGAUCCUUCUAGAUCCACCAGGGUGGGUGUGGUUACUUCACCAGCGUGUGAACUCCCUGCCCCUCCCAGUACAUUAUCUACAUUUCUCCCAUGCCCCAGUCGCUGAAGAAGGAAGUACCUGUUGCUCUCUUGCCAUUCGUCCACCCCAAGCAAACUAAUCUUAACUAACAAGCACCACCUCCACCACUAAGUGGCAGGGCAAACCAUCAAUGAGAAAGUGAGGUUUUUAAUUUAAAGGGAAAAACUAAAGGAAGUACAUGCUGCAUACUUUGUGUAUCACUUUCCUUUCCACAACAAGCUUCUUUAGGUUGGGAGAACAUAAUACAGCAAAUUUGUCUUGUUUUGUGUUAUUCCUCUUUCUCACCGCAGUCUGUACUGGACUUUAGUUUAGACAAUAUGCCUUUGGAAUGCCUCAGUUACAGGACGACUGCUGACCUCUGCUGGGGAUAACUAGAUUUGCAGUGAUACCAAUAUACGUACUGUAUACCUAGAAGAUUUGCUUUUAGGAUUUACAGGAGCAUGGGAGUACUCCUGGAAGUGAAAAUAUCACUUUGCGAUAUUGUCAUCAGAAGCAACUCAUAAAUGGAACAAAAUAAAUGAAAAUGAAAUUCAUAUUCCACACCUUUCUCGGUUUCCAUGCGGGCACACAUUCCUUGUCUUGUGGCAAGUGGCUUUGGAACAGAGAUUCCACUAUAGUUUGGGAUAUAUUUAGGAACAAGCAUCCUAGAGCAACACAUUCCAGAGGUGUGAUAAAGUCAAUCAUUGACAAUUAGGGGUGAAUGAAUAAGUUUUUUUGGUUUUUUUUAAACAGACUUCAUGUUACUUUUGCAUGUCUUCUUUCUGCAAAUAGUACACAUAUUGAAACAUUUUUAUUUAACAUUUUUAUUUCAAAAUAUGUAUUUUGUGAUAUAUUUUAUCUGAAAACAUGCAUUUUUAGAUGCAUUUUGUUGUGUUUUUUUGAGCCAAGUAGUGUAUCACAAAAUUUUUAAGAAGUGUGAAGAUAAGAAUGCAGUGUUUGGAUACUUCUUUCCUUAAGUCAUGCUGAGCCUAAUGAAAUGGGUCUAAUGCUGUUCUUUGGGGGAAGCCUUUGCUUCUAUACUUGCUGAAUUGCAUUUGCUUUAUAGGAGUGGCCUAUACAUCUGAAUGCUUUCCCUGCAAACCUGGCACAUUCAGCAACACACCAGGCUCUUCCACUUGCCAGCUCUGUCCUAGGAACACAUUCUCGGAAAAGGGUGCCAAGGAAUGCGCCAAGUGCCAGGAAGAAACACAUUAUGCAGGUAUCGUGGAGAGAUCUGAAAGGCUGGGUCCAGUUCAAAUUAACCAUAAACUGUCAUGUCAGAAUAGGAUUUUGUAGCCAUGUGUACAAUCCUGAUUUGUGGUUAUUUUUGUCUCCUCCAGCCCCAAAAUGUUGUAUGAGAAUGUCUUGUGAUAUGUCCUGAGGAGGUUGUGGAAAGGGCUGCUUCAUGGAUGAAGUGGUGUCAAGAGAUUCUAAAGAGAAUUUGCCCUUAAAUCUAAGAUAGCAAAGACAUGUUGAGGACUGCAACUAGUUUUCCUAGAGAGGGUCUCCUUGAAAAGGAUUUGAUGAUUGGUUCAAAAAUGCUGGACUCUGCUGUCUCCUCCAAAUGGUGUGGCACCUCUCUGUGCAUGCAGUUUGGUCUGGGGAAUCCAGAUCUCUCUUGUCUCUCAAUAGAAUAUACAAUGGGGAGGGCUGUGGGUCAGUGGCAGAGCAUCUGGCUUGCAUUCAGAAAGUCCCAGGCUCAUGUGAACAGGAUCUCAGGGUCCGAGUAGACCACAAGCGUAACAUGAGUCAACAGUGUGGUGCAGCAGCAGCAGCAGCAGCAGCAGCAAACAAAUGAACGAACAAACCCAAAUGCUGUUCUAGGGUGCAUCAACAGAAGUAGAAAUCAAGGGAAGUAACAGUUUUGCUUUAUUCUGCUUUGGUCAGACCACACCUGGAGUCAUAGAAUCAUAGAAGUGUAGACUUGGAAGGGACCCCAAGGGUCAUCUAGUCCAAGCCAUUGCAAUGCAGGAAUCUCAGCUGAAGCAUCCAUGACAGACACCAUCCAACCUCUGCUUGAAAACCUCCAAGGAGGGAGAGUCCACAGCCCCCCCAAGGGAGACUGUUCCACUGUUAGCAACCCUUACUGUCAGAAGCCCUGUGUCCAGUUCUGGGGACCACAGUUUAAGAAGGAUAUCAACAAGCUGUAACAUGUGCAGAGGAGGGCAACCGAGAUGAUCAAGGGCCUGGAAUCCAAGGGACUGGUUGAGGCAAUUUUGUAUGUUUAGCAUGGUAAAGAGGAGACUGAGAAGAGAUAUGAACUCAAACCAAUGGCUUCAAGUUGCAAGAAAGGAGAUUCCAAUUCAACAUCUGGAAGAACAGCAAGAGCUGUUCAACAGUGGAACAGUCUCCCUCGGGGGGCUGUGGACUCUCCUUCCUUGGAGGUAUCUAUGCAAAGGUUGGGUGUCCCUCUGUCAUGGAUGCUUCAGCUGAUAUUCCUGCAUUGAAGGGGGUUGGACUAGAUGACCCUUGGGGUCCCUUCUACAAUUCUAUGAUUCUGUGCAAAGUAUAUAAGAAGCAACAAGAGGAACAGCCAUUUUAGAUCUGGUCCUAACCAAUGUUGAUGACCUGGUUAGUGGGGUAGAAGUGGAAGGAUCAUUAGGCGCGAGUGAUCAUGCUCUUCUGAAGUUUACUAUACAGCGGAAAGGAGCAGCCAAGCAUACUAGGACUCAAUUUCUUGACUUUAAGAAAGCUGACUUCAUAAAACUUAGGGAAGUGCUGGGUGAGAUCCCAUGGACAGUAAUACUAAAAGGAAAGGGAGUUCAUGAUGGUUGGGAGUUUGUUAAGAGGGAGAUACUAAAAGCACAAUGUCAGGCAAUACCAAUGAGACAGAAACAUGGAAGGUGCCUAAAGAAGCCAGGGUGGUUAUCUAAAGAACUUUUAACUGAGUUAAGAUUAAAAAAGGAUGUGUACAAAAAUGGAAAAGGGGGAAACCACCAAAGAGGAAUUCAAACAAAUAGCCAGCACGUGUAGACACAAAGUCAGAAAAGCUAAAGCACAGAAUGAACUCCGGCUGGCUAGAGAGGUUAAACGCACCACCCAAGGCUUUUAUGGGUAUGUCCGUAGCAAAAGGAAGAACAAAGAAACAGUGGGGUCACUCAGAGGAGAAGAUGGUGAAAGGCAAACAGGGGACACAGAAAGAGCUGAACUCCUCAAUGCCUUCUUUGCCUCAGUCUUCUCCGAUAAAGAAAACAAUGCCCGACCUGAAGAAUUUGGAGCAAAUGAUUCAGCAAAGGAAACACAGCCCAGAAUAACUAAGGAGAUAGUACAAGAAUACUUGGCUAGUUUAGAUGUAUUCAAGUCUCCAGGGCCAGAUGAACUGCAUCCAAGAGUAUUAAAAGAACUGGCAGAUGUGAUCUCAGAACCACUGGCAGUCAUCUUUGAGAAUUCCUGGAGAACAGGCGAAGUCCCGGCAGACUGGAGGAGGGCAAAUGUUGUCCCUAUUUUCAAAAAGGGAAAAGAGAGGACCCAAAUAAUUACCGCCCAGUCAGUCUGACAUCAAUAGCAGGGAAGAUUCUGGAGCAGAUCAUUAAGCAAACAGUCUGUGAGCACCUAGAAAGGAAUGCUGUGAUCACCAAUAGUCAGCAUGGAUUUCUGAAAAAUAAGUCAUGUCAGACUAACCUGAUCUCGUUUUUGACAGAAUUACAAGCCUGGUAGAUGAAGGAACGCAGUGGAUGUAGCCUACCUUGAUUUCAGCAAGGCAUUUGACAAGGUGCCUCAUGAUAUUCUUGUAAAGAAGCUGGUAAAAUGUGGUCUUGACUAUGCUACCACUCAGUGGAUUUGUAACUGGCUGACUGACCGAACCCAAAGGGUGCUCAUCAAUGGUUCCUCUUCAUCCUGGAGAAGAGUGACUAGUGGGGUGCCACAGGGUUCUGUCUUGGGCCCGGUCUUAUUCAACAUCUUUAUCAACGACUUGGAUGAUGGACUCAAGGGCAUCCUGAUCAAAUUUGCAGAUGACACCAAAUUGGGAGGGGUGGCUAACACCCCAGAGGACAGGAUCACACUUCAAAACGACCUUGACAGAUUAGAGAACUGGGCCAAAACAAACAAGAUGAAUUUUAACAGGAGAAAUGUAAAGUAUUGCACUUGGGCAAAAAAAAUGAGAGGCAAAAAUACAAGAUGGGGGACACCUGGCUUGAGAGCAGUACAUGUGAAAAGGAUCUAGGAGUCUUGGUUGACCACAAACCUGACAUGAGCCAACAGUGUGACGCGGCAGCUAAAAAAGCCAAUGCAAUUCUGGGCUGCAUCAAUAGGAGUAUAGCAUCUAGAUCAAGGGAAGUAAUAGUGCCACUGUAUUCUGCUCUGGUCAGACCUCACCUGGAGUACUGUGUCCAGUUCUGGGCACCACAGUUCAAGAAGGACAUUGACAAACUGGAACGUGUCCAGAGGAGGGCAACCAAAAUGGUCAAAGGCCUGGAAACGAUGCCUUAUGAGGAACGGCUAAGAGAGCUGGGCAUGUUUAGCCUGGAGAAGAGGAGGUUAAGGGGUGAUAUGAUAGCCAUGUUCAAAUAUAUAAAAGGAUGUCACAUAGAGGAGGGAGAAAGGUUGUUUUCUGCUGCUCCAGAGAAGCGGACAUGGAGCAAUGGAUCCAAACUACAAGAAAGAAGAUUCCACCUAAACAUUAGGAAGAACUUCCUGACAGUAAGAGCUGUUUGACAGUGGAAUUUGCUGCCAAGGAGUGUGGUGGAGUCUCCUUCUUUGGAGGUCUUUAAGCAGAGGCUUGACAACCAUAUGUCAGGAGUGCUCUGAUGGUGUUUCCUGCUUGGCAGGGGGUUGGACUCGAUGGCCCUUGUGGUCUCUUCCAACUCUAUGAUUCUAUGAUUCUAUAUUUUGGGUUCUGUGUUUAUAAGUAUCUGUUCUGCUUUCAGAGGAAGGAUCAAGCCAAUGCAUUGAACGUCCUCCUUGCUCAAAGAAAGACUUUUUCCAAAUCCACACACCAUGUGACCGAGAUGGAAAAGUGAGUAGCAGACCCUCCCAAAGCAUUUCCACGGGAGUCUUCCACGGUGUGGACUGAAGUGUUAGUGGUUUGCACCCAAGACAGGGCAGCCAAGAUGGUCCCCUCCAGGUGUUGUUGGACUGCAACUUCCCCCAUUGCAGGCCAAUGGCCAGGCUGGCUGGAGCUGAGAGGAGUUGGAACUGGCCCCCUUGACCUAAGUUUGAUCCUUGGCUUAAGGAAACUUGAGAUAUUAAUUGUAGUGGAAAUAUCAGUCUAUUUGUUGGGCAGCUGCUCACAAGAUAAGCAUUUGCAAUGUUCUUGGCAAGACUGUGGGAGUUUUUGUAAGUUAAUCAUCUAUUUAAGUUCAUAGAAUUUAUGAAACAUGUUUUAGGUCAUAUGAUAUUGUGCUCUGUGACCUCUGCAACAACCUUGUGAAUUAAGAGCAUUUACUAUUGAACCUUGAGGUAACCCGCUGUAAUUGCAGAUCACUGUGUAAUUGAGCUGUGAAAUCCAAAUCCCUCCCCAAGGCUCUCCUAUUUUGAUUAGACUCACAAUCCUUCUGCUUUCUCUUCCUGACCUUUUCACUCAAGCAAGAGGGAAAUUAUCCCUCUGAAAUAUAGAAUGACUACAUAGAAGAAAGCUUUCUACUCUUAUGUCAGAGAAAGGGACUCAUGUAGAUACAAAUGUUAGAAGAAUAAUUGGUUAUUGUGCACAAGCUCUUUUGACACAUAGCUGUUUAAGUGCCUAGACUCUUUAUGUGGUUCUGUCCCUUCACUCCAUUUUUUCUUUUACAAGGCUCCUUGCAAAUGCUUUUCUUCAUUGCUGUGUUCACAUUUAUUACAUUUGCCCAGGUGUGUGAUCUCACUUGAGCUACUGAAAUAAAUGGAAAACAUUCAGUGGAUUUCAGAUUGGACUAUGUAAGAUCACAGGAAAUUCUGUUGAACAGGCUACCCACAAAUAAUGGUUGAGUAAGUGACAGGACUGGGUAGUAAUUUGCAGAGGCCUUAAGAAUAUGCAAAAAAUGAUACUGGGUCCUGUCCCACGACUAGGCAGCGUGAGAGGGCCGCCCUCACAAGGCAGAACGGGUUAUCAUUAAAGGGCAGCAAAAUGAUCCAUCCACCCAGCCAUCCAUCCAUGUUAUCUUUCCACCAUGUAAAAUGCAAGCACUUGCAAUACAUUUGUUAUUUGUUAUUAUCCUGCUGUCUCUCCCUAUUCAGUCAUUUCUCCCUUGCAUGGGGCUUCUUCACACAUUACACUGAACAAGCUGUCUCUACACUCAUACAAGUAUUUGUGUGAAAGCAUGUCCACUUGUUGAGUUGUAUGGCUCAGCUGUUGUGUGUACAGGGACACAGACUGUAUACCUGUUGAACAUAAUGUGUGAACACCUUUAUGAUUAACAGUCACAUAAAGGGGGAAGCUGUUCAUGCAUUGCUGGUGUGUGUGCAGAAGGGAAGGCUACUGAACAUGUGUUGUAUCAUCAUCAUCAUCAUCAUCAUCUUAUUAAUAUACUGCUGACUUGCUAAAUGGACUUUUAAGCAGUUUGCAGGUAUAAAACCAAUUACAAAAUACUUUUGGCAUCCCUCUGUCUUGAGAGACAAUGGAGUAUGCCUUUGGAGGUGAAGUCAAACUGCUGUGUAAGCAGCACUGAAGUGACCUCUCUGGGGCAUAAGCCGGGGCAGCUUGUCUGGAGGUCCUGGGCUGCCCAGAUGACAAGACCUCCCUCUCAGCCUUACUGAUGUGGUCCAAAGGACAGCAGAGCAAGGUGUUUGGCACCAGCUUGGCUGCAGGAGUUGCAGGGAAAAGGCGUUCAAGGCGCCAUCCAAUCAUCUUAAGGACUCCAGAUUGCUGUAAGGUUUACUCCUUAGCCUUUUCUCCUCCUGAAGAUGUCUCACAAAGCAGUGGAGGUUUAUGAUCAGCAUUUCCUCCUCCUAGAUGGGCCACCUUUGCAGGUGGAUGAGCCCCCCCCCAUACCUCACUUCCCUCUACAGCACGUGCAGAAACCACCUUCCUGACUGUUGGACCCACUCUUGGUCUCGGCUGCUCAAUCCACCAGAGCAAUUACAAAAUAUGAGCAUGCAUAAAUAAAACAAUCCAAUCCAAACAUUAAAACAAACACGCACAGUUGAGCUGUGCAAUGGAACAAGCCCAUUAAAACAGUUAAUUAUGAUGUGUAAGCUCUCUUCAAUCUGAAACCCUGGUUUCAUAGGGCUCCAGUUCACAGGGAGAGUCUGUGGGUGUUCUGCCGGAAUGCCGCCAAUAAGAGGAUGACAGGGUAGGCCUGGGAGGGGAUGGAUGGGGAAAAGGUCAAUGAGAAGGGACCACUUUGCAAAGUUGUUACAGUAAUUGUGUGACUGUCUGAUGGGAACUUCUCUCUUGCCUAAGGGUUCAUUGGCUUGCUGGCAUUUGUUUUCUGCAGGGGAGAACUUUGGUCACAUUCCUCCCUCCCCUCUCUGACUGUUUUCCUAAGAAUUGUUCAGUCCUGUGAAUAGCUGAGUAAAAUAUUCCUUAUCUUAACUUCACAUAUUUUCUCUCUUUCUUUCAGACUCAGCUCAUGUACAAAUGGGUAGAGCCUAAGAUCUGUAGGGAAGAUCUUUCCGAAGCAGUGAAGCUGCCUCCUUCUGGAGAGAGGAAGGAGUGCCCACCUUGCAACCCUGGAUUCUACAACAACCGCUCCUCUUUCUGCACUCCUUGCCCCCUGGGCAUGUUUUCUGACGGAACUCGGGGUAUGAGAACCUGAGCCCAUUGAAAAGACCAGGUUGUAUCCCACCCUGUUGCUCAACUGAUGGUACACUUUUGCUGGUGGAAUGGAGAGAUCAUUCCCCCUCCCACUUGCAGUCCACCCUCCCCACCAAUAAAUCUGCUCCAAAUGGUUCCCCAACCCUUUGGAACAGAUAUUUUUCUCGAGUGGGGGGAGAAGUGGAGGGGGAAAUGCCAGAAAACUGUUUCUCUCCUUGUUCUACUGAUGGAAGCCUUGCUGUCAGAUUAGCAGGCCUGUUGGGUACAGCCCACUCUUGUGGCACUUGCUGGCCUGCCUGGCUUGGCAGAGAGAAUUAUUUCUAUCCCACCUUUUGAAGAUGAUAUAGAGGCACCAUUGUCCUUGGCUUAUGCAUGGUCAUCUAUGCUUCACAGGAUCUUGCAGGAUAUUAUCUCAUUCUUUAAAUCUGUAAGAUCCAUUUCACCAGACACCACGAAAAGAAGGCUCAAACACCAAGGGCCGUGUUGCCUCUUUCAGCUUUAUUACAAAAAACUAAACUCUUCUCUGCCUUCUGCCUUGGCUGACUUCCUCCAACACCCGACAACUUGUCCACACACAGCCUCCUUUCUUUCUUUUUAUUGUAAAACGGCUUUUGUGGGUGUGUUCACUUUUUACAUACUGCAAGUCAUAGGAUACCCAUUAUUUAUUUAUUUUUGUUUCUUGCCUAAUACAGUGGUACCUCAGAUUACAUACGCUUCAGAUUACAGACGCUUCAGAUUACAGACUCCGCUAACCCAGAAAUAUUACCUCAGGUUAAGAACUUUGCUUCAGGAUGAGAACAGAAAUUGUGCUCCGGCGGCGCAGCAGCAGCAGGAGGCCCCAUUAGCUAAAGUGGGGCUUCAGGUUAAGAACAGUUUCAGAUUAAGAACGGACCUCCAGAACGAAUUAAGUUCUUAACCCGAGGUACCACUGUACAACUCUUUUUAAAGCUACCAUACACGGGAUAAUUUAUUUAUUUCAGAAUAUUGUCCUACGUCCAAAGAUCUCAGGGCAGCUUACAGUGCUUAAAGCAACAAUAGUGCAUCAAAUUAAAUAAGCAGAGAGCAGGCAAAAACGUAAAUUUAAAAUAAACCUGACAGUGGACUUAUGCCCCAUACACUUACUGUGGCUUGAGAAUGUCAACAGGGUUGGUGCCUGUACAGGCUGGUGGAGGGACAUUCUGUGCUUGGGGCGCCAGUAUCCUGUGACACCAUUCACUAUAUCACUCAAUGCAAAAGAGCAUCUCCCCCAGCUGUAAUAGGAUGCUUCUUCAAUGUGCUUCCAGCGCCACUUAGUCCUCCCCAAUGAGUCUGCUUGGUUUUAACUUUCCUCCAGUCAUGAUGCCUCCUCCCCAUAUCAACAUUUCUUAUGUGGAGGAAGUCAUCAUCCUGAGGUGUACUCUGCCCUGAUCCCCACAGUCCAGCAUGGAGAACCACCCAAGAAUGGCUAGUUCUGCCUGAUUCGUAACACAUCUAAUAAAAUGUUUCAUUGUGAAACUGGCUGAUUUUCUGCAUGUAGGCUCAUCCUGUCCCGUUUCCCCUUGUAGAUUGCGAGGCCUGCCCUGCCGGUACAGAACCUGCUCUGGGCCUGGAAUACAAAUGGUGGAACGUGCUCCCUUUCAACAUGAGGACUUCUUGUUUCAAUGUUGGAAAUUCAAAAUGUGAUGGGAUGAAUGGUGAGCGUGUCUGCCUUCAUCCCUAGCUUAUUGUUCCUUUGGGUGUUCUUAAGAGCGGAUGUGAGGGUUAAAGGAAUGGCCUGUGGCAUUUCUAAAAACAGAUAGUCAUACUGACCAACCUUUAAAAGGCUGUGGUAAAAGUUGAUGAGGUGAGAUAUGUUGGGCUCUUUGGAAAAUCUCUGGAUAAAAGCUAAAUAUCAUUAGCUCAUCAGCAGCAUUUGUAAAUUAGUACUUUUAUUUGUUGGUUCAGUUUAUCUUUGUCCCUGAAGGAGCGUCCACCAGCUCCAGUAGGAACUAUGGAAAAGAGAUAUACAUUCAGAAAAUAAUGCAUGGCACCAACACACAGGGUUGCAUCAGUCAGUGUGUUAGUGGACUGUCACAAGAAUAAUGACUCCUCCAUAAAAACUCUGUGUCCACGAAAAGGUAGUGUCAAGGCUGCCUCAAGUCUUAGCUCACAAAAGACCAACGCCUACGUCUUCUUGAAUACAAAGGUGUUUAUUGCAGUUCAUGGUUUGCUUGACAUCCUAGGCGCGCAGCCUUACGUCUCUUACGCUAGACCGCCGAAGUCCCCUCUGAGUCAGUACCUCCUCUGCACCAAUUUAAGAGACUUGCGCUGCUCCACCUCUUUCUCUCCUUCCUUUCCGCAGGGUCUUUCUGCCCCCUGGGGUUGCGCCCCUUCUGGAUUCCUCUGACGCUGAAUCCCCAGACUGCUCUUCCCCCCUCCUGCGGGCUUUGGGACCUGGCCCCUCCUCCGGGCUCCCUGCACUUCCGCGCGCCUCUACAUUUGAACUAGGCGCGCGCCAAACCUCUAACUUUCCUUUGACAGUUACACUACUCCCUUCACUGCUCCUCCCUUCCGGGAGGGCGGCUUGCUCUGACCCCCCUCCUUUCUCUGCUGCUGGAGCUGCUUCCUCUGACACACUGGAAACUCCACCCCCUUCGCUGCACUUUGGUGGGGAGGCUGGUCCUGACGCCCAGCUGCCACUUUGGGAUCCUCCGCUGGCACCCUGCUCCUGACAUUUCCCCUGGGGCUCCUGGCCCUGACCACCGGUGCCCCCUUCUGGGAAUCCUCUGAUUCGCUGGAAAGACUCAUGGAAUCCCUUGAGUCAUUGUCAUCCUCUUCCUCGCUGGCUUGGAAUUCCUCCCCCUCGCUCUCCAUCUCCUGCCUACCCUGUGCCUCUCUCUCUGAACCCCUGACAGGUAGCAUAUCAAGGGACAGUAUUCCAGUAUAGCCUCUUCCCUGACUUGCUAGUUUUCUGCAUAAAUAGAGUUUUUUUUAAUGGGGCAGGGGCACUGAAACACUGCAGGAGAGUCCAAGGAGGAUUUUGCUUAUAUUGGCUCUGAGAAAGAUCAACAACAGGCAAGAUUACUUGUUUCUUUCAAAUAUUGUAACUAAGGUUUUGUUGAUGAAAUGUGGGUUUAUCCAAUAAAAUUACAGAAAUGAACGUUUGCCCACUGGUUAGAUGGUUUGUUUGAAAUUAUGGAUACCUGAGUUAUUUUCCUACUGUGCCACAGAUUUCUUUUCUUUGAUUUUAAACACGUACCUUAGGCUGGAAUGAAACAAUCAGUUACAUAGAUUCCCUUAGACUUGAGCCAGCUUUGUUGCAUCUAAUUGCACUGAAUUGGCCUAAAUAUAUUGCAUCUGUGUUUAACCAGUUGAUGCAUCUGGAUAUUCCUCCUCCCCGCUGUGAUUUUUGUAUACUUUUUAAUAAACCAACGUGCAAGAUUAUAUUUACGUGGGGUUUUUUCUUGUUCAGGCUGGGAAGUAGCUGGUGACCACAUCCGAAGUGGGGCAGGAGGGACGGAUAACGAUUAUCUCAUUGUGAAUCUUCACGUACCAGGAUUUAAGUAAGGAAUCAUUAAAUUUCUAUGCUAUUCCUCACCUUUCCCCUCUCUUACGUUAUAUUCUAUCUCAAAUGGUUUGUGCUUAGACAACAUGAGGAAGAAAGUUAUAAAUGGGGACUGAGGUCCUAAACGCCACGUGGAGCAGAUCUGCGAAGACAAACGCAGUUUCUGCUGGAGACGUGUGUCGAUGGGGCAGGGUGGACACACAACUCAUUAGUUCAUUAGUGCGCACCCAUUUACUUGACUGUGAGACCUCUGAGGGCAUCCAGGAAGCAUGAUCCAAUGAGUCAUCUUCUACACGUUGCUUUCAUUGACAUUUUAGGUCGGGGAGCAUUUAAGCCCACUCUCAACUUUGUACCACGUCCACAUCUGCAGGGAAGACAUGGGAGCAUACCCUGCCCCCCACCUGCACUUGGAUGAUCUAUAGCCCCCACAUCCCCAGCUUUCAUUUUUAAAAUGAAAGUCUGUUUCCAGCAUUUACAGAACCUGCAAGGUGAGGCAAAAUGGACAGGAGCUAUUCUUCAGCACUUCUGUGUGAGAAACUGGCUUGCGCCUUCAUUUGGGUGUUUCACUCUGGCAGGGACCUUUAGAAGGACCUUGUAAUUGUGCCAUUUCUUCUGUGUUGAACAGGCCUCCGACUUCCAUAGCAGGGGCGACGGGGUCAGAACUUGGACGGAUUGCGUUCGUGUUUGAAACUGUCUGUUCGGCGGAUUGUGUGCUGUAUUUCAUGGUGGUAAGCAAGAACAUGUUCAACAUUUUGACUUGCCUUUAUUUAUUUAGAUUUGCUGAAUAGAUUUAUAUCCACCUUUUUUACAAGGUGGGUCACAAUAACACAUAAAUGAUUAUUUUUUAAUUUUUUAAUGAGAUAUUCACAUUUUUAUACACUUUAUCUCUAUCCAGUUCAAACAUUAAAUUAUGAUAACAUAUAAAUUAAGCAAAUUCAUCACAAAAUAUGAAACUAGAAAACACUAUAAACAGCCCUGAGCCCAGUAAUUCCAGAAGUUUUUGUUCCUGGGCAUAUAACAAGGAUGGGAAAUCUCAUUCCUGUUUUCCCCACACCAUUUCCAAGGGCUAAUGACUUAUAGGGCAGUUUAAUCAAGCACAAUGGGGUCAUGUUACCAGGAUUCUAGAUUGCUACUAGUAGGUAUGUGGAAUAAUGUAGGAAAAGAAAAUGAAGGGAACUGAGUGAAAAGUUCCUGACAAGAGAGAAUCUGGUAUAAGAUCUCUUCCUUGUGGCCAAAGCGGUAGCACAAACACCUACAAUGAUGAAAGUUGGCAUGUCUGCUUUAGUAAAUAGCCCAAGUUCUGGUAAUUGACACUGUAUGUUUACUUUAUGUCCUUUGCUUCUAGGACAUCAAUAAAAAGAACACAAAUGUAGUGGAAUCGUGGAGCGGAACUAAGGAGAAGCAGUCGUAUGCUCACAUCAUCUCCAAAAACGCUUCUUUUACAUUCACAUGGGCUUUCCAGAGAACAAAUCAAGGCCAAGAUGUAAGUAGCACAGGCAUCUCAGUGGAAAUGAACAUAUUUCAUUAGGUUUCAGAAAACACUAAUGCUGUGGAACAAAGCUUUUUUUAGGCAGUUUUGGGAGGCUUGCCACAUUCUAAGCCACCAGGGGAAGUUUGGGUGCAAUGGGUAUGUGCCCCAACUUUGGGCUCCAGUCCUACGCUCUGCCAACCCGCAUGUCCCUGUUAUCCACAGAUCCAUUUCUACAGGUCAAGACUCUACCGAAGUAUCUGAAGUCAGGGUGGUGAAGAUUUCUAGAUGAUCUUGAGCAAAUCAUUCUCUGCCAUCCUAACCUAUCUCUCAGGGUGGUUGUGAGCAUGAAUUGGGUGUCAAAAGAGAAGGAAGGAGAAUGUAUGGACUCCUUGGAGGAAGGACUAAAUAUAAAUGGAAUUAAGAAAUAAAAUAAAAGCCUCCUGUCCCUCUUUGACUUCAAAGAUCAGCAAAUUGUGCUGGGCUGCCAGUUUAAAUGAGAUUGCAGAAGGAGAUCAGCAGCAGCGGCAGCUGGGAGGUCAGCUCAUCAUCCAACUGAGAAAUGCACUUCCUAGCCUAUUAGUGAUCCCUGAAAAUGAUUUACUGAUUUAUGGGGAACCCCAAAGGUGUUCUGUACGGCUCAGGGGGCUUACAACAGUGUGGUAGGCCAUGCUCCAGGUCAGCACCCCUGGAUUAACUCAACUUGCCAGGAGCUCCUUGAGUCACCUUGCUUUCCAUUGCUGUCUUGCUAUUAAAGCUUUAUAUGUUUUGCAAGGUUAGCAUCAGCAGUGAGAGAAUAAAGGCGGUGUAUUUGAGGAAAUGGUAGUGUGUCCCCUCAGUAUGAGUUAUUUUUGCCCAUUGCUCUUUCCAGACCAGGAAGCUCAUCAAUGAUGUGGCAAAGAUCUACUCUAUUACUGUGACCAAUGCAGUCGAUGGUGUUGCCUCAUCGUGCCGUGCCUGUGCCAUUGGUUCUGAACAGUCUGGCUCCUCCUGCAUUCCCUGCCCUGCUGGUCACUACAUAGACAAGGAAACCAACCAAUGCAAGGAGUGUCCUCCUCAAACCUACCUGUCAAUUCAUCAAAUGUACAGCCAAGAACCAUGUAUCCCUUGUGGGCCUGGCAGCCAAAGCACCAAGGUAGACAGGUGCCAUCAGUAGUUUUGAUGUUUAAAAACAGACAAAAAUAAGAAUAACCUGAAUCAAGUCAAUGGUCCAUCUUGUUCAGUACUUUUUAAAGCAGUGGUCAACAAGCUCACAAGAGGAGCAAAAGUGAGAUAGUUAACUCAGGUGGCAUGUCCCAUCAUCUGGUGAUCAGAGUUCUCUGGCUCUGAAUUUGGAGUUUGCAUUUAGCUCUCAAGGGAAUGGCUAUUGAAAGGUCUACACUCUAAGCCAUCUAAGUCUUACAUGAAAUUUGUCAUUGUUUAACUUCAUUGUACUUUUACAGUAGGGAAGAUAUUUGAGCAGCCCCCUCCCCCACGGGAUUCAAUGUUUCCCCAAAUGCUCAAGUUUGUUGAGCACAGUUUAUUUUAAAAGGUACAUAGAGAAGUAUAUUAAUUUCAGGAAACUCCAGAGUUUUAAAGGUAACAGUGCCCCUCAUAGCAAAUGCAGUGGACCUGCCGCCUGGGCGCUUUUGAUUGAUGACAUCCUAAUGACCAUUUGUGUGGGUUUGCUUCUUCUGGUGCAGAGUUUACAACUUGAUUAUCUGAAACUUGCCUUCACUUUCAUUUUGCUUUCCUUUCUUAAGGACCAUUCCGCCUGCUUCAGUGACUGCUUGUUCUCAUAUGCCAAGAACAACCAGAGCCGGACUUACGACUUCAGCAACCUGAGCAAAGGAGGCUCAUUAAUGAACGGACCAAGCUUUACGGCGAAAGGAACAAAAUUCUUCCACUUCUUCAACAUCAGCCUGUGUGGGAACCAAGUAAGCACCUGCCUUUCUGAGGCUAGCACUCCAUCCCACAUGUGAAAAGAGGAGGCCAUCAAACCAGGGCAUCUCCUAGCCUUCCAUGUACCAGUGCCAGUCCCUUUCCUGAAAAAAAUGAGGUGCCAGUACUCAUGCCUUGAUAAAUUGGGAAAUGCCACUCCCACCCCUCCUGGGGUCUUUUGCACCCCUUCUCUCCUGAAUUUGUGAUGAAUUUUUAAUAAUGCAUUUAUAUUUAUUUAUUUAAAGUACUCUUUUCAAAUAAUAAUAAAUUAAUAUAUUCAUGAACAAAGUUCCUACGUAAUAUGUACAUCUUGCUAAACUAGUAGAAGAAUAUAUUUAUAUGUAUUUAAAAAUACUUUACUGAAACUGAUACAACAACAACAACAACCCAUUUCAUUUGGGAGAUUCUUUUUCUAAUUCACACACCUUGAGAAAGAGUAAAUUGAGAGAAGUCUGCUGCUCACUCUCACGGUGGAGAUCACACUACUGAUCCUCCCCCCAAAUGACGCUGUUUCUGUCUAACAACAAGGAACCCCCCUUCCUCCCCAAUUCCAGCGAUUUGUGGGGCAGGAACUGGGGGUAGAAGAAGAGGAAGAGUCCAGGUAGUCAAGAAGAAGAAGGAGAGGAGGUGGGGGAAGAGCAGAGAGGUGGAAGAGGUGGUCCCAGAGAGAUUCUGGCUGUUAGACUCUCCUCUGUCUCCAAGGACUAGGGGGGCUUAAAGCAACAGGAGCAGCUGGAGAUGCCGGGCAGGAGAAGCCUCUGGUUGCUCAUGGGCCACGUCAGGUGAGGGGGUUUAACUGAGCUGGAAGGGGUAUGGUGAUGGUGUUGAUACUUCUAUCCAGGUCAGAGCACAAGUCUGAAGAAGAAGAUGCCCAGAUAGCUAUUUAGCAGGAGUAGCGCGUAUAUUUGAGAAUUUUGGGAGAACAGGUGAAGUCUCUGUGGACUGGAGGCGGAUAAAUGUUGUCUCCAUUUUUAAAAAGGGGAAGAAAGAAGACCCAGGUAACUAUCAACCAGUGAGCUUGAUGCUGAUACCAGGAAAGGUCCUAUAACAUUUAAUUCAACAGUCGGCCUGUGAGCACUUAGAAAAGGAUGCUGUGAUUACUAAGAUGCAGUAUGGGUUUCUCAAAAAUAAGGCAUGCCAUACCAAUCUGUCUUCUUUUUUUGAUGGAAUUACAAACUUGGUGGAUCAGGGAAAUGCUGUGGAUGUAGUGUAUCUUGAUUUCAGUAAGGCUUUUGACAAAGCCCCCUAUGAUAUUCUCGCGAGGAAGCUGGUAAAGUGUGGGUUGAAUGAGGUAACUGUUAGGUGGAUUUGCAGCUGGUUGACUGACCAAACCCACAAAGUACUCAUCAAUGGUUCCUGGUCAUGCUGGGAAAAAUGACAGGUGGGGAGCUGCAAGGUUCUGUCCUGGGCCUGUUGUUGUUCAACGUCUUUACAAAUGACUUGGAUGAAGGCAUUGAGGGGAUGCUCAUCAUAUUACUUGAACGUGCAGCAGGAGCAGAUGGGAGGGCUUUGCUCGUGAGGAAGCCGGGGCAAGCAUUGCACGGUGCAUGGGGGAGGGGAAGGGUGCACACUGGGUAGCUAAUGUGGAUAUACUUUUGUUGCCCACACCAUAUGCCCAAAGGUUGCUCAUAGUUACUUAAUUUAGGGCUGAGGCAAAACUGCUCAUUUCUUUGCAAAGAUUGCCAGCAGUGUUAAAGGUGCCGUUUUCCACUCCUUGAGAAAGUAACAUUUGUGUUGCCUGAGUUACUCACCCUCUUGGUGGUAUGCUUUGCUAUGUAGCAUGGACAUGGUUUUGGAUUUGUUGGGAUCACCCAUGCAACUGGCCUUGGAGGCCUCUCUUCCACUCUUAGAUGUCCCCAGUUGCCUUCAAUGGCAUCAUCACAUAACCAGAUCUGGUUGGCUGUGGACCGCCUUCAUGUCCUCCCAUUCAGGAUGUGAUCCCAUAAGAGCAGGCAUGUAGACAAUGACAAAAAGGCAACCAAAACUGAGGGAGGGAGCAGGAACCAAAGAAUCAGAUAGGAAUUAAAAGAUUAAUGUCUGCACAAAAUGUUUUGGGAGGAAUUAAUCCCCCCCCAAAUAUUUGCAUCCUGAAACUUUAACCUGGAGAAUAUUCUGUGCUACCCUAUUUAAGCUGCAUUACUUUUUGUUACUGCUACUGUGAAAUGCUGGGUGUCUGCAAAUUGUAUGAAGUUUUGUUAUAUUUGAAUAAUAUGAAUAAAUAUUUCCACAUCGAUUUAUUGGGAAAACUAAAGAGGUCUAUAAUUAGGGUGCAAUUACACAGUCUGACACUACAUGGUGAAAUAUGCCAGCCAUUUUGCUGAUGCCAUCCAUGAAAGGUACCCCUUCUGUUCACCAAAUUCUCACUUUAAAGUUUUAGUGAGCUAAUGUAUCAUUAUCUAAAGGCCAAACUGCAUUUAGCUAGCAAUUCACAGUGCCCUGCAAGACAGCAACAUAGUUCAUUGAUGGAUAUCUUAAAAAAGAAGCAACAGCUAUUUCUCAAGAUCAGUUCUAAUUAUAUAUGUUCUAAAGGGGGUAAGUACUUGAUGAUCUUUAAAGGAAUUGCCUGGGUUCUUCCAUGAUGGUGCAGCUCAAGUUUUGUGAUUGUCUUUAUAAUUUGGUGGCAAAUUGGUUUUCAGCUGCAGCAAGAAGUGCCUGACCUCUGAUUUGCAAGAAGGUAGGAAAUCCAGCAUGAAAACAAGAAAAUUAUCUCCCUGUUCAUUUAAUGUCUACAGGGAGAAAUGACAGCAAUUUGUGCAGACAAUAUCACAGAUAUCAAGCUAAAGGAUAUGGUUGCUGACUCAGAAGAUUAUUCCGACAUUGUACGGGCCUUUGUCUGCCAGUCUACCAUCAUCCCACCUGACAGCAAGGGAUUCCGAACUGCUUUGGCACUUCACUCCAGCAGCCUUGCAGACGUGUUUCUUGGUAAGCGCUUUAAUCUUCUGCUUGUUCUGAUCAAGGCUGAACAGCUCUAAAGCCACCGGAGGAGAGGAGGAGGAGGAGGAGGAGGAGGAGGAGGAGGAGGAGGAGGUUACAUGGCCUAAUCCAGCAACUACACCCAGCCUGCAAAGUUGCCACUUGGGGAUUGGCUGGGAUCUGCUUAUGUGUCUCCCCCAAGGAUGGCGCCUGUAUAACACGUGGGACACACUGGGGGACCCCACCCCACUCUCUGCCAAGCGGCUGCACCAGGCUGGUGUUUCCUUUGGGAAAUCAAGGCACAGCGGAGACGAGGGUCAUUAAGAAAGAUGCUUCAUUCACACCUACUUACGCUGGGUCUUGGGUGGAGGGGUGGGUGGUUUCCAAGGCACCUCUGUGCCUCUGUCCCAGCCUGCCUUCAGCCACCCUGCUUCCUCCUCCUCGUUCCCAGAAUGCCUUGCCAAAAAACUGUGUAAAAGGAGACCCUCUUUUCCUGCAGUGACAUCACACCCCAUGUUACCAUGGCAACCUCCCUCUGUGCCUGGCAGUGCCUGGCAGCGCCUUCUGCCUGGGUGAUGAUUUCUGCUGAGGGGCUCAUGGCUGCCCAUCACCAGGCUGGCCUCAGGAGGAAGCCCAUGCGUGCUUUUGCCAGCCCUUCCCCCCACAGCCCUUGGGAACUGAUGAAUUUGGGAACUGAUGAAUUUUUCUCAAAUGCUGGCACUUCACUGUAUGUACAGUGGUACCUCGGGCUAAGUACUUAAUUCGUUCCGGAGGUCUGUUCUUAACCUGAAACUGUUCUUAACCUGAAGCACCACUUUAGCUAAUGGGGCCUCCUGCUGCCGCCGUGCUGCCAGAGCACAAUUUCUGUUCUCAUCCUAUAGCAAAGUUCUUAACCCGAGGUACUAUUUCUGGGAUAGCGGAGUCUGUAACCUGAAGCUUUUGUAACCUGAGGUAAGGUAAAGGUAAAGGUAAAGGUACCCCUGCCCGUAUGGGCCAGUCUUGACAGACUCUAGGGUUGUGCGCUCAUCUCACUCUAGAGGCCGGGAGCCAGCGCUGUCCGCAGACACUUCCGGGUCACGUGGCCAGCGUGACGAAGCUGCUCCGGCGAACCGGCACCAUAGCAGCACACGGAAACGCUGUUUACCUUCCCGCUAUAAAGCAGUACCUAUUUAUCUACUUGCACUUAAGGGUGCUUUCGAACUGCUAGAUGGGCAGGAGCUGGGACCGAACGACGGAAGCGGGGAUUCGAACCGCCGACCAUGCGAUCGGCAAAUCCUAGGCGCUGAGGUUUUACCCACAGCGCCACCCGCGUCCCUUGAGGUACCACUGUAUAUAUAAAUGUAUAUAAAAUAUGAGAGAACUUUCUUUCUCAAUGUCAACAUUUAUUCCUUCAGGAUAUUGAGAUGAUUUAUUUUUAUUUUUAUUUGCAGGAGCCACCAUUGAAACAACUCUGGGAAAUAUUAAUGUUAAGCCAGAAAUAUUUGAGCAUUCUGAAAAGACAAUACCUGAUGUCUAUUUCUAUUACAAGUAAGUAGAAGCAUCAACCCUACAGGUGCAUUAAGCGUUACUCUUUGCUGGAAUGUAAAAAUUCAGAGGAAAUCCACACAAUUAUAAGAGGCCAACGCUAUAGAACCAGGGGACACCAACAAUUUAUUAUAUCCAUUCCGGCUGUUACUACAUUUUACUCAGCAAGUCUCUCUCUCUCUUAGCUGCAGACAAGCCACAGUCACCAGGAGAAGGGAAGCUUCUGCUUUAGAUUAACCACAGCUUAGUUUUAUGUCUGCACUCCAAACUGUGGUUAAUCUUACCGGGGGCGGGGGGAAAGGGGAGCUAGUUUCACAAACUAUUGCUUGAAGUUGGCUUAUCACUAACCAUGGUGAACUUAGCUGUGGUUAACAAACUGUUAUUUGCUGGGUUCAGGUGACACAACAAGCUGUGCUUAGUCUAGACCAGAAGCAAAAACUACUGAACUCCUCAUAGGUACAGGGUAUCUAGGCUCGUUCAUGAAAUGCUAACAUAUGCACUGGCGGAGGAGCGCGCACUGCCCCAGCACCACCGGGGAGGGGCGAACCAUCACGGCAACCCCCCCAGACACCCUCCACCGCACUGGGUGCCACGUCACCAUGGGUGGCACACCACGCAUAGGAGGUGCUCUUGGAAAGCAGAAGCCGAAAAUAACAAACAAAUUGUUUUCAUUUCUGUUUAGGUCUUCAAGAGUUACAGCCACUUGUGAAAAUGGACGUGCUUCUGUCGUGAUACUGAGAUGUAACCCAACAAAAUCUGAGCAAGGAGAAAUUUCAGUUCCCAGGUAUUUGUUAGUGAUGACACCAGGGAUGGGAGAGCUCUUGACAAUGGGGGCUUGUACCCAUCUCUGGCUAUUCCUCUUCCAAACUGGCCCUCCAGAACAACUAGUUGCAAACUGUAAUGGAAUGGCAAAACUCUUUCUUGUCACAGAUCUGGGGUCAGACCACAGGAAAUGCAGAGAACGGGACCUUGCUGUGUUACAAGAUGAUUGAAGGCCCUGAUCUAAGGGCCACCAAGGCAGCAAAAACCACCUGCAAAAAGUUAGGACUUGCCCCCUUAGUCCUGAGCACCAUCAGCCAAGGCUUGUUGCAAUGGCCACAAGGGGAAUGGCAGGCUCACAGGACUAAAUGAAUUAUGUGUCCUGUGUUUUGUGAAGAGUUUCACACACGUGCACCAUUGCUUAUUUCAGUUAGAGUUGCUCCUGUAACCACAACAUUAGGUGGGGACUUGCAAUUCUUAGACACAGAUCAAAGCCGGCAGAAUUUUCAUAUCCGCAGUCCAUCAAUUCAGACAUUGGACAAUUCACCCAUUCAGCUUCAGGCUGAGUAUUCUGUAGGUGAGUGAUGAACUCUAAAGAGCCGUAUAGGCAAGUAUAAAUUAGCCCUGUCAUUUAUGACAGAUUUAGCCUCAAAAUGGUGUCCUAUCAUUCUGCUGUGGUGAAGCUUCCUUGUGCAGGGAUCUGCAUGUGGUCAGAGCUGUAUCUACCUAGCAGUGGCAUGACAACAAAUAUUUUGUUUUGGACUCGCAGAACACAGGGCCCCUCCAGGCAUCCUUUUUAAUGUGCAUUCAUCAUGAUUUGUGCUCAUGAUGGUAUCCACAAUCCCUGCUUCAGUGCUAUUUGCCCCUGCAGAAGUUUUAGGGUUGGACAUGUUGUCUUGUUUUCAGUCAGUGCAUGCUGCCUGCUGAAAUGCUGUAACUUUUUAUAUCACAAAUGUUCCACAUUUUUGGGUCCCAUUUCAUAAAAUCAUAGAACUGCAGAGUAAGAAGGGAGCACAAGGGUCAUCUAUUCCAGCCCCCCGCAAUGCAUGAAUCUUGCAUCCAACAUGGGACUUGAACCCACAACCCUGAGAUUAAGAGUCUCAUGUUUAGCCCUUUUGUGACAGUACCACCCUAGAUGGCCAGAAUGCUGUAGCACUGAAGAAGCAUCACAGAACAACAAGUAAAGCUGAAUGGUGUGUGGGUGCUCUAAUAUAGAUUCACCACUAUUGCACUGUUAUUGCAUUUCUGGAAAUUGUUAUGUGAGAAUGAACUCAACUAACCCCCCCAAGCUUUCUUCAUUUCCGUUUAUAACACGAGCAUUUCUCUUCUUCUAGUUCUUGCCCUGCAGGCACCUGUGACGGGUGUACAUUCCACUUCUUGUGGGAAAGCGCAGAAGCCUGCCCCUUGUGCACAGAGCAGGACUAUCAUGAGAUUGAAGGGGCUUGUAAAAAGGGGCAUCAGGUAAUAAACAGGUUGCACAUCAGGCAGGGGACUGAAAAGGCUGGAGUUUCCAACUGCAAUCCCAAGGGCGGGGGGAGAGGGCAUUAGAAAGACUCCACCUGCAAACUUCUAUGGAGGGCAUGACAUGAUUUUAGAACAGGAUCUCCUCCUCAGGAAUCAGCUGAAACAUAAGGCACUUUAUGAAACACUAUUAAUCUUAGGCCUUAUGCAAAACACAGCAUGAAUACCAAAGGAGGAGUGCAAGGCAAGAAGUGGUCUGUAGGCCAUCAGCUGACCUCUGGUCAACUUACAUAGAGUCAGUGCUUUUUUCCUGGGGUUACUCAAGGAUACACAGUACAGGUACCUCCCCUCCUCCAAAUGUUAAAAGGGUGGCACUUUCUGUUUCUUUUAUAUAUAAAAAGCACUGCAUAGAUUUUAAAGCCUUUUGGGAUAGAGAUAAAUGCUAUAAGAUGCCCUGAAUCCACAGGAAAGGGUUAGGGUAUUAGCUACUUGGAAUAUGGCUUCAUGGGACAGAAAAGGGAUAAUGUACCAUUAAAUAAUAUGCAUAUAAAUAUAUUCCUAUUGCCUGCUGGUUGCUGGAAUUCUUGCUGAGAAUACUCAUCUGAGCCGACCUCCCUAGCAAGGUGCUUCUUAAAUUUCAGUAAGAUACUUCUUAUAUACUGUUCAGGAACACUUAUGAGUUGAAUGAGUAUGCAGCCAUCCUUUGCAAAUUUAAUGGAAAUCAGUAGACCUUUGGGAUGCUGGUUAAUUUUUAAAAAAUAGACCAUGCAAGGCUGCAGUCAGUUGAUCCCUGCACUAAAGGUGAACCAAUUAUCCACAGUGGGAGCCUUUAACGGUUUUAUAAUUUAAUAAUAAUAAUAAUAAUAAUAAUAAUAAGUUUGUUUAUAUGCUGACCAUCUGACUGGGUUGCCCCGGCCACUCUAGGCAGCUCCCAACAAAAAAAUAGUAAAAGCACCAUACAACACCACACACUGAAAACUUCCGUUCAGAUGUCUUAAAAAUCACAGUUGUUUAUCUGUUUGGCAUCGCUGGGAGGGUGUUCCACAGGGUGGGUACGCCUACCGAAGAGGCCCUUUCCUUGGUUCCCUCUCGCAAUGAGGGAAACACCAGGAGGCCCUCAAGUAAUCUCAUGCCAUGCAAUUUGGAAGUUACUGACUUUGUGUGCAAUCCUAUUCAUAUCUAUUCUUAAGUAAGUCCAAGUGAGUUCAGUGGGAUUUACUCCUUAGUAAUCGUGUGUAAGAUUUCAGGCUUAAAAAUGAUUUAUUUAUUUAUUCAUUCAUUCAUUCAUUCAUUCCUUAGGAAACCUUAUAUGUAUGGAAUGAACCAAAGCUUUGUACAAAAGGGGUUUCCCUGCCUGAAAAAAAGACAAUCAUUUGUGAAACAGUGGAGUUCUGGCUAAAGGUUGGUGCAGGUGUUGGUGCUUUCACAGGUGUCCUGCUGAUUGCCUUAACCUGCUAUUUCUGGAAGAAAAAUCAAAAGUAAGUAUUUUGUGUUCCAUAAGAUUAUACGGGAUACCUAACUGACCAGAAGCUUUGCCAGUGGACAGUAUACUUGGGCCACCAUCUGUUGCUUAACCAUGUGCUACCUGAUGGUUUUGGAUAUACUCUCACAGGAGCAAAUACCCAUCUCUCUGUACUAUUUGAGUUUCUUCUUUUCAGUUUUAUUGACUGCUUUCUUGUAGAAGCUGCUAUGCAAAAUUGAGAAGAUCCAUUGGGAGGCACCAUAUUUUGGCAUUGCGCAGGGCACCAUAUUAUGAAAGAUUACCAAUGUCUGCCCUGCAUGGAGCUGCUCUCCCCACAUAGGUGGCACUGCAGCACACCUGUAGGGUGGUGGCGAGAUCAGGCCUUCUUGGCCACACCAGCAGAGCAAAUUUGGGGCUUCCACCAGGGGCGCCAUUUCUACUGGGGUAUAGCAGAGGCCAUUUCAUACUAUGGAGCUCAGUGGCAUUGAGUGCCUUCCAUCAGUUUUGGCUGGUAGCCCAGCUGUGCCCCUAACUUCUGUCCUUUAUGAUCUAGUAACCUGUAGGUUAGAUUACCGCAAUGUGUUAUCUGUGGGGCUGCCUCUGAAGAUGACUUGGAAACAUCAGCUUCCACAGAGUUCAGUGGCCAGGGUAUUCGCUGAGGCAAGACCGCUUGAGUAUACAACACCAAUCUUGGCCCAUCUGCACGGGCUACCAAUUAGUUUCCAGGCCCAAUUCAGAGUGCUGGUCUUGACCUAUAAAGCCUUAUGCAGUUCAGGAUCCCAGUACCUCAAGGACCAGCUCUCGCCAUCCGAACUAACCCUGACCCUGCAAUUGUCUUCUGAGGCCCUUCUCUGUGUGACCCCUCCAUGGGAGGUCUGGAGGGUGGCAACGCAAGAACAGGCCUUUUCUGUGGUGGCUUCCCAUUUGUGGAAUGCUCCCCACAGGGAGGCUCGCCUGGCGCCUUCGUUAUACAUCUUCAUGUGCCAGGCAAAAACUAUGGCAGUUGGAGCCAGGAAAAAGAUGUGCAGGAAAUUUAGCUUUGUGGCCAAAGGAAUACGUAAUGAGGCCCAAAGAAGUUGGGUCUAGAGGUUUUGGGAGAUCCAAAGCACCGUGUCCUGGAAGCAGAAGGCUGCUGUGUGUCAUGCAGAACCAUAGGCAGCUCGGGGGCGGGGACAAUGGCAGGAGCUGCUUCUGGAGGUCAAAGUCAAGGAGCCAAGUGGAAACACUGCAGAGCCAGGAAGACUCUUGUUGCUCUGGAGGAAUCCUCCACCCCCCAAAUGGAACGGGCUGCCCUGGAUAGCCCUUGCUGUCUAGGAGCAUGGAUGGCUGGGGCUGGUCCAGAACUUCAGGAAGCUGAACCUCACAGAAAGAUGUUCCCAACAGCAUCUCGAUGCUUCCCCCACAAGGGCCAGCUGCACCCACAGCCAAGCACGGUCCCUUUAAACCCUGCUGGUCUCUUCUGUGGGUCACAUCAUGUCGACUCUCUUUGAAAUCUGAGAAUGAUCUACGGCUUGAGUUCCACCUGGUACUUUGCUCUUUGGAGCUGAUGGGAGUGGGAGUCCCAAACUGCUGGACGGCACCAAGCUGGGAAAAGGCUACUUUAGCUGCUAAGUUCUGACAAAUCUGCAAUACUAAAAUCCACCAUGAAUUCUUAUAGUGAGGUUUUGUCACAAGGUUUGAUGUGUUGGAAGAUGAUAGGACAAAAAUGCCACUGUCUCCAUUUAUACCCUUUAGGUUGGAGUAUAAAUAUUCUAAACUGGUGAUGACAGCAAAUUCAAAAGAAUGUGAGCUUCCUGCUGCUGACAGCUGCGCGAUCAUGGAAGGGGAAGAUAACGAGGAAGAAAUAGUAUAUUCAAACAAACAGUCAUUACUAGGAAAACUCAAAUCAUUGGCAACCAAGGUAAGCAGCUGCUGUCAGUAAUUUGCAGCUAUAUAUCGUUUUCAGGUUAUUUUUUAAGUGUGCAGGUUGAUAUGCCAUUUUUUUAUUGGUUCUGGGAACAAAGCAGCACAGCUGGAUACCCCCUGCUAUUCCCGUGGAACGGAUGGGAGAUAAGGAUGUCUAUUUAUCUGAAGUACUUGCAUCCCAACCUUACCAAAAUCUGAAGGUGGCUAACAGAAAACCACAAAAUAGGUGUUUAGACAGCAAAAGCUUUCAAAAUAGAAUGGUUUUUCUAUGAAGGUUGUGAGGCUAAAUAAUCAAAUGAAUAAAAGCUUUGCUUCAAAGAGCAUAUAUAUCGAUUUUCUCAAGGCUUCCGAUAUGUUGAUUUGAGAAGUGAGAUUUUGAGAUUCAAGUCCAGCUCUGUUUCCUGGAAGGUGUUGACUUUAAAAAAAACAAGCAAGCAAACCAUGAAUAUAUUAACUAGCCCACAUGGAUUUUCAGUCUGCAAAUGCAUGUUGCUUCGGGGUUUUUCACACGUUACAUAAUGGCAAACCUUGGUUUUGCCACUUAAAGUAUACUAGGCAGUGAGAGACAGCCAGUCCCGGGUCCGAAAUGAGUUUGUGUGCAUGAUACAUAUCUUUGCAACAUGGGUGUCCACAUGAUUUGUUUACAGUUUACCUUUUCAAAGGUAUAAUUAACAUAGCAUCAUACCCCAAACUGUAAAGAAAUUCUUAGUCCCUGGCCUGAAAUAAUUUCUUAGUUAAACAUUCUAUUCUAUUCUAUUCUAUUCUAUUCUAUUCUAUUCUAUUCUAUUCUAUUCUGUUCUAUUCUGUUCUGUUCGGUGGAUAUAUGUGUUUGGCAAAACUGAGCCUUACGUAACUUGUCUUUGGAAUGGGCCCAAUGAGUAGCCUGGGAGCAUCUGGGACUGUAAUGCUGCUGAGCAGAUCACAUCCUUAUGGGAGAUGAUCGGGAACCCUCUGUGUGAAUGGGAUCUGUGCAUCAUAUCUAUAUCUGUUUCUCUAAUACAAGCACUUAUCUCUUUGCUAUGCAGGAAAAGGAAGACCGCUUUGAAUCUGUUCAGCUGAAAUCCUCAAGAUCUCAAAAUAUAUGAAGACUUUAACUCUGCCUUUGAACCAGCAAACCUGAUCUUGAUUUACGCAGGAGCACAUUUCUAACAUGUCCUGGUUUGUGUCUGAAGGGUGGUUUCCUGUGGGAAAUGUUGCACAGUCCAACAUGAAGAAACUAGCAGGGAAGAACACGAGAGACUGUUGCCUUAUUGUGAGACUGAGUCACUUGCCAAAAAGGAAAGUCAAGCAGAUGAGCUCAUGAGCUGGGAAUGAAGGUCUACUCAGGGACAGAGGAAACAUGGGCAGUGGCAGCCCAAGAUGUUUGGGUACUUGCUGCAGAAAACCCAAAAUGGCACCUCCCAGAGUAGUAACAAUAUAUUAAGAAAGACAGAAGAUGGUUUGCUGCCCUUUAAUGUUCUCUGCCCCUGUGAGGUGGGUUGCUUCACCCUGUACUGCCUGAGAAAGAGGUCAUAUCCUGACAUGAAGUUUACAUGGCAUGGCACAUGCUUCAUUAUUUGUAUCCCCUUUUAGUCCCAAUCACUUUUGUCACUUAACUGAAACAGAGACUGGCUUUUAGAAAGAAUAGAGAUGAUUCCUUAGUCACUACAGGUAUCUGCGGAGGUGUGGAGGUGGCAGGAUCCUGGCUUUCUCUUGAAAUCACACCACUAGUCACUACUUGAAAUAGAAGACCUACAGACAGGCUUCUUUUUACUCCUCAGAAAGGAGAGUGCUUGUAAUGUAAAUCUGUAGUGUUUUGCCUAACAUUAAGAAUUCAACUUCUGCUCCUGCAGAAUCAACUUCUGGAAGUGAAAAGAAAUCAUUAAAAUGGAAGGCCUCUGAAAGGCUAGCAGUACAAUCCUGUGUACGUUUACUCAGAUGUGGAGUUUUCUCCUGUGUAAGGAUGUUGUUUAGGAUUACAGCUUCACUUGAAGGUCACUUUGCUAGCUGAGGAACAUGGCGAGACUUAAGACGUCUAGCUUGGAGGGUUGUCAGGUGGAUGUUACUCACCAUGGCAAGCCCUUUUGGGAUGGAGCAAUUCUUCCCAUUCCAAAUGGUGCAAUGACAUGGUCAAGAUUGUUUCAAGCAUGUGGGCUGGAUGCAAGGGGCAGCUUUGAUCGAGUUUCAGGUCAAGCAGCAACCGUAUAGCUUUUGGCAUUUAAGAAAUGACCCUUAAGGACCCUUAAUGUUCAGAAACUAAAAAGGAGAAGGGAUCCCGAAGAGGUCAGCCACUUUGCACACUGCAGCGGGGCAAUGCAUGAGUGCUUCUGUAAGUCAUUCCUCAACCUGGGAGGAAAUACUCGAUCCAAAUUUGACAUGUUUGGGCCUCAAAAGAGAGACAUUGAUACGCUCUGGUGUUCCUGUGACUUCUCUGCCUCUUUUUGUUAGGUUUUCUUAGGUGUGAGACUUGACCCUUUUGAAAUGAAAAGUAAUGUCUGAAGUAGCCCCUGGUCUAAUGACUGGGAAGCACUGCAGUCGGGUCCUAAUGCAUUCACCAAAACAGAACUUCUUACACUGGAGCUUGUAUUGCAAAUUCAAAGUCUGCGGACUAAUCUGAAGCAGGUGAAGGCAGCGUCAACCCCUGGAUUGUGUCCCCUUUCAAACCUCCCUCUGCCCCACCCCACUGACUUACAGGUGAAUUGCUCCAGAGGACUCCCCUGAUUACUGGAGCGUCAAGUGCGGAAUGCCCAGGGGCACCUUCAACAGGGUAGCGGGAGAUGGCCCAUCCGCAGAUACAGCAGCAGUAAUCUAUCAGUGGUGACCAUGGCUUCAUCAGCUGAAAAGAUUGUGACUUUGACCACGGAAAACAUUCUGAGUCACUGCAACUAUAUCCGUAGCUGAGUGACUCUUGCCAUGGCUCUGGAUGCAUUGAGUGGAGUCUAGUUUGACCACAUGAAAAUAUGUGGCUUCCUCAUUUGGUUUCCUCAUAUGAGACCUCAGUUUCCUUUAGCCCAGCAAGUUUUAUUGCUCUGCCUGUAGUUCACCAAGGGCCUUGGCCUGAGAUCUUUCCCAGCCCCAUCUCAGAUAAGGGGGAUUGACAAUGGAACCGUCUGUGUACAUUUCAUGUGCUCUGUGCACAGCUAUGGACCCUCCCUGCCCCACAUGAACCAGCUUGUGGAAAUUCUUUAUGGAGAUUAUUUACAUUUUUCUCUUAUCUGUAGUCCUCAAGCAGAGCUGCUCUUCCCUCUUCUUCAGGGAUUGAUUAAGAGGUAGAAAUAACUGCACGCAUGGUACUUUCUCACUUCUGUUUUCUCUAAGCCAUGGAUUUCUGUGUAGGUAUUUGGGAAAGAUCUGGCAAUCUUCCGUAGGCAGUGUGUGCUGCCCCAUGGCCAUUAUUUUCCAAAAUAUCCCCCAUGUUUGGUAUUUAUUGCAACAGCAUUGUAGUGGUAUACCUGUCUGAUACUAAGGCCAUGUGUAAUAAAGCCAUUUUAUAGUGUCGUCCAUGGUUAAAGUGUACCAUCUAAUUGGGCCAUCUCGGAAGCAGGCAAGGUGGGGAAUUUGUCAGAAUCCCCAGAACAGCCUUUGGCAACCGGGUGCCCUCCAGAUGUUUUGGACCACAACUCUCAUCAGCCCCAUCUGAGACCGACAAAGAAACCCCUGCCCACAACAACGUUGUGCUUCUUUCUUUGACUUCCAGCUUUGCACAUCCCGUUUCAUUCAGGUAGAUCCAAUGAGGGACCCCCAAGGCCAGCCCUGGAUGCACUGGACUAAUUGAUGUCAUCGGCUGUGAUUGAGAGCUGUGCCUGCUAUGCACUGAAGUUUCCUUUUUUGCUUUUUAGAAGCUAAGAAAUUUACAACAAAAUGGAGUGCUCCUGUUUAGUGUACCAGCCAGCCAUUCCAUUCCAUUCCCCUUCCCUCCAAGUUUUCAUUUCUCACCAACAGGCUCAACAGGCACACAGCCCUCUCUCCCUACUUCUGUAAAUCUUGGGGUUUCUCAAAGCAUGCUAAUAACUCCCUCUUGUUUCUAAACCAGGCAAUUCCCGGUUUAGGCGCAUCCAAUAUGUGCACAACCGUGCACAUGUGCACAGCGCUGAACCAAAAAAUGACCCCCCAAAGUCAUAAAGACAUCACUGAAACAUCACUAAAAGGUUAAAAUGGGGUGGAGCAGAGGCAGGGGCAGAACAGGGUGUUUGCAGGCUUUUUAAAUGGGUGUUUGAUGACAUGUGAUUUCACGCAUUGACCUGGAAUGCAACCUGUGCACCAACAGGGAGUUGUCUGCAGUCCUGUUUUUGGCUUGUGUUGUAACUCUGCACUUCAGUUUGCUGUUGGCAUAUAUCACCUCUUUGCUAAAGGGCACUGAAUUCUGCCUAGCCAGGAAGUUCUACAAGUAACUUUAAUUUUUGGAGGGGAAAAUUUGGUACCCACCAUAUGCCCAGUCCACCUGAAUAAAAACCAAACUAAUUUCACCUCAGUCAGAUGUUCACACUUGAAACAUUAUACAGUGCUCCCAUUGCUUUGUCAAGUUAUCUGUUCUUAAACUUUUAUAAUAGCUGUUUGUCUCAUAAAGUUCUCUUUUGUUAUUUGAGCUAAUGUAUACCACCUACUCAUAAUGGACAAAUACGGUUUAGACCUCUCUUAGCACAUAGUGCAGGUAUGAAACUCCAAAGUAUAAAAACUGCCCUUCGUUGAACUGGAUCAGGGAGUGUUGGGAGGCAAGGGAGCUCCAGCUGGAUACUGGAGCCAGGUGUCAGUCAACGUAUACUGGGUAGAGGGAAAUCAGAAUUAGAAGUUAUUUGCCUCCCAAAGUCUCAGUAUCCAGAAAAGCAAAACUCCUGUUUCUGAGACCAAUCCAAAGUGCUGGUCAAUAAAAGUCCAAAAUAGUUUGGGACUAGGAUGUUGACAAGGUCAUUUUCUCACACAAGAUCCUGCCUACUUAUUCACAUCUUUGGUUGAUGCUCUGGGUCAGGAUCCCAAUGGCUAUUGGACAUCCUGGCCUGGGGGCCUAUUCUGGCACUUGUCUCUGUUGAUAUUUAGAUUUCCGAUGGAGACUUGUUUGUUCCAACCCAGAGAAGAUCUUAACUAUAUUUUACCAGCUCAAGUUGAGUUGACUCUUCAAUUUUGUUGUGGGUGGGUGUGCUGCUGACGCUGUUUUAAUUUUAUUAAUUUUAAAUAUCACUUUAUAUUUUAUUGCGAUCUUAUAAAAUGGUGGAAGUUACUCAGUGUGGCAGGAUACACAUAUAUUUUUAAUAAAUAAGUAAAUUUGUCUUCCUUUUCUCUCUUUCCCUAAAGAACAAGGUAUGGUUAUUUCUAGUUUCCCCCAAAGUGAAGACCUUUCCUUUCUUAAUAGCCUCCCUGGGCAAACAUGUUGCCUGCAAUGCCUUAUCACUGCUUAUCACUGCUGAGAUACAAGGGGAUUGGGGGAAAUACCACUAGUUUUCAUCAUACACCAUUUCACUGUUCAUUUCCAAAGCACCUUCAUGUUUAUUACUGCCACCACUCAACAUUUGUCAAAUGAUUAUUUUUUCCAUUAAACCUUGCAGAUAACACACCCCUCUAUGUCAACUGAGGCUCGCAUCAGUUUCCUUUCAAAUUUGGGACACCCAAUUUCAUCCUUCAAAGAUUAACAUGUUAUUAACAUGUUAAUAGUGCUUCUCUGUGUCUGAUUGGGGUUGCUGUCUCUGCUGUUAUGCAUUUAUUGAACCUGGGGGAGGAUGCCCAUAGUUCCCUGGACAAGAACACAUUUCCAACAUUUUGAACUGAUCAAGAGUGAAAGGGCCAGGAGCAAGGAGUCCUGAUUAUUGGCUGGUAUUCAGAGCUGAGAGGAAGACCUCACUAGUCCCCCCUUGAACAGCACAGAAAGCAUGGAUAAAACUCUGUUCUGAUAUUGCAGAACAGAAUUUAUUUCUAUUUGUUUGUUUAUUUAUUCAUAAAAGUAUUUCUGUACUGCUGUCUCAUAAAAUAUCAGGGUAGUGUUCAACAAUGUGGAGAACAUAGAACCUAUUAAAACAGUACAAAUUUGGAGUGAGAAGCUGGAGACUCCUAGCCGCCGUCUUCAUGAUGGACCUCUGGAGGGUCUCUCCUGCGCAGACAGACCAGCCUCAGCCUCUAGAUGCCACUUGGAGCGCCAGCCAUGCCCUGACAAUCAGUGUCCGUCUGGAGGCAGCCUUGCAGGUCUCUCUCCAUGGAGACUUGAACCUUAAUUGAAAAGUUUUGCAUCCCAUGGAGGGAGCCCCAUGUGACUCCAUACUUCCAGGCUGAUGUCACUUCCAUGAUGUCUGUGGUGCAUGAUGUAGGCAUCUAGGGGUCAAGGUUAGCCCACGCCUGCAUGGAUGUUCAUAUGGAAUGCCUGAAAAGGGCUUCUGUCAGAGCCUCUUUUUGUCUUCAAGCUAUGUAUUACAUAAGCCCUUGCCUGCCUUUUCUGUGGGAUGGUGUCUGAGAAUGAUGUCAUCAAGGGCAGCAUCAGGGACCAGAGAUGAAAUACUUGGUGGAGAAAAACGGUUUAGCCUUGGGGCUGCCCAUUGUCUAGGGCAGAAAGGCUGGUGAAAGUUUCAGCAUGAAAUGGCACAUUUUGGAAGCAUGGUUAUAACAUAACUUUUCAUAACUCUAGAGUGGUUCAUGGAAGCUACUUUAAAGUUUCUCAAAAAAUCUGAGUCUGAGACUUUCCCAAUUGAAUUUUGAUUGUGCGACUGGAAUCUCUCUUGUAUCAUGUGUAGCCAUAUUGGUUAUUAAAUUGCUGCUGUUGUUUUCAUUUCUUUUUCUUUUUUGGAGAUGGGGGAGGUUGUUAAAACUCUUUAUUUUAACUAAUAAAUGUCUACAUUUAUUCAGCU